UCAACAUACAUGUGAAGUGCUAGGAAAUGUGUGUGUGUGUGUGUGUGUGCAGCCAGAGAAAAAUCUCAGUUUCUCAUUUCAGCAAAUUGAAAACGCAGAGAAACGCCACAGACCCGUCUGAGAAUUUGAUAACCACAACAAUUGUCACGGAGAAGGCCCCCUGUGUACAGGAAUGUUUGAGCCAUGUCGUUCAGCACUCGACUCCACAAAGUCAGCUACAGGAGCAGGCCCAGCCAGUGUUCGGUGCAGGGGGAGGCACACAAGGAGAUGCAGGUUUGGUCUCAAAUGUUUUUAACAGUCAUAUUGUGUUUUGUAAACAUCGACAGUUUUUGAUUGUAUUGGUGUCCAACUGUAGACAUUAAAAAUACCACAAACAGGGCUAUUUCCAUUCCACUCAAGGGUUAAAUAGAGCUUUCUGGACGUGUUUGCAUGUUUAGUUUGGCCUGCAUUAAUCACCUAAAUGUACAAGAGGUUCUCCUUUUGAAAAUGAAUCCAUUCAUAAGUACCUCAGACCGAAUUACCUAUAUAAAUUCGUUCUAGUACACCAGUUAUGAGGUAAUUGGACUGAUAAAAUGAAUAAAUUUCAUUUUCAACUCUAUAACCCCUGAGCUGCUAUUUUAAAUUGCUUUGAGAAUCUACUACUGGACUAAUUUCCCUCAGCAUCCUUUGGAUAGCUUUAGCACAACUUGAGUACAACUUUGUGCCUUUGUUGUGUUAUGCGCUUCAGUCCACUAGAUGGUAGUGCAUAGUUGCUGUAGUUUUAAAUGAAUCCGGCUGAAUGAUGUUCAAGAAAAUAUUUCUAAAAAUAUAUUGACAGGAUAUCUAUACAGCGACCAGCAGGUUUAGAUUAGUAUUCAUCUCCUAGUUUAAACCAAACACUGAUUGAACUAAGGGUGGAAAUAUGUAUCAGCACCAGUUUUUUAAUCCAUUUUGAGGUUUUCAGCCAUUAUUUUUUCUGUUUGGACCCAUUCAUUUAAAGCAAAGACAAAACUUGAGGCACAGUCAAAACUGUCCCCUGGUUUGCUUUGUAUAAAAAUAACAUAAGUCCUUCUGACAGAAAAAAAAAAUAGUUCUGGUCUUUGAAAAGAUUGGAGAAGUUAUCACAGACAAUUUUGUAUAAAACGGCUAAUUUUUUUGUGGAAAACAUCUCAGAUAACCAACUUGGGAGUUUCUGCUUGGUGUGACUGGUUGGUGUUUGGCAAUAAAUGGUGCUGCUUUGCGCCUGGAGAUUUGUGUCAUGUUUGUUUUGAUGUAAAGACAGGACUCACAUGGAGACAGAAUAGAAGGCAGUGCAAGUUUAUUUGGUUUUAUUUGGUUACGAUCAAGAGGGGUUAAACCAAAAAUUUUAAUUGAAAGAAAAAUAUUACCAGUCAAGACAUAUUCCAAGGGCUCUUUCAGCUACUAAGAAAUGUUGUGCUGUGACUUGGUGUGGUUUCAAAACAUAUUUGUUGGAUCUUUCUAGGUCUGUAAGCAUGAGCAUCCUCUGGGAAAACAGUGGACUCUCUGUCUCACUCUUUCUCUCUGUCUGUCUCUCUCAGAUCUCACCACCCCUUCAUUUAUAAUUUACCGUCACUCUCCUGUUUCAUGGCAGCUCAAAACCAGGCAGUUCAGCUUAGAAAAUCAGUCAUGGCGUUGUGAAAAAUUGAUGACCCAACUGCUUUUAAAUGCAAAGCUGCGCAAUCAUUCCUUCAAUAUCAAGCCGUCUGUCAGGUCCUUGAUGAGAGAGCUGUGCUUCUCAUCUGCAGGGUGCCAAAGUAAAAGCUAAUGGAAUUUAAUAUUAAUUGGUGGGAGGUCUGUGUUUAUGUUGGUGUGUAUGUGGUUGUGUUAACUAAACAGAUAAGGGUCUCUCGCUGCUGGUGUUGCAAGUGAUGAUUGAUUUUCAUACAGUCUUUUCUAUUUCUUUUAUUUUUUUCAUGAUCAAUCAUUUCAUCAACUUAUGUCAAAACAGAGCUCAGGGUGGCAUUUAAUUUGCACAUCCUUUAAAAACACUGCAAAUUCUCCAUGUGUAUACCUGAUAGAGGACUUCAUAUUGCUCCAGGGAUCCUUGUUAGUUAAUGGAGAAUUGAACUGAACUACUGAACAGUUAUUUUAAAUGCCUGUAAAUGUGUUACGUUAUAAAUGUAUAUAGUCUACAGUACCCGCUUGCAUCAAGUGUUUAACUAGAAUUUAGUAAGUCUUAAUGCUAUUUAAUGUUUCUUCUUAUAAAUAGACGUGGUAUGUCAAGAGAGCUGUAUAACCAACGGUAAAAUAAUGACACCAUCAAUAUAUUUGACCAGAAUUUUAAAAAAAGCACUAUGCUUUUGUUUGCUAAGUUUUACCAUUACUUUUUGAAACAGUGACUGCAGACACCAGUUGACCAGUUUCAGUCAGUUAACAUACAAAAGCAAUGCAUACAAAGAGGUGUUAGGUCGAUGAAACCUGUAACCUCGGAGAGUGUGGCACGCAUAUUCAGAUUUUUUUUUUUUUGUAAACUGUACUAAAACCCCUUUAAAAAAAUAUAUAUAUAUAUAUGUGUGUGCAUUUGCUGUGUGUGUCUGGUGGUCUCAAAAUGUUACUUGCCAAUGCUCUUUUCCAACAUAGUAACAGCCUUUCCACCCCCCCACUGACCCCCCUCCAUCCCAUUGUUGCAGUAGAUUUGUAAGGUGAGAGCAAGACCUUGAUAAUUACCUGGCAGACAGAUGGUCAUCCAACACCGCAUUAUGUGGCUAGCAGUCCUCUUUUAGGAGCAACACUCUCAUAAUUUCAGGGCAGUAACCUUUCUCACAUGGCUAAUAAGAGGGCCGAUUGCUCACAUACUGUAGCAAAGCCGCUUGUCUUGCCUUGUCUUCAUUGUUGGAAGCUGUAAAUCUCUAAUGUCAUGAAAAGAAAAGAGGGAGAGGGAGGAAUGACUUGAAAAGACGUGUCAGACUGAAAGGCUGAGCAGGAUGCUACAUUUCAAACCAGACUAUCAAAACAAGGUAAGGUGACCCAAGAGUUCUGAAGUUACAACCAACCUGGCUUCUUGACUAUCUGCAUUGGCCAGAUGUAAUUCAUCAUUAAUGUGUUUGGAUUCACUAAACAGCUGAUGUGUUUGUGUGUACUUGCAGAUGGGAGAUAAAAGAGGUAAACUGAGCUGAGAUAAAUAUUUGAAUAAAGGCAAAUUCUUUACUGCAUAAAAAGCCAAUAUUAAAAAGUACUCUUGAGCUGCAGAUUUGCAACCAAUUUCAUCGAGACUUUGCUUGAUCCUAAGUCGGAUCAAUUUUUCGGUAGAAUAUACAACAGGGAAAAGGGUUUUCUUUAUUCUGAAUAUAUUUCAUGCAGUGAAAAAGAAAACUGCAAAACAAAGAUGUACUACAUGCUGCAUCGUUUAACUUAAAGUUGUAAGAGGAUAUAAAAACAGCAGUUUUUUUUGUAGUUAGUAGUUGCUGCUACUGCUGCAAAUAACAUCUGAUAACACAUACAUGUGACACAGGUUCAUUCGGAUAAAAAGCAUGAAAGUGCUGAGCAUAAAUUUGUGCCUGACUUCUAUGUUUCCAUUCAAACUGCAUGCAGAUGCUCAAAAAACUGACUGCUUUCACAGAACAUUAUGAAAAGGAAUCUGCACUAGGAGUGAAAGACAAAAAUGUGGCUUAAGUUUUUUCCUGGUAUUUUGCAGGGUCUGGUUCUUCUACCAUGUUAUCAGGUGUGGAAAAAAAAUCACAUUAGAUUGGACAGAGGAGGUGUGAGAUGGCUGCUUUUGCAGGUAGAACAGCUUCUCAGUCAUUCGAAGACAUAACUUGACCAAAUCACUGGUUUGUCUUGAUAAGGUUUGGGAUUUUUCUGCUGUUAAAAGAAAAAAAAAAACUAUUGAGGAAAGGGAUUGAGAUGGUCCUUUUGUGUCCUUUUGACCUGUGUUAAAAUUGAGGUCUUGUAUUGAGGCAUGGAAGGGAUGUCUGGUAUUAGGUAUGCAGAGCUGAGCUUUAGCCAUUGUGGUUGUAUAUGUUAGUACUGCUUCAUAUGUAUUUUCAUGUCUUUUUCUCUGUAUGACAAGCUGUUAUAUUGAAGUGUGUUUAGCUAAUAAACUGUUGAAUUCUUCAUAGAGUUCAUGGGUAUCAUGUCCAUCCUAAAAACUCACACACUGUUGACUGGAAUAUCCAUUAAACAAAAAGCAAGUAUAGCUUCUGCUCACCUGGUUGAGUGGUCAUGACUGACAACUUGAUAGGGCUGUAGUCCCUGAGCGAAUGUGAGUAUCUACAUCCUGUGUGUAUAUGUAGAUGAGGAAAUGAUAGUAGGGUGUUAGACAACAUGUUGAAGGCUUUGAGUUAAAGAGGAGAGUAGCUGUCAUGUCACAGGUGUUUAGAAAGCAGCUCUGGAGAAAAACCGUUUCCAAAGUCAUCAAGGUAAGAGGAGGUGUUGUGGUUUUGGUUGUGGUGUUGAUGCCAAACAUUAGCUCUGACAGCAUUUUCCCUUUUCACAAUGUGAAAUGAAAAGAAAAAAAAGUUAUCUGUGAAAUUUAAUUAACUUCUGUGUUGAAUUUUGAAGUUUGUGUUGGUUUUUGUCCUUCAGGUUUUAAUCAAAUUUCAGUUUAUCCUUGGCUUUGUUCUUAAAGCCUUGGCAGGGAUGAUCAGACUAUAUUCCUGAAAAAAACGUCCCUCAGUGUACCUGGAUAUCAUGUUCUAGCUGUUUUGUCUUUGUUUACUGAAAAGAUUGCCAGUCUCAUUAUGGCUUAUCUCAGUUUUUGCUACAAUAACACGGGUAACAGAGUUACUUUCCAUGCCUGUGUUAUAGGAAUAAAUGCGGUUGUGUGUGUUUGCAUAUCAUUGUUGGUGCAUCUUAGUGUUUGUGAGUGUAUUUUGUGUAUUUGUUAAUUGCAUUCAGGGGUGACAUAGUCUGCCUGUUUGAAUAACCUUUACCUCACUGCAUUAUGUUGCUUGUCUUUGGGCAGCAGGCUGACUGUCAUUCACACAAUUUGAAAAAAAAGGCAAGAAGAAGGUGUGAAAUGCCUGGUCGCCCAGCAACUGAUAGCUUGAUAGCUUAUGGCUGACUUGUGAUGUGAGUGCAGGUUUGUGCACACAGUGUGUUCGUGUGUAUCUCCGGGGACUAAAGCAACAUUUGUUUGAUCUAUUGUCUGAGCCCUGUGAGGUGGUGUGAUUUUACUUCUUUUAAAUUUGAGCAACUGUCUUUUUUGUAAGGAAGAACUGGAGAAUAUUUAAAUGAAUUUAUGUCUGAUAAAUAUAUUAUAUAUUAUAUGUCUGAAUUCUUUUUAUGUGUCAAAACCAAUGCUUGAAAUAGAAUCUGUCAUUCAAAUAUACUGUACACCUGUUUCACAGCCUCGACAUAGGUAGCAACAAGAAACCUCUAUUUUUCUGUCUAUCUGUAUAGAGAUAUUCUGUAUGAGGGUCAUAUACAGUAGAAACAAAGAUGCAAGUUACAAUACAAUUUCUUUUUUUGCAGAAAUUAUUUUUCUCUCUGCACUGAGAUCAUGGGUUGUAUAAUUCACCCCCUUCAGUUUGUUGUGCCUGGCAACCAUCCUGCUAUCCGCCGAGAUGACCCUUGACUUGCAGCCACUCUUCCUGAGAGUGGUGCUGGGAAAAUAUUAUCUUGAAUUAAAGAUAGUAAAUGAUUUAUGGGAUUUUGGCUUCCUUGCUGCUUGGCACCAUUUGGACUCUGUAAAAAUGUCCUAUUAGCCUCCUCUCACAAUAAAAACUUGAACAUCAAUUAGUUUAUUUUCUGACCAUCUUUACUGCUGCUGCUGAAGAGGUAAUUUGUUGCUUCUUGGGCUAAUCUUGUUGACACACACUUCAUAUGAUGUUGUUGGCAUUCUCCAUUCCAGUCUAAUCUCACAUGACCUACCCUGAGGCUGUAACUGAGAAAAAUCAAUUCUUUGACUUUUAACAACACUUAUCUGUAAUAGAAUUUUCUCCACUUAUGUCUUCAUCUACACUUCCAGGGACUCAGGCAGGGUGCUUGCAUGUAGAGAACAGUUUCUGUAAUUGUGUUGGCUAAAAAAGCUCCUUCUCAGGUCUAUGACUCUUCUGUGAAGUACGUAUUAUAAAACCAAGAGAAAAGGAAGACUGGUCAAAGACAAAUGUGAUAAUUUCCAGUGCAAGUUCCAUCCUGUUAAAAAUCAUAUUACAAGGAAAGUAUUUAAGAUACUGAUGUCAGAGUUUCUAUUUUUGGCAUUGCCUGCAUGUUUCUUGCUUUGUGUUGAGAGCGUCUUUCGGACAGCCUGUCCAUGGUGACGUCAAAGAAGAAAAGUAUUCAGAGGCAGAAAAGACUGUUUCUGUCAUUCUCUGUGUAAAUUUGACAUGAACAAAAGGAAGGGGGAAAUGAGAGAAUUUAAAUGCACCCUGCAGCUGGCACAGCACGUAGCACAAGGUUUCAUGUAAUUUAUUGGCUAACCUUGUUCCUGUGUUACUGAGCAGUGUAACCUGGCAACUCAUUGUAAAUGAUGACACUACCCCUCUGCCCUAAAUGCAAGCCAUGGCCUGUUGUAAACUGGGCGGUGUGGUUUAAUUAUUCUAGGAGACCAGAUUUUUGAAGACCUUUGAUGGGUACUCAGACGGCAAAUUGUGGGACUCUGCAACCUUUAAAGGAAUACACCACCAGCCUCUGUUUUGGUCACUUUUUGGUGAAUUUGGAGUAUUUUUUAUACAUCUAAGGACAUGGAUUCUCUAUACUGAUGACGGGGAUGUAUAUAUAUUUUUCACAUUUCCUCUUUGUUGAGACUAUACUCAUUAUUCUUAGGACAGAGAUCACAAUUUAAUAAUGACAGAGCACAAGUGUAGAGCUACUGCAGAUCUUCAACCGUCUGUCAUUAAAGGUCUCAUCAGGAUAAACCAAGUAUGUAAAACAUGGAAGAUUGGCUUUGUGAGCCAUUGGUAAUAUGUUGGCUUGAUUCGCUGUGUAAUUUUUAUUCUCUAAUUGUCGGUGAAUAAGAGCUGAUUUGAAUACUGCUUUAUUUUCGUCUUCUUUGAAAGAAUGUAAUUAGCCUCACUAUCAGCAAAAACUGGUCAUGUUGCAUGUUAACUCAAAUUAAAAGCUUGAUACUAUUUUUUAAAAAAUGUCUUUACACUUUUUUUAAAAGCAAAAGUUGAAGGAGGAGCGAGAAGCUAAACGGGCCCAGCUCGAUGGCAGGCAUGACUACAUCCUCAGUAUUGUGGCUUCAUGUCUGGGACUGGAGAAAGCAGAGGUGGAAGAUGCCAUACUGGAAGGGAACCAGGUGAACUUUAUUCAGAUAUUUUUACAUCAAAACUUUCCUUAUUUCAAGAUGGCAACAGUAGUGUUUAAACUGGAACGUAAAUAUCUGGCUGUAUAUGUCCAACAGAUCAAGGUCCUCUGUGUAUACAUUAAGAGCUGUACAGUUUCACCAUGACUUUCAGUUUACGGGACUUCUGUGUCUAAAUAUACUGAAAGAUUAUCUUCUCAUCUUUCUCAGAUCGACCGCAUGGAGCAGUUCUUUGUAGCUGAGGGUCUCCCGCACCUCAUGUUCUACUAUCAGGACACAGAGCCACUUGAAGCGGGUAAAUCAUACAUGAACCAUCUCUAAAUUUGAUGUAAUGUGCUUUCCAUGACUAAUUGUUGGCAAUAGAUUACAAAAUGAUUUGUCUUUGUUUGAAUUAACCUUUAUUAACUGUCAGCAAUCAAGACAGUACUAUAACUGAUAAAGUCUCUGUAAUCAAUUAGGGCAUAAUUUAGCUGAGGUCCCACCUAGCAGGAAACUGUGUGAUUUCCUGUUGUUGUUGUUAUUAUUUUUGCGUCAGCAGCAGCAUCAGCCUCAGCUCCCUUCCAGCCUGUUGCCCAGCAGCCUGGAAGCAGCAAAAAGCCUAAAGUGUUUGUGACAGACGGGAAGGAUGUGGCUCUGACUGGAGUGUGCGUCUUUUUCACCAGAGCCAACACUUCGAAGACAAUCACCUCUGAGAACAUACACAGAGUGAGUCACUUUGUAACACUUAAAAUAUGAGAGUAUGAAGUCACACUUUUCAAGGGCAAUGACGCUGGUCAAGAUAUUUGGUAAAAGCUUUACGCAAUCAAACCAUAAUCAUUUUUUUAAUGUGAAGUCUAAUGUCUAAUCUGAAGUAUAAACAAAAGAGGGAAGGUAAAGGAAACUUUUUUUCUAACAUGGAGCUUUCUGUUAUGUAGCUAAUGCUGUCAAACUGAUUGUUGCAGGGUGACAUGAUAAAAUUGAAGCGAUGCAACAACAUUUAAUUGACAGCGAGGACUCUUUGAACAAAUUCUUAAGAUUAACAGUGACUUUGAAGUAAGACAGUUUUGUUUCAUCUAGAGCAAGAAAGACAAGGGAUGUCAGUAACAGUCUGACUUUACAACCAGUUCUGGCUAUUAAUUGCAGCUGUUGGAGUUUGGGUGUGAUGACAAAAAAGUGUUGCUGUGCCAAAGCAAAGUUAAAAAAUGACUUAAAGUUUUGUCUUAUAUGGUGUUUUGUGUCAGUGUUUUGCUCUGAUAUAACUUUUUUGCUAUAAUAUUUGGAUGUCUAUUUUUCUCAGGAUGUAAAUUUCAAUAUGUUGGACACAACUGAGGGGGGUCUGUUAAAAAGUGUGGAGCAGUUACUGUCAGAGAUCUUCAUUCCCACAUUGAGGAAGAUGAACCAUGGCUGGGGGGAACUGGCCAGUCCACAGGCCAAGGCGGUCAAACAGGACUUCAUAUCAUCAUUGGAAAAUUUUGUGUCUGUUUUGGCUGGAGCACAGGAGAGCCUGCAAGAAAAGGUAAGAGAGAAAAAGAGUAAACACAUUUGACUUAAAGCUUCUGUGGGGAGAUUUUAAGUGGUUAUGAAACAGACUGAACAGACAUUGGUACGAGUGUCAUCUAAAUUUGUAUAAAACCAAAGUCUCUUAGGAGCUGUAACCAAAAUCAAAUCAUCAGUAUAUCUGUACACUCAAAAUGUAUACAGUAUAUUGUUACUGCAAACGCUAUGUUGCUCUGCAAAACAUACAGAAACACACAUACAGAAAAGCAAGCCCAAAUAAGUCCGUACUAGUUAGAAAACAAGCCCAAAAAGUGCACCCAUGACCCACAAGUUUUACAAGCGACUUCUGAGAGAAACAAGCCUAAAGUCUUUUAAAAUAAGCAGACUUGGCAGCUAUAAGGCGUCUAUGUAAAUUUUGCCUAUGUUUAAACUUAUCUCUGUUCACGAAUGCAGAUCUAGGAUGUACGCCCAAACAGAAAUAAAACAACAGCUAGGUUUUCAAAAUAAAAGCGACGCACUUGUAUAGCAUGUUGAUGAUUUGAUUGACGGACUUCAUGAAGGGCUGGGCAGGGACAUCCAAAGGGCCGGAUGUGGCCCUCGGGCCAUAAAAUGCCCAGGUCUGGUCCAAACCCUUGUCUUCUAAAUGUAUUUACAUGCCAACACUGCUGGAAAACCAAACCAUGUCACUGAUUGCUUGCAGGUAACCUUAAAAGAGUGUGACACAUUUGACCUGAGGGUGCUGAAAAGCCCAUCAGACUACAUGGUGGCAGCCAACAGUGCAGAGACAACAGAAAAGAUAGAGGCCUGCAUGAAGAUAUGGAUCAAACAGAUAGAACAGGUGAGACUGGUAAAGUUACACUCAAGAAGUUAUACUCUACAUUGUCACUUUUGUACAGCCUCAUAGUUACUGUAAUGUUGCAAUUAUCUGUACAUUUGUCAUAGUAGUUUGGAAUCAGGUAUUGGCUGAAGCUGAGCAGGUGUUUAUUAACUAUUUGAAUACCCCAUGAAUCAUACCGACAAAUGCUUAGUGCUUAUGAUCAGUCUGUAUAGUAACAAAGGUUUCCUGCAGGACAGAUACAGAGGGAGAAUUAAAUCAUACAAACAGUCUAUUUGUACGGCUGCAGUCCUAUGGUUUUUAGGAAGCACAUAUAGGCUGGAUUUUUCAUUUCAAAACAACUACAAUAAACUCAAUAUGUGAAAUUGAGAAAAAUUAGAUAAACUGAAGAAAUUAUGUUCAAACAGAAAGCAGAUAGUCAGAUCCUGUGUUCUCCAGAUUCUUGCUCAAAGUGACCAGCUGAGAAAGGCUGAUGACCUCGGACCUCGGGCUGAACUCGACUACUGGAAGAAACGAAUGUCUCGCUUCAACUAUCUUCUGGACCAGCUCAAAAGCCCUGAUGUCAAAGCUGUAAUGGGUGUGCUGCUGAUGGCCAAGUCUAAACUUUUAAAGGUAUAAUAUUGAUGAGAUUUUUGAUAAGCCUGCAUAUGUUUGACAGUGUCUUGAUGGUAGAAGUGUUGAGUUACUUUAUUUUGUCAAAAUGACUGAAGCAUGUACCAGUUUUAAGACUGCAAAAAUUAAAAUGUAAGAGUGUCUUACAUUAAGUUUUUGUUCUGUCUAGUCAUGGCGGGAAUUGGAUACCCGGAUAACAGAUGCAGCCAACGAGGCCAAAGACAAUGUCAAGUACCUCUACAGUCUGGAGAAGUUUUGUGACCCUCUCUACAACAGUGACCCUGUAAGAGAAAUGCUUUAAUCUGUUUCUGAGGAUGACGUGCUCAGCUGGAUUUUAAUACAUUGUUGAGUCAUCUCCAUGUUUAGAAAAAUGCUUUGGCAUUGAGCUACACUGAUAAAUUCAACAAAUGCUCACAAUUACUACUUUCUUUACAUCAGGUAUCAAUGGUGGAUGCAAUCCCAGGUCUGAUCAACGCUAUCAGGAUGAUUCACAGUAUUUCUCGCUACUACAACACAUCAGAAAAGAUCACGUCACUUUUCGAUAAGGUAGGAGCAGGUAUUAGUUUACUCAAUGGAAUAAAAAUAGAUUCAAUCAGCAUUUAAAUUGUUUUCCUCCUAUCUAGAUAUUGAAUAUCCCCACAGGGAUCAACAAAGUUCUUCUUCUUCUUAUUCUUAUAAACUCUGCACAAACCUAGAGAAUUCUUAAGGGUGACAUUGAGACAUGAAGAAACCACUGAAACAUUCCUUUUUGAAACCUACUGAAUAUAUUGUUAUAUUAACAGAACAAAAUUAAACAGAGUUUAAAGGUACUUAAUGCCACAGAAAUCAAAUAAAGUCAUAAUAAUACAUGCACUAAUUUUCAGCUAGGCAUUUUUGGUAACAUGUUGUCUGGGAAUACAGAAUCUUAAAAAGCAUCUCUGUAUUUUUCCAUACAUAUCAAUAUCUCCAGGUGACAAAUCAGAUGAUCACUGCCUGCAAGGCUUACAUCACCAACAAUGGCUCAAAUUCAAUAUGGGACCAGCCUCAGCAAGUCAUUGCUGACAAGAUCAAAGCUGCCAUUCAUCUAAACCAGGUAUGGAGUGUUGCUUAUUGGUAGAAUAUAUAAUGAUUACUGUUUGUCAGUUGUCCUGUCUUCUUAUUUUCCCCAUGCUUGAAUUAUUCUUGUAGCUCCAUGAUUUUUAAACAUAUUCAGGUUAAAAUUUGUGUGUUUUGUGGGGGAAUCAAUGAAACUACUUGCUGAAAACAGUUGUUACUCUGAUUAAUAAAAUGCUGAUGAGGGUGUUUUUAGCUAAAAAAUAGUUAUCUCAUUAAUACAAUGAAAAGACUAAAAGGUUAUGAGUUUUGUGUCCUUCAGGAGUACCAGCGGCAUUUUCAUAAAACCAAGGAGAAGCUGAAACAGACUCCUUCAGAGAGGCAGUUCGAUUUUGGUGAGAUGUACAUUUUUGGGAAGUUUGACACAUUCCAGCGGCGCCUCAACAAGAUCCUGGAAAUGUUCAGCACCAUUUCUACUUACUCCGCCCUGCAGGACUCUAAGAUAGAAGGACUUGAGACAAUAGCCACCAGGUUUCAAGUGGGUACAUUUUCACACAUGGUUAUAUCUUUACAUUUUAUCACAAAAUAUAUUAUUUUGAAAUAAGCUGUGAGGUUGCAUUACCUGAUUAAAUAUCACUUCCUGAUGCUAAGCCGGCCCUUGAAUUGUGUUAGAAUAUAUUAGUAAAACAUGUGAAGUUUGAAACAGUAACUCUACAGAUAUUGCUGCACAAGAUAGUAUGAAACGGUUUGCUUUUUGUUGCCAUAGUACGUCAAUGUGACAGUGGUAGAUUGCUUUCAUUGUCUUCUUUUCUGUGUUUCUAUGUUUGGACUGUUCUUGUAAACGUAGGAUCUAUUUCUUGAAUUUCACUGUGUUGUCUAACUGUGUUUUUCAAUGAGGAUUUUUUUGAUGUGAGCUAUCUGUUUGUUUCUGCUCCCUUGGAUGCACAGACUGCAGAAAUGCAGGGGAAAUGGGAGGUAACGUCUCACCAUAGUUGGUACAUUUAGAUGAGCAUGGCCCAUUUUCAUACUUAACAUCAUUCAGUGGUGCAAUUCAAAACCAUGAAAUGUCACCACUGGGCAUGUAACUCAUUAUGGUUUGACAAUACUAACUGCAUGGAAUUUAAACAGAAAAAAAUAACAAUUUAGCAGGUUAAUAUUUACUGUUUAUUAUUUGCUCUAUUAAUUUUUGGGGGUAAUAUUUCUUGCAUAUAUAUAUCGCAUAGUGUCCAGUUCACCUGCUGUAAUCCUAUCAGUCCUUUCAUUCGCUAAGUAACCACAAAGAGUUGGAUUAAAAUGGCUUAAAGACCUUCCUUUUGUAGAACUUGGUUAUCAGUGAGCUUAAAGAUAAAGUGUUAUAGAAAAUAAUGUUCUGCAAUAGGAUUGUCUUUUCUCUUCUAAACCCACCUACACGUUAGUCAGUUUAGAGACACCUUGAACAAUGACUCACGGCUCAGAGGGAAAAUAGAAUCCAAGAGUAAUGGCAGUACUUCCCAGGUUAUGGUUUACCGUGGCACUACAAAACUGAUUUUAAAGAGGCUUUCGCUGUAGAGUUAAUAAAAGUUUAAAAAAAAACGACUUGCAUGUCCGUACAGUUAUCUUUCCAUGCCUGUGCGUUUUUGUCUUAACAGGCUAUUGUGCUAACCAUGAAGAAGAAACAUUACAGUUUCCUAGAUCACAGAAGAACCGACUUUGAUGUAGACUAUGAAGAAUUCUGCAAAAGCACAUCCGAGCUUCAUGUAAGUUGAAUAUUAAAUUACUAGUUAAAUAUUACAGACAUGACUUUGAGACACUGUGUAAUGAGGCAAUAAAUGAAACCCCCUGUGGCUCAUCUUAUUACAGCCCACCGUGGUAUGAACCAUUUGGGGGUUGCUUUUCUAUUAGAAAGUUCCACUCAACCAUCUCAUUUUUUAUUAUCUUUUGUCAUUGGUUCAUGUGUUUACAGAACCAGCUAAAGAGUUUCAUGGAUAGCACUUUUGAGAAGAUUCAAAAUACAGAGGGAGCUCUAAAUGUGCUGAAGAAAUUCGAAAGGUAAUCCAUUUUCUACAGUAGUACAUUUAACCCCUCUGUUAAGACUUAUAUACAAGAAUAGAAUUGUACGGUUCACUCGCAUGUCAUUCACGUUUUUAUUUUCUCUGUUUUAAAAUUCUGAUCAACUCAUUGUAUUUUCAUUUCACAACAGACUAGGUAUUCCAGACCUCGGCAUUGAUGAGAAGUACCAGAGAAUUUUGCAGAAUUAUGGCCGGGACAUUGAAAUGGUCUCCCGCAUUUACGUGAAACAGAAACUGGAUCCCCCAAUUGGACGGGACUUGCCCCCUGUGUCAGGGCGUAUCAUGUGGGCUCGACAGCUGUAUAGCAGAAUCCAGGGUCCCAUGGAUCUGUUUCAACAGGUUGCUGUAAAUUUCGCCCUCUAUACAUUUACAUUUGCUUAGACCUGACUGUAGAUUUUGUUGUUUUUCAGUACCAUUGUUAGUGCAUUUUUCUUUUGUGUGAUGGAGUCAUCUCUCUCUAUUUAGCAACCGGGAGUUCUUUCCACACCAGAGGCCAAGAGGAUCAUCAAAAAUUAUAACAGGGUUGCAAGGGUGCUGCUGGAGUUUGAGAUGCUUUACCAUCAGAGCUGGAUGUCAAAGGUUGAGGGAAAAUGAAAUACUGUGUAAUGUUUGGGGUGUAAAAUCCUGAUAUCUUAUGUUAGAGUGAAAAAUUAUAUACUACAAAAAUGACAGAAACAUGCAUAUAAGAUCUAGAUUAAUGUGAUUUUAUCAUGUAAAACAUAUAAAUGUCUGUGUGAGAUUUUUCUGCCCUUGUCCACACCAACUUCCCCCAUUCUCUCACUGAUAUUUUUUUUUCCGCCAUAUUUCUGCAGAUGAAAGAUGCCCGUGUGGGCCUGCAGGCUUCCCUACUGGUCAGGUCCCAAGAGACAGGGGAGCUGUUUGUCAACUUUGACCCAGAGAUUCUGACCCAGAUCAGAGAGACCAACUGCAUGAUGAGGAUGAAUCUGGAGAUCCCACCAUUCGCUGCCCUUUUACGGCAAAAACAGGACACUCUUAAAAAGAACAACGACAAACUAAAGGUGGAUGUUUUACACGGUUCUGUACAACUGACAAUAAUUACAAGAGAAAGUAGUCAUUUUAGGGGCCAAAAGUGAUUGUAAGAGAUGUCAUAUCUACUGCUUUGAAUAUAUUCAUGAUGAAUAGAUUCAAAACUGCUGUAAAGAAAACAAAAUCUGUAUAAACACCUUUUCCCUCCUUAGUUAAUGCUGACUGAGAACACCAGAGUGCGUGCUAAGAUUCAGAGUGCCUUUGAGCAACUGGCCAUGCCUCAUGUCGCUAAGGUAAGAUGUAAAAAUGUAAUUAAAAUGUAUGACUUACAUUUAAUUAUUUAUCGGAUUAAAAUGAUAUAACACCAUUAAAAUUACUAGAAGCUGCUCCCAGUGCAGAUUGCAACAUACAUUUAAAUAUCAAACCACUUUAAAACUCUUUACAGUUACGAUGAUAUUAUUCUCCCUAAAAAGCCAAAGUUAGCAUAAAUUUUGCAAAUGGCAUUUCCGUUUUGUUCAUUUUUCAUCAGUGGGAACCGCUGGUGCAUCCUAAUCUAGCAGAACUCUCUCUGAACCAUGAUCUGACACUGCUUCUUGAAUGAUGCUAAUGUACAAAAAGUGAACCACAGAUCAUUUUAUUUCCUGUUGAAAAUGUCCUAACAAGCUUCAUGUGUCAGAAACAGGCAGAGUGAUUAAAAAAGAAAAACGCCCACCCUGGUUCUUUUCAUGCAAAUUUUGGAAAUUCGUAUUAUAUUUGCAGAGGGAGAAAUAUUAUCAGAGAGAUAAUUCUGCUCAUCAGCUGUGCUACUGUCCUCAGUGUGUUGUGGAAAACGUGUUGUUUGCCCUGCAUGUGCAAACAACACAUGCACCCUCAUUGCUUUUAGGUUCAUUUAGAGAAGAUUUUUAAGGUAGUGAAGGGGCACUUUAACUAUUCUGUUUUAUUAUUUAAUCAUUUAGAUUGUCUUUAACCAGGAGGCCUCAUUGAGCUUAUUAGUCUCUUUAACUAGUCACCUUGUGUUCUGAGGUGGGCAUUUCUGCAUUGCUUUAAACAAGUCUCAGUAUUAUCUGCUGGUGUAUCGGAAAAGCGUUUUGCUAUCCUGAUGAAUAGGAGCUCUAUUUAACCACAUGAAUCAAAAAUAUGUAUUUUUGGUAGAGGUUGGCUUUUAACCUAAGUUGAGAAUUCUUUUACACACUAUCAACAAUUGUGUAGUUAUUAGUUAUUGUAUUGUCAUUGGCUCUCAUUUUUUCUGUUCAUAAGAAGGUUAUCAACUUGGGUAGUGAACCACAAUCAAUCAGAUCAGUCCUGUUUGAAAAUUAGACAUGGCCUUGCCCUGAAAUUGUGUCGGGAUAAGCAGAAAAUGGGCUCCAGACUGAAAUAUUUAGAUGAGUGCUCUCCACUUUUAAACUACACUCUUUCUACUGGUUUAAUCACAACUUAAACAUAUGAAUCUGUGUUUAAAUGAGAGUUAUUUUGCAUGGCAGUUACCAUACAGAGUUUAUCCUCACAUAUCACUGACUUGACAGGUGGAUGAGGCUAUACAGCCUGGUUUAACAUCCCUCAACUGGACAUCUCUCAACAUUGACAAGUACCUCAGCUGCAUUGACAAGGCUUUAGGUAAGCAAAAAUAACUGACAAGAUCGAUGUUUUAUAAGCUGACACACAAGGCAUCCUUCAACUCAGAACUGACAGCAUCAUUAAUCAUUAUGUACUGGGUGUUUGUCUGCUCUAAGAAUACAUACAAUACCUCCCCCCAUCCCACCUUUCUCUCCUCAAAUCCUCUACCUGCUUCUCUUAUAUUCUUGUGUGCUUACUCAUAUCCGCUUGUCUCUCCAGUUGACCUCGAGCUGUUGAUGGACAGGGUGAAUGACUUGGUAGAGUUUAGGAUUGACGCAGUACUGCAAGAGAUGAGCAGUUCUACACUGUGUGUUUUGCCAGAGGAUGAGCCCGUCACCUGUGAAGACUUUGUUCAGACAACCAGGGUAAAUGAGAAAUACACUUUUUUUUUUAAAUAGUGCAAUAUUCAGGAAUUUUGUGCAGCAAUAUAGAGGCUACAGAUCACAAUCAAUAACCAUUUACACACAUCAUUGGUUUGUGAAUGAAACACACUAAGCAUUGUAACCCUUGCAAUGCUGGGUAGAAAUAACUGACGGUAAGUAAGUGUGGCUGACAUCACUGACUUUGUGCUCAGGUAGCUCCUUUAGAGUUUUGCAUGUAGGGUUGAAUUAAGGUAAAUUGAAAAGAAAUGACAAGAGAGCAUGGUGUGCCUUAGUGCAUUACCCUUCAUGUCAUAUUUAUGGUGCACGAUGUAUGUAUGUGUGUAUGUAGGACCUGUGCAUAAGACAAGCCCAGAGCCUCCACACUAAGAGCUCACUGGUGGAGGAGGCUGCUAAUGAACUGAUCAACAUGUUGCUGGAGUUUGACCACAACCAGAGAGAGGAGGUGGAGAAGACGGAGGAAGAAAGCUGUGUGGAGAGCAAAACCAUAGACCACAUUGAAAGUGAAGGUACACUGACAUUUCCUUUCGAGAUUUAAGAGAAUUAAACACAAGGGGCCAACGUUUGUUUGAACAGUGCAACUCUCAUUUCUGUUACAUAUUAAUAAAUUCUUUAUAUCUUUGUGUUGGCUGAGAAAGGAGAGCAUUUAAAGAUGUAAAUGUUCUCUCAAAUUAUCCACUUUUGUAUCUCAGGUGAAGAUGAGAGAUGCUCAGAGGGUCACCUAUUCUCCAGAAACACCCUGAUCCCUCCGGCCAGUGUUGGCCCUUCAUCUCCUUUAAUGAGGAAGAAAAAGAAGAGAGACCUAAUGGAAGUGAUGGAGGAGGAAGCCCAGCAGCUUCUCGCCUACUUCAACCACCGUAAUGUUGAUGCUUUGCUCAGAUUGACACGCAACACCCUUGAGAUGUUACGCAAGCGCAUCCACACCUCUUCACUUGUACAUUUCUUGGGUAGGUCUUGUGUAACCACUUUGCUGCUCUCUGAAUAGUCUCUCAUCUUAAUCUUAAUGUUCAGUCAUGUUGGUUAUGAAAGCUGACUUUUGGUUCUGAACAAGGCUUGAUCCAUAAUUUGUCAAAUGAUGAAAGACCGAAACAAACAAAUAUAAUUUCCCUGGAUCUAAAAAAAAAUCUAUUACUAACUUAUGUUGUAGUCAGUAGCCUUAUCUCUGCCAAAACCACACCAUCUGCAGUGCUUUUUUUGACUGGGAGAUGACCUGAAGUCAAUAAGUUCUUCAAUAUUGGCUGUUUUUAUGGAUUCUUCUGUAUUUUUGACAGCUCUGCAUCAGAGGUUAUUUGAAAUAGAUCUGAUAAAAUUAAGACAACUUAAUCAUCCCACAAUGAUAUAUCAAGCCAAACAUAGAAAACGGAGGUCAAAGUACACAUCAUGAACCUGACCCUCUGGUCGCUGAUUCAAAUCUGAGAUGCAUGACUUCACAUUUUGUGUUUUGAUGUCAAGAAUUGUCUCAAAUAUCUAUUUGAGCAGAAGACUAAAAUAUCAUGACCACAUUUGAUUAAAAAAAGUGCCAAGUUGUUAUUGGUGCAUCCAGCAUCCCUAUCUGCUCUUAUACAACACAGCCUGCGCUACAUACUGUACAUGAAUGGGCUUCCUUUUAAGUAGAAGGGAUCUUGUUUUUGUUUUGGUUGAUGUUACUCUAUCUUAUCUAGACAUUUCACAUCAAAUCAAAGUCAAAGAAUGCCAGGAACAAAGUGAUCUUUGAGUGAGUGUUGUAAAGAUUUAACAUCAUUUAUCCAGUAUGCAGUAAAUAAUCGUAUACUUUCUUUCUAAUGUCUGCAGCAACAUUGGUAACCCACAAAUAUACAGGAUAAUUCAAAAUUAUUAUUUUGAUAGGUGUGAAGAAAUAAUAUUUGGCUGGAGGCUUAAACAGGCGAUUGAAAUAUUUGUGAGUGCAUUGUAAAUUGAUAUGCUGGCCUUAAGUUUCUGCUUUAAAGGGGCAAUUAGGAUAACUUCUUCCGAGCAACUCUACCAAAGUCUGAAUAGAUGCAGAUCCUCGUCCUGUGAAAAACAAGUUGUGUCUGACAAGCAGAGUUGUCUGACCAAAUCCUUAAUCAGCCAAAUUGGAUACCAUAGAUUCUGGCUUGUAAGAUUUAAUCACAGAUGUUUUUUUUAAAUUAUUAUUUAAAGCUCAAAGUAUGUCAGUCUUUGAAUCCUCCUCUGUCCCCAUGUAGCUGAGGGUGGUUCACUCGGCCGUCGGAAAAGUAGCGGUCAGCAGGCAAUCUUCAGAGUCGAUGUGACUCUCUCCAUCCCUAACAUCACUAUGGUUCCAGCUCUGGAGGAGGUCCAGCAGGCUCUAAACAGAGCUGUAGAGUGUAUAGUCAGUGUCACUAAAGGUGUCAGUCAGUGGAGCAAGGAGAGGAUCUCAAAGGUGAGUAUAUCUGAUUCAAUAAUCAAAGUAUUUGGGGAUUUAUAAUGUUAUAGUCCUGUCAUAUAUCCAAGAAACACUGGCCUGUCAUCGCAUUUCUUUUCCAUUUUCCAGAGAAAAAUGAAUGAAAGACGGAUGGCAGCUCUGAAACAGGAGAGCUCAGAGAGUGAAUCAGAGGAUGGAGCAACAACAUACAGGAGCCUGGCUGGUAUGAGACAGCAUUAAAUCUCCGCCUAACCCUGCACACGUGUGACAACUCUGCAGAUUGCCUUUUUUUGGUCACACAGUUAUUAAUCUCUAUUGUUUCCAACAUACAGACCAGAGCACAGAUCAUUAGCCAGUGCACUGCAGUCACUAAUAAUCAGAUCCUCUCAUUUUGUAGCUCAGCAGAGCAAAACUGCGUCUGACUAGGAGCAGAUAAAAUUAUGUGAAUAUGAAAACUGCAUGAAUAUUUUGUCGGCUUUGGGCGGACAUUUAUGGAUUUGGGAAAACUUAUAUAAAACCCAAUCAUAAGUGGAGUAACUGUCGCCUGUGAUGAAUCUGAGGGCUGAGUGAUACAUUGAAUUUAAGAGUGCAAGGGUAGAAGCAAGGGCAUUUCUAUAAACAACAUCACUGUAAUCUAAAAGAGAUAAAAAAAGACAGCCUAAAUGGUUAGUUUGCUGAAGAGCCUCGGAAAGUUACUUUUUGGCAUAGCUGUUUGGCAAGAGAAUCAACAUUGAAUUUGAACAGCAGUUUUUGAUCCAACCAUAAUCCAAUAUAUUUACACUCAAUACUCAUUAUUGCGUCCUGUCAGAGUGUUGAUACAUAAACCAUUUUCUACAAUAUCUCUUGUUCUAGAAAAUAUCAUGUGUUUUGUUGGGGUUGAGAGCCAUUUUCAGAUGGAACAGAACAUGCUGUAAGUGAUUAAAAGCUUGUGUUUGAAUGGCUGAUAAUGUGGUGUCUGUAGAACAGUAAAGGACUGUAUCGUCAGCACACAGAUGUGUGGCACGAUUUGCAGUGGUGGGCAUAAUAAUAUCAAGACAAAUUGUAAAUGAAAAAGGACCCACAAUUGAACCUUGUGGUGCACCCACUGCCAAGGGAAGGAACACAGCAUGUUAUUUUUGUAAGACCAUACACUGCUGCGUCUGUGACAGGUAAUCCAGGAACCAAUUGCGGGACUCUGAAUCAAAUUCAACAUCAUUCAGCCUAUGAACAAGUAACGAGUGGUCGACGUGUCAAAGGCUUUGGAUAAAUCUAUAAAUAAUGCAGCACAAUAUUUCCCUUUGUCAAUGAAACAAAUGUCAUCAUUUCUUCGUCAUGUAAUCACAAAAGAGGGGAUCCAAGUAUCACGCUAUGGGGUUUGGCCCCCUCCUUUCAAACUCAACUUUUUCCUUUGUUUUCAUGAAAUAUCCACCAAACUCUCUUCUUUGCAGAUGGAAGCACUUCGGAUAUUUCAGCUUCUGUGAUUCAGGCCAUUCCAUUUCAAGUUAGAAACUACUACAAGAGUGUUUCUGAGAACAAGGAGAUAGCAAAACUCGUGUCUGUUCUCAGCACGUCCAUCAGCUCCACCAAAAAGGUAAUCUACCCCACAGAUUCAACGAGAGCAUUUUACUGGAGCAUAUAUGCAGAGAGCUCAGUCUCUAUGCUCUUUCUAUAUAACAUGUUGCUUCUGUUUAGAUUUGAUUUUGAUUUAAAUUUGUUUUCUCUAUUAAUCGACAAAGGUAACAACAGUCAAUUUCAGUCCCUUUAUAUUAAUUCUAAACUUCUUGACCUUUAAUAAUAAGGAGAAACAAACUCAGAUUCAAAUUCUUGACUGUAACUCCUGUGUCAUGCCCUUUCACAGGAAGUGAUGAUUGCUCUGGACCGUUUUAGUCGGUACCAUCACAUCUGGAGAAAGGACCGUGAAGACACCAUGCAAAAGUAUGAUAAGCAAAAGGACUUAUGUACAAAUUGGACUUUCCUUACUGAGAACUAAUUUUUUUUUGUUGUGGUUCUUUUCACAGAUUUAUCCAGGGCAGUCCCUUGCUGUCAGAGUUUGAGAGCCAGAUUCUUUUCUAUCGAGAUCUGGAGCUGGAAAUAAACUCUGAACUGGAGUACAUCACAGUUGGAGCUUUGGCUCUUUUCACAGGUUAGAUUGAAGUUUUAAAUCAUUGCAGAAACUUUCACAAGAUGUCUUGACUUCUCGGAACACAGUCACUACAGUGCCUUUGAUCAAACACAGUAUUUCUGAAAGUCCUUCAGUAAAGAGAGAAAGACUUAGUAGACAAUGACAACAUGAAAAACAAAAAGCUGAUUUCUGGCCAACCAUCUACUGGUAUCUGUGUAUUUAUUUUCACUAGCCAACCUCAAAAUGUCCCUCACUGCUGAAACCAAGAACUGGAUGAUGGACUACGGACUGUACUGCAACAGGAAAUACCGCUCAGAGAUGGAGCAGAUAUUUGCCUUCAUUGAUGAAGCAGGAAAGAAACUGAACCGGCAAAUCAAGGAUCUGGAUGAUAUCCGCAUUGCCAUGGCAGCACUUAAGGAGAUCAGAGAGCAUCAAAUAUCAAUUGAUUUCCAAGUUGCCCCUAUAGAGGUACAUCACAACAUGGGGUCCUUCAUAAAGCAUAGCCCCCAGCAUGCACACAGCAGGAGUUGGACUAGAUGUCCGGGGGAGUUAACAUAAGAGUAUAUCUGAAGUGUUUGAUUGUGGCAGUUGUGAAAAUAAUGAGAAGGGUUUUCAAUUUACAGAUGGAUGUUCACUCGAACUUUGAGUGUUGUUUUUUAAGUAUUAAUGAUAAGUCUUGAAUCAAAAGCUUAAUGUCAGGGGAGACAAAGUUUGGGAAUUUAAACUUCAGUUAAUUGCUAAAAAGAUGAUGUAUUUAUGGUUUGGCAAUAUUCCUACUGGAGAUCACAGAAAGAAGAAAUGAAAAGAAAAAAAAAACCCUUAGCCUCCUUACACUGUUUUCCAGGAGUCCUAUGCCAUGCUUCAUAAAUAUGGGCUGUCAGUGGCGAAAGAAGAGGCAGAAAAGGUGGAUACUCUGCGUUACACUUGGGGGAAGUUGUUGUCCCGGAGCACAGAGGUCCAGAACGAGCUUGUUGCCCUGCAGCCCAACUUCAGGGGAGAGCUUGUCAGCAAUGUUAAAACCUUCCUGGAAGACUGUCAACACUUUUACCAGGAAUACGAGAAGGUAAGAAACAGAAAAUAAUAAGUAUAAUUUUCUGAAUAAACACACAGACCCUGGAUUGAUCAACAGAUAUUCUUGGUAAUCAGCGGGGCAGGAAAUCACACACACAAGAGUAGGGAUAAGGAGGUAGAAGAAACAUGGGAAGAACUCAGGAAACCAAUUAAAACAGCUCCUGUAGUGGGCUUAGGAUAAAUGUGAAAACUAACGUCAUCCUCUCUGCUUCAGGAUGGCCCCAUGGUGGUGGGACUCGCUCCUCAGGAUGCGAGUGAUAGACUCAUUAUGUUCCAGGUAUGUUAUCUAUGUAGAAUCGUAGUAAUUAGGCUCUGGAAAUAAGUCAUGAUGUAACCAAAAAGUUUCUCUUUGCCAUUUUGUUGUUUUAACCUCCUUUCCGCUCUUUGUAAAUGAAAUAUAUACAGAAAAAGAAGUAAAAGAAGAUUUCAAAUGCUUUACUACAGGCAUGCAAUGUUAACAAGUAAAGGUUUAAGUGAGGCAGUUUUACUGUGGGAUAAACUAAUGCCAUUUCUCCCCCCUUCAGAACCGAUUUGACAACCUAUUCAGGAAGUACAUCACAUACACAGGUGGAGAAGAGUUGUUUGGACUUCCUGUUACCCAACAUCCACAACUGUUGGAGAUCAAAAAGCAGCUGGCUCUGCUGCAGAAGCUGUAUGGCCUUUACAACAAUGUCAUUGAAACAGUUAAUGGCUACUAUGACAUCCUCUGGGCUGACAUCCAUAUCGAGAAGGUCAACAACGAGCUCCUGGACUUUCAGACAAGGUAAAACAAUAACACUGAUUUUUAUUGACUAUAAUGUAAUCUAGAUUAUACAUUUGAAGCUUCUCGUGCUUGUUUGAGAGUUUCAGACCUCUAGGAUGGCUGAAGAACUUUUUAUGUGUGGGUCUUUGUUUUGUUUACCCACUGCAGUUACGGACGGACAGGCACGCAUAAAAAUGAUGUAUUGCACUUUUCCACUGACCUGGACUAAGGGUAAACAGCACAAUAAGCUGCAACAUGUUAGUGAGACAGGUUGGAAAAAGACCAAAAAAUAGUAUUCAUUGGUUGAAAACUAUAUUGGAUUUAGAUAUUUGAAAUAAUGGCUCUGUAAAAUUUAAUAAGGAACACACUCGACACAUUAGUUUGCUUUCCACUUUACAUUUGUGAUUAGUAAAAAUAAAUGUGAAUUAGUUUCCAGAAAAACUUUGCCAGUUCAAUUGAAUUAAAUUUCCAGGAAUUAUGACGUGCUUUCUAUUAAACUGAAAUGAACAAUGGAAGACUAAACAGACCUCAGUCAACAAAAUGUUGAGGUGGUUUUCAAAGAAAAGGGCUUGACAAAGUAAUCAGUCAUCAUUUUCCCACAGGAGGUUAAUAACCAUUAAACCCAAACACUGCCGUACAAUAAAGAAGUGACCUAAGAGGAAAAUAAAAUGGAGCUACUCUAUUUUUAAACUGUCCCUCUCACUAUCACCUCUCUCCUCUUCUCGCCUGAUAACAAAGUCCUUCCAAUAUAAACUGUUUUCAUUUAUUCUUUGCAUGAAUGCUCCAGAGGACAUCAACUUCAUAUUUUCCAUCCCCAUUUAUCUUUGUGCUCUGUCCUCUGCUCAGGUUUGUCAUUGAGGAUGUGACCAAGGGAAAUUGAAAGAACAGGAUAAGAUAAUUCAGGGUGAAUAAAUGUACUCCUCGCAGAUUUUAGAUGAAAAAGUUCUUCGUAAUAGGUGUCUAUUUUUGUUUUCUCCUGAAAAUGUGAAAGUUAUUCAAGGUUUCAAGCAGUAAAGACUCACAAAAGGGGUGCUGAUGCAUCAGUUAAAAAGAAAAGACAACCUGUGGGUCUCAUGUAUCUCUUAGUUUUGAGCAUUACUUUGGAUUAAACUUGGCAAAAGUGCUGAGCAACGAGUGCCGUUAAUUACAAUGUUGACAGCGUGCAUGAACAGAAAACAUGCGGAAAACUUCUGGACUUGAUGCAGGACCGUUGUUUUGACUCAAUGCCUUAUAUGUCCUUUAACUAACAGGUGUCGCAAGUUGCCUCGUGCACUGAAAGAGUGGCAGGCUUUCCUGGAUCUGAAGAAAACAAUCGAUGAAUUCAGUGAGUGCUGCCCUCUGCUGGAGCUCAUGACCAACAAGGCUAUGAUGACAAGACACUGGAAGAGAAUCACAGAGGUAAGAUAAACAAGGCCUUGAACAUACUACCAGAGAUGUAUCAUGGGCAUAUCGUGAUCUAUCUAUCUAUGCAGUAAUUAAAAAUAGUCACUUUAAUUUGAUCACGCUGACCAGUAAAUCUGCCUGAUUUUGUACAAAGGUAACCGGGCAUACCUUUGAAGUAGAAAGUGAUACAUUUAAACUGCGCAACAUCAUGGAGGCUCCUCUGCUCAAGUUUAAAGAAGAGAUUGAGGUGAGUAUUCAGGAUGGGUUUCCUGUACAGAUCAAGAAAAAAACAUUUGAGUAGCUUCUUUUUGAAAAGCAUACAGUGGAUGGAAAAAUAAAUGGUAAUUUAAUGACAUUUAAAUAGUUGAAUGUGCUGCUUAUAUUAGACUAAUGCGUGCUCACUGAAAAGCAAAAAGGGCCUUUGUAAAGAAGACACAUUUAGUUUUUUGCUACACUAUAUUAAUCCUUUCUUGCUAAAACUGAACUAUAACCCACUGAAAAAAACAGAUGUGCAAAAUGCAGUAAUAUAAUUCUGUUGGCUCUAAAUGUGUGUAAAAGCACCAUUAUCAUUUUCAUAUAAGGCCAUAAUGUUAGCUGUUUUGACCAACAGAUGAUGGGUUUGCUUCAAUCACAAAAUCAUAGAUGUUUUUUACAGGAGCCUGUUUGCAUACUUGAACAGUGAAACAUUAAAAAUAAAGAUUUUUAUACAUUUUUAUGUUAAUAAAUGUUUCAUUAUUCCUCAGCUUUUGUUUCCUGACAUUUCUUUUUGUGGUCUCAUAGUUUUAAUCUUAAAGUACACUUGUUUUUUUCAGUUUCAGUUCUGUUUGUACCAACAUCUUGAAAGGCAAAUGAAAAGAGUUAUUCUUUUUUUCACCUUUUUUUUUUCUCCAGGAUAUUUGUAUUAGUGCUGUGAAAGAGCGGGAUAUUGAGCAAAAGCUGAAGCAGGUGAUCGCUGAGUGGGACAAUAAGACUUUCACGUUUGCCAACUUUAAGACCCGUGGAGAACUCCUUCUGAGAGGCGACAGCACAUCAGAGAUCAUUGCCAGCAUGGAGGACAGCCUGAUGAUGUUAGGGUCUCUUAUGAGCAACAGGUAAAUCAUUGUUUACUGUUAAGUUUCCAGUACAAGGAUUGCAUGAAGCUUAUUCAAUUAGAAUGAAUCAGAAACAUUACAUAUGUUCUGACUUUAUAGGUUUGGGAAUGCAAAUGUUUGUCGCAGUCUGCUACUCUUUGUUGUCUGAGAUAAGUAUACGUGAUGUUUUUGUAACCCAUUUUGUCAGGUACAACACCCCAUUUAAAGCUCAGAUUCAGAAAUGGGUCCAGAAUCUUUCCAACACCACUGAUAUCAUAGAAAACUGGAUGACCGUCCAAAACCUUUGGAUCUACCUGGAAGCUGUGUUUGUGGGUGGAGACAUUGCUAAACAGCUGCCUAAGGUAACACUCAUAAAAUGUAGUUUCAUGAGUUACGUAAAUGACAAAACUGAGCCAGUUCAUGAAAAAUGCGCUCUUCCAUCUCCAGGAGGCGAAGCGUUUCUCUAACAUUGACAAAUCAUGGGUGAAGAUUAUGAUGCGAGCCCAUGAGAUGCCCAAUGUUGUACAGUCAUGCGUGGGAGAUGAGACUAUGGGGCAGCUGCUUCCUCACCUCUUGGAACAACUUGAGAUCUGCCAGAAGUCACUUACAGGGUGAGACAAAAUGACCACAUAAUAAAUGUAUUUACUUAUUUGUGUAAAAAAAGUAGAGGGUAUUACUGAAUACCACUACAAAGAGUCAGAAUAACUGUUUUAGUAUAGGUUGUAGGUUGUGUUUUUUUGAACAAAUGCUUUUUUAUUCUGUCAAAUAGAUAUUUGGAGAAGAAGCGUCUGCUGUUUCCCCGUUUCUUUUUUGUCUCCGACCCUGCGCUGCUGGAGAUACUGGGCCAGGCCUCGGACUCUCACACCAUCCAGGCUCACCUUCUUAACGUCUUUGACAACAUUAAAAGUGUUAAAUUCCAUGACAAGGUGAAUUUUUCUCUGGACUGUUCUCAUCAUAAAAAAUAGUUAUUGACCUUAUAGAGCACAUAAAAUAGAAAUCUUCUGACCUCAAGUGACUCAUCAGAUUAGUUCUGUGGAGUAUCCAACUCACAAGUGAUAACAGAUAACCAAUAUGUGGGUGUUAACUAUAAAGGGUAUCCUCUUCAACAGAUAUACGAUCGUAUUCUGGCUGUGUCAUCGAGGGAGGGUGAGACUGUGGAGCUGGAGCGUCCGGUUACCGCAGAGGGGAAUGUGGAGGUUUGGCUCAAUGCUUUGCUGAAGGAAUCCCAGAGGUCUUUGCACCUGGUGAUCAGACAAGCUGCCCUGACCAUCCAAGACUCUAGCUUUCAGCUCAUUGACUUCCUCAACUCCUUCCCCGCUCAGGUAAAUCAUAUUGUGACACCCAAAGAGAAAACAAGCAAAAUACAACUUUUUAAAAUCAUGGGUCAGCCCUUUGGACUAUCUUCAGGGCUGAAAUAAAAGGUGUAUAAAUCAGUCACAUAACCAGAUCAAAAGUAGGAUUCUCAAUGAUAUAUAUUUAGAAGCAGAUCAGCUGAUUUCUUCCUUUUUGUUUUAUUUUUUGAGGACUCUUUAAAACUACGAUAAAGCAUUAAUGUGACCAUAUCAGACUUGAAGUUUUCCUGCUGCUUACAAAAUAUCAUUAUCCCUCAAACAGGUGGGCUUGUUAGGUAUUCAAAUGAUAUGGACCAGGGACUCUGAGGAGGCUCUCAACAAUGCACGAUAUGAUCGACGCAUUAUGGCCAAAACCAACCAGCUGUUCCUGGAUCUGCUCAACACACUGAUUGACAUGACCACAAGAGACCUGGGGGCUGUGGAGAGGACCAAGUAUGAGACCCUCAUCACCAUCCAUGUCCACCAGAGGGACAUAUUUGAUGACUUGGUGAGCAUGGUGAUCCACACAGUUGUAAUCUUUAGUGUCUAUUUUUUUAACUACAAUAUCUAGCACAAGAUCACUUACUUUUUGUAAAACUGCUUUUGAUAUUUAGCUCCAUAGGGGUCUGAUAAAAGAAUCUUCAAAGCGUUCACGUUUGCAGCCAAAUAAUAUUUAGCACUGAAGAAAUGAAGUCUUUGAAGUCUCCCCUCAUAGAGUAAACCGCCUGGCCAAUGUCCAAUGUGAAUAGAGCAGGUGUGGCGCAAUCCUAUUCCAGCAUUUAUAUUUGAUUCCAUCCUGUUGUAUUCACUUAACGUCCCCCCUUCAUAUUUGUCUCCCAAAUCUUGCAGGAAGCCUUGUUUACAAAAAUCUUUCUCUCUUGUCUUCACUUCAGUUCUUUCCCCCACAAUUUUCCUCCACUGUUGCCUUUCUUCUCCCACAUCAUUUUCUUCCUUACAGCAUUAUGUGUUUCCACUGCACAGUUGUAUUUCAACGCUCAUUUUAUUAUACUGCUUAUUCCACGCUCACUUCCUUUGUGUUUCCUCCGCCUCAUUUCUCUCUCUUGGACUCUUGCGUCUUUUCUUUCAUCCCACCCUUUCUUGCCUCUCUUCCUAUCUCUGCCUCCUUUAAUGUAACCUUCCUUUCACCUCAUGCCCUCUCAUACAUCCUGCUCUUCCAAUACUUCUUCUGUCUGUCGUACUGCUUUUAUGACUCACCUCACCUCACCUCACAAAUGGUCUACUUCGAUUUUCUGUUUUUUACUCUCAUCACCUUUCUCUCCAUCCUUUCAUCUUGCUCCUUUUUUGUCUCACUUUGUCUCCUCUCCCUCCACAGCUCUUCUUUUUGUCUCUCCUCCUCACCUUUAUUGUCACUCUUUUUCCCUACAGUGCCGACUUCAUGUCAAAAGCCCCAACGAUUUUGAGUGGCUGAAGCAGUGUCGUUUUUACUUCAAUGAGGACUCAGACAAGAUGAUCAUCAACAUCACAGACGUAGGCUUUGUCUACCAGAAUGAGUUCCUGGGCUGCACUGAGAGGCUUGUCAUCACGCCAUUGACUGACAGGUAGAGGGCCAUCAAUAAAGACACACUCACACACAGACACACACAUAUACACACACACACACAAAGGCACUAUUAUUAAGGCAGUCAUAAAAUGAAUGAAAGAUGAAGAGGUUGAACCUUUUUGCUUGUAUUUUCAAAUCAUACAUAUUUGUAUAACAAUACAUAUAUAUGUGUGUAUACUAUCUGCAUGCUAUAUCUGUAUGCUAUAGCUAAAGCACCUUUAGGAAGCUGCUUUAUAAAGCCUGAAUAGCUGUUCUAUCAAAGCUCUCACUAAAAUUGGCCGCUCUUGACUUGAGUGGCCUCCCUCUGCCUCUGCCUCUGCCUUGUGAGUGGGGAGCAGAUUAGGAACAAUUGCAUAUGUAGCAUUCACUGACUGAGUAAAUCACUGGUACACUAAGUUAUAUUGGUGGCUGUAGGGGUAUGGGGGGAAAAAUCAAAUGAAGAAGAUAAGUGGAAUAAGCUCAAUGCUGGAAAAAGAAAGGAACAAAAAGAUGAAACUAGAUAGACUGGCAAGUGACUGGCUAAACGCAAGAAGCAGGGUUGCACAGUGUAUAAAAUUGUACUUAGUAUUGCUAUCUCAGUAUUGCAAAAGUAUGAAAUAGCCAACAAAUACCCGAAGGUUAAUACCCUGGUGCCAAUUCAAAGAUGGAAAAAAAAUGAAGGUGUUAUUUUAUGAUGAAUGGCAAAUGGACAGAAAUUGCAAUUUACAGUACACUGUAUGUGAAUCCUUUAACUUCAUGUUCAUUCAACAGUAUAAUCACUCAUUGUUUAUUUUUUUAUUAUAAUUAAAAUUUUAUGCAGACCUAGUGAAAAGGUUUGGAAGAAUUAAUCCUUGAAUUUAAUUUUCUUGGCCUAGCUUUUUUCAUCACGUUUUGUGCACAACUAAGUCCUGCAUCAAGAGCGUCUAUGAGUAGUGACCACCCAAACUUAUAACUUUAACUACUGUAUUUGACAGUGAAUAAAACCCAGAGCGCAAAUUUGAUAAUAUUGGUGCCUUUUACUGUCUUACUGUCUAGAAUGUGUCAAAGAUGUGCUUGCAACAAAAGAGUUACCAUUAGGAAUGAGAGCAUCUUAAAUUCCAGAUUUGAAAUAUUAAAAACAGAACUGCACAGAGUGGACAAGGUAAAUAUAACCUUUAAACAACCAUCAUCUCCUUAAGACUUUGACCUUAGUUUGUAACAAUUCAGCUUCUUUAAUAUUGUGAGUACUUUAGUGACACAUUUGAUUACAUGUCUUUCAUCAAGGAGCUUGCAGCAACAACUUGGUAUACUUUCUAGCACUGCUCAAGAUAUGUGCUGAUCACUGGUUUUAUUUUGUUGUGGCUUAAAUGGUCCACCAGUUUAUAUAUUAUGGUCUACGAUUUAUACCAAUCAGUGUUAGAUAGGGAGACUGUGGAAAGUAGAUAGAAGAAGUAGACACUCUUUGCAGGAUGACUAUCACCCUGUUCCUUACAGAGGACAUGAAUGACAAAGAAAGAGGAAGUCAAUCAGACUGAGAAAGGUAGCCAAAGGUCCAACAACACCAGUGUUGGUCUAAUAGACCCAGAGAAGGAAAUAUGAGAGGACUGCAAGACAAAAAAGGAGACAGGGAGAGAGAGAUUAGAAGAGACAGCAGCAGGGAGGGGGCAACCAGCAGACAUCAGUUCUCCAGAGAAGUGGCACACUGUCCUUGUGGCCUGAGGCACCCAGACAGCUCUGAUAUUCUCAUCGCCUACUUAUCCUGCCUGAAACUCUAUCUGAUUCUGUCCAUCCAGUUCCCAUGUUUUGUCCUCUCUAUCACUCACUGUCUUUAUUCGUACUCUCUCACAUUAUCCAAGCUCUGUUUCUCUGCUAUUGCAUCAGGUUUGAAAAUAAGUAACGGUGGAUUUGGUUUUACAUGAAAUCAGAAAAGGAACAAAAACUAUUUGAAGAGCCUUCCUAAAAACAGCUGUGGUCAAGUUAGUUUUACAUUACUGAAGGACACAAAAUUUGGUGCGCGAUUUGGUGCACGCACACUUCUGCCAUGUUUUUUGACUCGAGGCCAGCCAGGCAGUGGAAAGGGAAAGCUGUGUUCAGCCAGAAGGUCUGGGUCAGAUCAGUCAUCCUCUCUACUGAAGUGUCCUCUGGCAAGAUUCAGAGUCCUCACCAGCCCAGGACAAUGUGCUCUUUGGCAGCAUCUGACCUCCGUUCUCCCUGCGGAGAUCACACUGUAUAAGUUCAAUUGCACAAUGACUUGGAUGUGAACAUGGAUGGAAAAGUUUUCUGCUCAUCUGGGAAUUUUUAAAGGCCUCUAAAUCUCAGCUUUCCUUCUCUCUGUGUGUGUGUGUUAGGUGCUACAUCACCCUUGCACAGGCUCUGGGUAUGAGUAUGGGUGGAGCCCCUGCUGGACCUGCAGGAACAGGUAGGACUGAGGCACAAAAGCUCUUGACAAUUCGUUCCUACAUUAUAUAAAGGAACAAGGUGUCUUUAUGGUAUUUUUUUUUGGUCAAACUCCCCUUGUUUACAAACUAUUUUUGUAUAAAUAUGAGAAUAAAAACAAAUUUAAAGUGUACCAGGUUUUGAUAUUUAACUAAACUGCCUUUUGUUUUUAGGUAAGACAGAGACCACAAAGGACAUGGGUCGCUGUCUGGGAAAAUAUGUUGUAGUAUUCAACUGUUCUGACCAGAUGGAUUUCAGAGGCUUGGGGAGAAUAUUCAAAGGUAAGAGUCACAAAGUAAACUGGCCUUUUUUUACAUUGGUGCAAACGACAUAGAAUAAGUAAUACAUCCUACAUACACACAAAAUGAGAUGGCUGGUUUAAUUGUUUUACAAACAUAGAUGUCAUAAAGUGCUUGUUGUCUGAUUUCUAGGUCUGGCUCAGUCUGGUUCUUGGGGCUGUUUCGAUGAGUUUAAUCGGAUUGACCUCCCGGUUUUGUCGGUGGCAGCACAGCAGAUUGCAAUAGUUCUCACCUGCAAGAAGGAACGUCGCAAAAACUUUAUCUUUACAGAUGGAGACAGUGUGGACAUGAACCCAGAGUUUGGCAUCUUCCUUACUAUGGUCAGUGACACAACAGAGCCAGAAAUAAGAAUUCAUAAUUUACUCUUUAGGCUGCCCUCACAUCUGUUCCCAAUAACUGUCAUUAUUUCCUGACACCCAAGUAUUAUUCGAUUAUCCCUGAUGCUUAGAAAUCAUCUUUGUUGUUUCAAUCACAAUCAAAUAUUUAACACAGCCAAGUAAUAAAAACACUGAGUUUAUUGAGACCAUGUUUUGUUUAACAAGGCAGUUUGAUCAAUACUAAAGACAACAACCUACCUCUUAUCAAUAAUAGCUGUGUUCAUUAUUAUCCUCUUACAUUAACAGUUAGAUCUCCUGAGUACAGUAGGUAUCCCAAGACGAGUCAUUAAAGAAGAACUGUGAGAUAAAGCUUCAAGUGUGGAGAGGGGUCAGAGAAAUUUUCUCUUUAUUUUUUAGCCUGUGUUUGUGUGAGAGUGGGGGGGGGGGUGUUUCUAUACAUCUGUAUAGAGGCAUUAAUCACUCUGUAGAGAGGAGGGGCUGUGCUGAGUCCAUGGAGAUUGAACAAGCUGCAGGAGAGUGCUUUCUAUCCACUUUAAUGAUGUGCCAGUAUUAACUUAAGGUUUUCUGCAGUUUACUUUGUGUGCAGUUAUCAAGAGCAAAUAGAAAGACACUCAAAAUGGCCUGUGCAUUUCUUUUCGCUCUAAAUUGUACAAAUUGCAGCCACUUGCUUUUAUACAUGCCUAUAAAUUAAAGGGCUGUACGACUUUAUAUCUGCAGUGUUUCUUUUUGUAUUGGCUGUGCAGUCCUUGCCACUUUAACAGGAAUGUGAAUGUUCUGUGUUGUUAAGUCUUAAUUGAUACACACCGUAUUUUCAGCCAAUUAACAUGAUUCUCUUCUCUUCGUUGUAUAACCAGAAUCCAGGUUAUGCGGGUCGCCAGGAGCUUCCUGAGAACCUGAAAAUAAACUUUCGCUCUGUGGCCAUGAUGGUCCCUGACCGUCAGAUAAUCAUUAGGGUGAAAUUGGCCAGUUGUGGGUUCAUAGACAACAUGGAGUUAGCCCGCAAGUUUUUCACCCUUUACAAGCUGUGUGAGGAGCAACUGUCCAAGCAGGUAAAGACACAAGAUGAAGAGUUUGUUCUGGGUCUUAAACAUAAAAAGUUGUCUUGCCUCAGGUCAUCACACAUAUGCACUUUGGCUGGGCUCAGAUCUUAGCCUUUGCUCAUAUUGAACCAUCUCAUAUUUUUCCUAAAUAGACUUAGUCUAAGUGACAGUAGAAUUAAAAACACAGAGCUUUUGAUUUCUGAAUUUCAAGAUUAGACUCAGUGAUUACUUUAAAAUAAACACAAAAUACUUGUAAGAAAGAAGGACGCUCAGUGGGGACCCUUCCAAACUACACCUUUAUCGCAGUGCUGCUUAGUGGCCACUUCACCUCAAACAGCAUUGACAGUUUCAGCAGACGUGAGUUGCAAAUUGAGUAGGCAGCAAGAGCCAACAAAUCAGCAGGGUUACUAAGUUGGCAUGUCUCUUCUUUGGCGUUUCAUCAAGAGAGGCUCAAUAGUCAGCUUUGGUGUCAGGGACUGGAGUUUGUAGAGAGAUGUCUGAUAGAGGACAUAGACGAUAGAGCCAGAUCGAGAAACCUGUUUGAGCCAGAGCUCGCUCUUUGGAGGAAAGCUUUGCACUCUACAACAUGUAAUAUGGGUGAUAUCGUAAUUAAUUGCUUAGAGAACAUAUUCUCUAUUAGUUAUAUACACAUGAAAUACGCAGCCCAUAAUUGUACAGUCGUUCCUGAGUGCUUGAACGUCUUCAUUCUGGUAAUUAUGAUUUGUUAGGGCUUCCUUAUCAUGAAUCAGCACUGUUCACAAUGCAAUUCCCAGCUGAUCAACAUUUUUUUUUUUUUUUUAUGCCUGAAGAUUAAUGGUUUAUUGUCUUGUAGACAAAUGUCUUAUAUAAAAUAUCCAUUUAGAUAUCUGAAACUGUAAGCAGAGACAGUACAUAGGAAAGCAUUUAAUCACAUCGUUAUAAGUUGUGUUCUCUUCUUAUUGGUUCACAGGUUCACUAUGAUUUCGGCCUGAGAAACAUCCUGUCAGUGCUGCGAACGCUGGGAGCAGCCAAGCGAGCCAACCCCAGUGACACAGAGUCCACCAUCGUAAUGAGGGUUCUCCGGGACAUGAAUUUAUCCAAACUGGUCUGUCUGCAACACAAUGAAACAGAGCAUGAGAGAAAUUACAUUUCAGUUGAUGUUAAAAACGUCUUUUUUUUACUCUCUAGGAGGCGCUAUUUUGGAAACAAACAAAUGCCCUUUUAAUACGUUCAAGACCAAAUGCCCCAUAAUCUCAGAACGUUUAAAAAUUUUUAAGCAGCAAUAGCUGAGUAAGACCGCCUUAAUACUUUAAAAAAAACAUUGUCCAACUAUAGUGCCCCCUAGAGGUCAGCGCACAAUGCAUCAGAGAUGGAUAUAUAUUUUUUUAAAUCUCUGUUUUCAACAUUUAACUGACACAAAGUUAUUACUGAACAAACUGAAAAUGGAUGACCAAAAAUUCCAAAUGUAACAUGUGAAAUGUGCUGAUUUAGAAAAAAAAAAAAAGAAAUGUAGCCCCACCCCUGUGCAUUUUAGAGGAAAAUCCAAGUGGGCAAAUUCAAAGGUCUUGAGAGCUUGGGCCCUAAUAAUAAUAUACGUGUAAAUAUAUAAAUAUAAUUACGUGAACAAGUGUAGGAACAAGUAAAUUGUAUGACAAAGGUAAUUAAAAGCCAACAGACAAGAAAAUCAGAGACACAGAGACACUUGUGUUUACUUGCUUGUAUGUUUUAUGUUUGUUAGAUUGAUGAAGAUGAGCCACUCUUCCUGAGUUUGAUUGAAGACCUCUUCCCUGGCAUCCAGCUUGAUAAAGCAGGCUACCCUGAACUAGAGGCUGCCAUCGACAGACAGGUAGGAAGGAGUGACAGCUGAAUUUUUUUAAUGUUCAGGGAAGAAGGUGAAAUGUAGUGAGAAUAAAUGCAGGACAGUGGAGUGGAGGAGAGUGUGAGGGAGUGAAGUGGAUAGAGUGAAGAAGGACAGAGGAAAAACUAAGUGGUGAGAAAUGAAUCGGGGAAAAAGACUAAUGAACUGUGGGACCACUCUAUCUUUCAUGUCACUCCCAAAUGCCUCAGGAGCUCAUACCCAAAGGGAAACAAAUGGUGCCGUGUAUUGUCUGUGAAGGAGCUAACAUUAGUAACAGGCAGAUACAGUGUGGAGAGAAUAAGGAGUGAGAUAUACAGUACAACAGGUGUUAAAAUCUCAGCUCUGAAGUAAAGUGUAUCUUUGGAGUGUUGAUAAGACUGCAUCUCUGCAGAGAUGUAAACAUAGCAGCAAUUUACUUGUUAAUCCAAGAGUGCAAUACUUAUACACCCCUAACUGUACCACCCACAGUCAUAAAGAGUCAAUUUCUAGAAACAUGAUUCAGUACUUUAAUGCUGGUGCUUCUAUAGCUAACCACAUGUGGAUUAUUGUGAUACUGCCAUCAGGUUGAGGAAGCAGGUCUGAUCAGCCACCCUCCCUGGAAGCUGAAGGUCAUCCAGCUGUUUGAGACACAGAGGGUCAGACAUGGCAUGAUGGCUCUUGGGCCAAGUGGGGCUGGAAAGACAACGUGUAUUCACACACUAAUGAGAGCUAUGACAGGUGGGUUUUGAACAUGUAAUGGAGUAACACGUCAGGAAGUGAGACAACAAACUUGUGAUGAAUUGGCUGUACAUAAAACUUUAUCACCUGUGUCUGAAAGCAUCAAGGGGGGGGGAGCAAAAAUCAUCUUUUCUCCCUCCAAGCUUGGAGUGACACCUCACAAAUCUGUGCAUUUCUCUCAGAGUGUGGUCAGCCUCACAAAGAGAUGCGUAUGAACCCCAAAGCCAUCACAGCCCCACAGAUGUUUGGCAGGCUGGAUGUAGCUACAAAUGACUGGACCGACGGCAUCUUCUCGACACUUUGGAGGAAAACGCUGAGAGCCAAGAAAGGUCAGAAAAGUUUCUUGCUCGACUUGAAAUAGGCUGAGCUCACAAUAUAAAUACUGCAACGUGAUUGAAAAUGAGGAAGCACUUGUUGCUAUGAUGAUCAUAUUAAUGCAUUUGUCUGCAAUUAAACAACACCUAUUUUGUUUUAUAGGCUGAAAUGAAUGUUAAAAAUUGCUUAUGUGAGGUAUGCUUUGGGAUAAGUAAAACUGCAUGUGUGCACUUUAAGAAAGAAGGGAACAGAAAUAAUAACACUGUAUCAUAAAAGAGAUACAGGAAGAGAAAGAUAUAAAACAGUGACAGGGGUCUCUGCUCUGUUAAGUAACAGCCUCUCAAAUGAUUCAUUAGUUCUUAGUUGGAAAUUUCCCCUUGUGGGACUAAUAAAGGAGUAUCUUAUCCUAUCUUAUCUCUUGUAACUACCAAAAGUUUCUUGUUUUUCUGUGGGAUCUCAAAGGAAAAUGGUAUUUUACAAUGUUAGAGAGAACUUCAAAUAUCUUGGGACGUCAUUGCAUCUGGUUCAAAGCGCCACCAGAAGCUGUUUUAUCUUUCUGCUCAGUGCUAAUCCUACACACUUCAUUAAAAAGAAUGUGCGCAUUUAUGAAUAUACAUUACAUGUGUUCCCUUUCAUGUGUCAAGAUAGGCAUCUGAUGUGUCUACAGUAUGCUCCCAUGCUGCUAUGGGUAUCUUUAAAUAGGAUGUGUGUUUACUGAUUGCCUUUUGCAGCCACUUGCUAUAGCAUUCACUUGAGUUAAAGCGAAUGGUAUCAAAUCGCAGGUUUAGAUUUAUUUGUAAGUUAAGUUAUAGUGAAGUUAUAAGAUAAGAUAGACACAAUGGUUCAUCUGCGUUGUAUACUUUUUUGUCCUGACAACCAUCAAGUUAUGGGUGUUCCUACACUGUAUUAUUGUUUUGUACAAAUAAAUGAACAGAAACACUGAUUUGUCCCUCAGGAGAGCACAUCUGGAUAGUCCUGGAUGGGCCAGUUGAUGCCAUCUGGAUUGAGAACUUGAACUCAGUCUUGGAUGAUAACAGGACUCUGACACUGGCAAAUGGAGACCGGAUACCCAUGGCCCCCAACUGCAAAGUCGUGUUUGAGCCACAUAACAUUGACAAUGCCUCUCCAGCCACUGUCUCACGCAAUGGCAUGGUGUUUAUGAGCUCCUCUGUGCUCAACUGGAGUCCAAUCCUGGAGGUGAUCUGAUCAAAUGAAAAACUGAAAUCAUUUAUUGUUGUCCUCUUUUUCCACUCAAAUAUUGACACUUAUGUUCAUAAACAUGCACAUACAUAAGCAUUCGGUGCAAUAAAAAAAUACCUUUUUUGUGUACUCAAACAACCGGGGAUGGCCAAGGUCGCUGUUUCAAGUCUCAUCUUCAUUCAUUAGGUCUAAGUGUAGCAAUUCACCUCAUUAAAAAAGAACAAACCUGCAAUAUGUAAAUAACUAUAAAAUGUUGUGCUUCAUUUUCAUGUGUUAAGACGUGCUUUUUUGGUUGGCAAGGGUUGUUUUUGCAGAGAAAAUAAAUGGCUUCCACAUGUUCAAUUAAAUACUUAAAUGGUAAAAGUAAGGAAACAAUCAUAUCUAUCCAGAGUUUUCGCAUCUAAAUUAAAACAUGGCUGAAAACAGCAAAUGAUUAUAAUGUUUCUCAGAGCUAUUAUGGUCUUUCAGCCAAAUAGUAAUUUGCUGUCUUUGCUUUGAGGGCUAAAUUACUCCUGAAUCACAAAACUCUGUGUUUGCCUGUUUGUUUAUUUUAAGACCAUGCACCCUGUAUUUUUUAACCUAAUGUAAUUUCUUUUAUUGCAUCCUGCCAUGUUUUGUUUGAUGACCUCAGGCCUGGUUGAUGAAACGCUCCCCUCAGGAAGCCGAGGUGCUGAGAGGACUCUUCACAUCUUCCUUCUCUGAGCUCUACCGCUUCAGUGUGCAGUCAUUGGAGUUCAAGAUGGACAUGUUAGAGGCUUUUGUCAUUAUGCAGUGCAUUAACAUGCUGCAGGGACUCAUACCAUCAAAGGUAAGUAACAACAGCCAUGAAUUUCCUCCCAAUUAGAAAGUACUGUUUGUGUAUAAUAAGAGGUCAAUUUCAACUUCCAAAAUGACUGCAGGAGUAACUAGGGGAUUAAAUAUAGAUAGAAAUUAUUUUUUAUCAUUUUACUAUUUUAGAAAUAACCCCCUAAAAAUAAUCUCUCUAGGGAGGAAAAAAGUUAUUUAAAGUACGAAAAUUAAUUUGAUAUUAGUUCAUAAUUGAAUGAAUCAAUUAUUCAUUCGAAGAUGAUUUAUUGGUUGAUAAACAUUUUUCACUUAAACUGUUAAUGUGUUAAGGUUUGUGAAUCUUUUCAUUAACUGGUCCAGAUUAUCUUCUAAGUAAUAAUCGAUUUGAAUAAUGAUUUUACAAUAAAUCCGAUAUGAUAUAAUUUAUGAGAGAGAAAAUGAAGUGUACAACAAUGACACAGUUCUAACUGAUGAUUUAGUCCCACACUCUAGUUUUGUAGUUGAAAAAAGGUCUUGAUCUAAAAAAAGCUUUGCUUCACAGGAACAGUGUGGUGAGCUAUCGAGAGAGCACUUGGAGCGACUGUACGUAUUUGCCCUCAUGUGGAGCACUGGAGCCUUACUUGAAUUAGAUGACCGCAGAAAGAUGGAGAUCUGGCUCAGAGGGAACAGCAGCAUCUGUUUGGACAUGCCAGACAUUCCUUCUGACAGUGAGGACACCAUGUUCGACUACCAUGUCACAGCAGAUGGUAUGUUUAAGUUGAUAAAAAGAUGUUCACCUGUAGAUAAGAUGUGUACCUAUAACAAAGCUGUGCCUUAGCAGGCAGUAUAGUAUUCAGCCUGAUGCUGCUCUUGUAAUGUGAUAACAACUGCCUCAUGUGCUACAUCAUUUUGAUUUCUUAAAUGCAUGCACACCUGUUCUUCCUCCAGGUCAGUGGGUCCACUGGAACACCAGAGUGGAGGAGUAUGUUUAUCCAUCUGAAAUCACUCCAGAGUACAGCUCAAUCUUGGUCCCCAAUGUUGACAAUGUUCGAACAGAUUUCUUGAUUCAGACCAUCGCCAAGCAGGGCAAGGUGAGAAGCUGACAGACAGCCAGAAGAAACGUGCUUCAAUUAUAGGAAUCUGUGUAACACAAAUAAUUAAACUGCCAAUGCAGUAGAAGUAUAUUUUCUUUCUUUCUUUCUUUCUUUCUUUCUUUCUUUCUUUCUCUCUCUUAUUCAUUUUUUCUUUCUUUCUUUUAUUUUUCGUUCUUUCUUUUCUUGACUUCUAUCUAUCUUUCUUUCUUUCCCUUUUUCUUUCUCUUAUUCAUUUUUUCUGUCUUUCCUUUUUUUUCUUUCUUUUAUUGUUUCUUUCUUUCUUUUCUUUAUUUUCUUCUAUCUUUCCUUCUUUCUUUCUUUUCUUCUGUCUUUCUUUUUCUCAUUUUUCAUUUCUUUUUUCUUUCUUUCUCUUUCUUGUUCAUUUUUUCUUUCUUUCUUUUAUUUUUUCUUUCUUUGUCUUUAUCUCCUUUUUUCUUUCCUUCUUUCUCUCUUCUUCAAUUUUUUCUUUCUUUUGUUUUUCUUUUUUCUUUCUUUCUUUCUUUUCUUUUUCUUUCUUUUCUUCUUUCUUUCUUUCUUUUCUUCUUUCUUCCUUUCUUUUUCUUCUUUCUUUCUUUCUCUCCUCCUCUUUCUUUCUCUUUCUUUCUUUCUUUCUUUCUUUCUUUCUUUCUUUCUUUCUUUCUUUCUUUCUUUCAUGAUUAUUUGUAUAGGUUCAAGUAUGAAGCAAGUAGACCAUUUCCACAAACUAACUACAGCAUUUGUAGCUUGAGUUGAGCAAAUUUCCAAUGCCCGUCUCAAGCUGGGCUUUUAAGAUACAUAAAAUUCCCAAAUAGUCACAACAUCAAAAGGGCAACAAUUUCACAUAAAACAAGCACACAAUUUCAAGACAAAACACAGAGACAUAAAAUACAUAAUCACACAGUAGCGCAGAAUUAGAAAGGAGGUGAAAUAUCAUCCAUGACUGCUAAUGUAACUCAAAUAUACUUAGAGUAAUACAAAACCACUGUGUGGACUUCGCAUACAUUUUUAUGGAUUGUUAUUCGAUGCUUCGUGUGUCAAAUAACAGACGACCUCAAAUGGAGGAAAUGGCACAUCAAGUAAACACAUGCACAUCUUUGUAAAACCUUGAAAGCUUAUAAUCAGGAUUUUAGGGAGGAAAGUGCUCGUUUGAUCUCUGCUCUACUCAGAAUAUAAUGCUUCAUUUAUUGUACGAUACAGCUGAGUAGACACAGCCUUCAGAUCGAUAACACGGCCGCGUGGCUGGAUGCAGAACAGCUCUGCUAGAGGACCAGAAUAAAACACUGUGGUCGAUACCCCUGUUCAAAAGCCCAUCAUAUGCAUCACCCGAUGACAUUUAUGAGAAAGCCUGUGUGUGUUCUUGCAUGUGUGGGAGAGUCAUUUAAAUUCAUUAUACCACAAGAAGAAGGGGAAACAUCUUUAUGGUAGUUAAUAAAAAAGUGGUUCAUGUGCAGGUCAGCUUAAAUUUGAGCUCUCCUAAAAUCUAUUUAUUUGGAAUUGAUCUAAUUUAUGUGCUGUAUUUCGUUUCAUUAUGUUACACUGUGAUGAAGAUCCAUUAAAUUAGUCGUUAAUAUGACUGGCAUGCAGCUAAUGCAGCAGUAUUUUUAAUAAUCUUCGUCUGUUUGGUCUUACAGUAAAGUGUUUGUAUGUUUGAUUGUUUAGCAAAUAGCUUGUAAUACACUCAGCAAAACUGGGGCCUCACAUGUAAUAGACUGCACAAUUUCAUUUGUCAGCUCUUUCUCCCUGCUGAGAUUUUAAUUUAUUGCCUUGCACAAGCCUGGGUGAAUAGCUAACAUAUUGUUUUCACAAACGGAUCAGAAAAAGCAAUUUGUUGCCAUCAUUAGCAAUUAUAUAGAGCUGCAGCUUAUGUCCAACUAAUCUAUUGAAGCAGCAAAAUAAAUUGUCUCUCAAAGCUGUAUUAAGCAAACAGUUGUACUCUUGAGUAAAGAUGCUGUGGGUCUGACAACAGUCUCCUGUUUUUCCCUCUUGCUGCUUACUUUAAGGGCUCUAUUUUCGUGCCCGCUGGUGGCCCGGCGGAGGCUGGUGGACUCAGCGCAGUGGUAUUUUCAUCUGGCGGAGCCCGGCGCACAGCUAGUUUGAUAUUUUCGUAGACUGAGGCGCUCCGAGGUCCAACAAGCUGGGCAUGGUGGCGUGGUAGGGGGAUGUGUCGACAGAGUCAGCUGGUGUAGUGACAUUUCUGUGCUUGCCGGCAGCGUGGAAAGUGCGCUGAAAGCUCGCCAAUUCAAACCUGGUCAGCUUACAGCGCAGGUGGAGCGCAGCUGGUCUAGUGGUAUUUUAGUAGACUGGCGACAGUGCACAUACGUCACUGAUGCCUCACCUGCAGGUUUCCACAGUGUCAGGCACAUUUCAGUGCAAUAAAUAAUCAACAACAGCCAAUAUUCUGAGUCUGCAAAUACAUUUAGAUAAAUAGAGCCUGAAAUAUCUGUAUCUACUUUUUGGGUAUCUUUAUUGUUCCACUGCAAUGAGUGUACAUUCUUAACUUAUUAUGAACCUCUGAUUCAGUCCAGAUAACCAUAAAACAAUUGUUGACUUUUUUAAGGCUGUACUGCUGAUUGGAGAGCAAGGAACGGCCAAAACUGUCAUCAUCAAGAGCUACAUGUCAAAGUAUGAUCCUGAGACCUUUAUGGGGAAGUGUCUCAACUUUUCUUCUGCUACCACACCCCUCAUGUUCCAGGUAAAGCAGCACCACCUGUGUCAUCUCCUCCUAAUAAAGUUGAUAGUCUCCUGUUUCAUUAUUUUCACUUUCAUUGAGAUAAGAAUGCUUUCCUUCUGUGUUAACAUGUCACAGAUUUUCAUGAAUAUAUGAAGUAAUACUUGAUUAUAAAUCAAGUGCAUACUUGGGGGGGUGACCACCAUCCCUCCUGUUUUUCUUUAUCAGAGUAGAUCUAAGAUCCAUCAAAAGACUGGAUCUAUCCCUGUGUUUCUCUCUCACUCACUGUUUGUUGCUGUAUGAUUUUCUUUUUAUCUUUCAGAGGACCGUGGAGAGCUAUCUAGAUAAGAGGAUGGGAACCACUUAUGGCCCCCCUGCCGGGAAGAAAAUGUCAAUUUUUAUAGAUGAUAUCAACAUGCCCGUUAUCAAUGAAUGGGGUGACCAGGUUAGCAUCUACAUAAAAAGAGAAAAUUCACAAAUUGACAUUGCAUACAUCAGCCACCUGACAAAAAGAUACAAGUGCACACAUUGAUAAAAAAAGGACAACGUGAAUUUCUCCUCCCUAAAAAACCUACUUGCACCCUCCAAUAACAGGUGACUAAUGAAAUCGUCAGGCAGCUGAUGGAGCAAAAUGGGUUCUAUAAUCUGGAGAAACCAGGAGAGUUCACCAAUAUUGUGGAUGUCCACUUUCUGGCCGCAAUGAUCCAUCCUGGAGGAGGCAGAAAUGACAUCCCGCAGAGACUCAAACGGCACUUCUCCAUCUUUAACUGCACCCUGCCCUCUAAUUCUUCCAUUGACAAGAUAUUUGGUGAGUGAAAAGAGCCCGAUAGAAUUAUUUUUGUGUUUUUAAAUAUGACGUCAAGGUAAUGACAGGUGACAUUAAUGAUGCUGAUUUUCUCUUUACUGUGGCACCUGUCAGUUGGUGGGGUGUAUUAGGCAGACAGUGAAAAUUUUUUCCUCUAAGAUGAUGUGUCGGAAGCAGGAAAAAUUGGCCAAGGUAAGGAUGCAGGCAACUUUGAAGAGGGCCAAAUCUGGAAACUAGUGAUAGGGUCAUGGAGCAGGCUUACUGAUGGAUGUGGAGGGUUAAGAGUGGGCCAACAGAAGAACUACUGGAGUUAAAAUAGCUGAUAAAGUUAAUGAUACUUCUAAUAGGACCAUGCCAGAGCAUACAGCACAGCAAGUGCCAUUUCUUUUUUUUUUUUUUUAACUGAGCUUUCAGGAUGUCCAUGCCAACCUGUGUCUACCACUACAAGUCCCUACAGUGAGUAUAUGAGUGUCAGAAUGGGUUCAUAGAGGAAUCGAAGAAGGUGGCCUGAGGGAACAUAACAAGUUCAAGGUGUUGAAUUUCCCACAUCUCAAUGAAAUCCAUGAAGGCCCAAUCUCAAAACUCACAGAAUUUCAUGGAUCUGCUGCAAAUGAAUUUGUGUCAUACUUUCACAAGUCCAGAGAGAUUCAUGUCUUGCCAGGUAGGGGCUGUUUAAGCCCUGAUCUGAGAGUGGAAGCUACAAAAUACAAGCCAGGUGAUCAUAAUGUUAUGGAUGAUAGGUGUAUUAUGCUUACUUAGUGAAAUACUACUUUAGCUGAAGAAAAGAAAAAAGAAGAGUAUGGAAGCUGUCGUUAAUAUAUUCCACUGUGAUUAUUUGGCUCAUAUGUGCUAAAUUUGUUAAGGUUUGCUUAAUAUAUGAUGUCUAGAACCAUCCUUUCUAUACUUGCUAUUCAAUCCACCCUUCCACUACUAACCACCCCCCCUCAACCUUAUUUUGUAGGUGUGAUGGGUGAAGGCCACUUCUGUGCACGUCGUGGUUUUGCUGCAGAUGUCCGAAACACUGUGACCCGCUUGGUGUCCCUGACCCGCCAUCUCUGGCAGUUGACAAAAGUCAAGAUGCUUCCAACUCCAGCAAAGUUUCACUACAUCUUUAACCUGAGGGACCUGUCUAGGAUCUGGCAAGGGAUGCUCAACACGAACUCUGAGGUGAUCAACUCAGUCCAGGUAAGAAGAUCAUGCUUUUUUUUUAAAAUAAAUUGCACGCAUUUAUGGAUAUGAAGAUGAGGUAGGAAUAGCAUUUAGUCAAGCCAUAUUUCAAACAAACACCUUGUUAUGUAAAUACAUGUUUAACUGCAUUGCUUUGAUAUUAUUUCUCCUAGUUGUUGAGUUUCUUUAGCCCUGCAUCAGUGUAGUGUGGUGAAGAGCGCUGUGUGGUAGACUGGAGAGGUGUAGAGACACUUUCAGAUAACAACUAAAUCCCCACUACUUAUGUGGAAGAGCCUCUGCAUGACUCCAUGAUGCAUUAAUGCUUAGUGCAUUUUUUACUGUUAUAUAUUCAUGUUAUUGAGACAGAGAAGUGUGAACGUUGGCAGGGAAGAAAGGAAAAUCUGAGCAUUGCAAGCUCAAAUCUUGCUGAUGUGGCCAACUUCCUGUUGGUCUGUGGCCUCACUGAAUAAUUGAAUACAGAGAAAUAUAUCUGCUACCUCGGGCUGCCCUGAGUCCGAAGAAACAUGCUUAACAUCUCAGCUGAGGCUGCCAACUUUAUGUAGAGGUAGACUAUAAUGGACACGGCCAGAGAACAAGAGUUUAUGUCGUCAGUUUUGCUGUAUGUGUAAAAUUCCUACAAUAUACAAACCCGAAGAACUUGUAGCUUAAUGAUUUUCAGUUAAAACAGAUGAUUCUGCCUUUUCUAGAUGUUUCUUCUUUCCCAUGUGAGCUUUUUAUUUUUGCUUCAAACUUCCCCUGACCUUUCACAGUAGCUUCACUGUUGGUGUUUUUCCCUAUGCAGUAGAGAUGAACCAACUACAUCACUGGCAAAAUUCACCGAUCUAACUUGCUUGUAUUAAAGAAAACAUAGUUUCAGCUUCUCAAUAAGACUACAACAAAAUCCACAGGUAUUGCUGGAGCUGUGGAAGCAUGAGUGCAAACGUGUGAUAGCUGACAGGUUUACCAUGCCUGAGGACAUAGAAUGGUUCGACCAGGCCUUGACAAAGCUGGUAGAGGAGGAAUUGGGCGAGGAGUUCAAGAACAUAGUGGGCUGUGGGCCAGACAGAUACUUUGUGGACUUUCUGCGGGAUACACCUGAGGCUACAGGUACUGAACUGGAACUUUUCAGCUGUGUAAUUUAACUGUCUUAAGUACCUUACAGGAUUGAACUUUUGCACCACGAUCUUCUUGAUUUGAAAUAUUCUUUCCUCACAGGGGAGGAACCAGAAGAUUCAGAUUUUGAUUUACCAAAAGUGUACGAGCCUGUGGAAUCAAUCGAGAGUUUAAAGGAGCGUCUGAACAUGUUCCUUAGCCAUUACAACGAGAGCAUCAGGGGAACUGGCAUGGACAUGGUCUUCUUUCAGGAUGCUGUGAUACAUCUAGUCAAGGUACUGGAUAAAAACCUUUGUUCCUUUGUAUCCAUAACUGCAAAAGUCUAACGCAAUAAAGGAAACUGAAAUAUAAACAUAAAAAGUUAUAAGUGAAGAAAUUAAACAAAAAGUAUAGGGGUAUAGGGUAUAUAUGCUCAUGAAUAAAAUCAAAUUGUUCUUUUCUUUGCCAAAGCGAAUAUCCAGCUUGAGGGCAAAACCUUCAAAUCUGGUCACUUCAUUUGAGUCAUAUCUCUGGUAACCCGCCAAAUGUUACGUCCUUCUUUAAUUGAACGGUUAAGCUUCCUGCAUCUAAAAGCCUCUAGAUGUGUUCAGACAGCCUUGAAGUUUUAAAAGUACUCUUCAAGUGCAACUUUAGUGCUUUCUUAUUUGUGGCACUCUUAAACGCUGCUUACAUGCUUUCAUGCUCUUCCACUCUAACAAAAUCCUCUUUUGUAUUGCGUUUCUAUUGAACUUUCAAACAUAUAAUAAUAAUAAUAAUAAUAAUAAUAAUAAUAAUAAUGAUACAUGCUGGUCUUGUGUAUAUGUAUGAUUUUGUGUGUAGGUAUCAAGGAUAAUCCGGACACCAGGAGGAAAUGCCUUGUUGGUGGGUGUCGGGGGUUCAGGCAAACAAAGCCUGACAAGACUUGCAUCAUUCAUAGCUGGAUACAAGACCUUCCAGAUCACCCUGACACGGUAUUACUCCUAUCACAGACACACACACACACACACACACACACACACACACACACACACACACACACACACACACACACACACACACACACACACACACACACACACAAGGUGUACAGUAUGCAUUCGUCCAGGACAGUUAUUAUUUCAUGUGGGCUCUAAAAAGGAUGAUAGACAAAUUCUUUGUUUCACACUGACAGCAACAUAAAAAUAUUUCUCACAGAGGUUCCAAAUUUAGAAGAAAAGAUAUUUCUUUUGAUGUAUAGUCUUCAAUAGUUGAGCUACUUUGUUGGAUAAUAGCAUGAUAAUUAAAUCCUUCAAAGUACGUGUUUUGCUUAUUUAAAUUAAGAAACUACUGAUGUAGGAUUGAGCUUUUUUAUGCCUUUAAGAUACUUAAUUGUAAUAGUCCAUGAAUUUUGAAUGACUCUGUGUCAUUUAAUUAAAAAAAUCAUCUUGUAAUUUGUUGGAUGGCUUGUCAAGCUUGAUAGAGUUUUAAUUGGAUAUUGUCAGAUCAGUUUAAGUUUAGACUUUGCAAAAUUAAGUAAACAGACCUCACUAUUUAUCCUAGCAAAGCAAUAAUUUUAUUCAGAGCAGUGAGUACCAGGUAAUUUACAUAACCAUUUGUUCUUUAAAAAAAAACCUUGACAUUUCUCUGGUCUGACUCUGUCUUGUUCUGCCUUAUUGUUCUGUGUCUCUCUAUUAUCCCUCUCUUCACUUUCCAAACCUGUCAAGUGUCUUGCACCAGUCCCCAGGUACAUCUGUUGCUGUCAUAGUCCCUUUGUGCUUUUUUGCCCUCACAGUUGCUUUUGUUUGGUGUCAGUACAAAAGAGCCGAGUGUUUCUCCUAUAGUCCUCGCUGCUGUCUCCAGAGAAACAUCCAUCUGACUUUCAUUCUUUGUGUCUUGUGUCUUUGUGUCAUUUUUAAAUUCUUUACAUGGUCUUUUUCGUACACUUACUUCUCUUCUUAUGCUGACUCAAUCUGACUCUCAUUCUCUGCUACUAUACAGACGUUCUCUUUCAAACUGUUAUUCCAGGAGAGAGACACGGUUCAUGAGUUACUUAAUUUUCUUUUCUUUUUUGCUGUCAAUUUCUCUAAAAAAACAAACACUCAGAAACAGAUGAAGGACAUCGCCUGCUUCUUUUAACGACUUUGAAGUCAAAAAUCAGCAUGUUUUUCCCACUCUCUUUAAAGGCUUUUACCUGCAACAGCACCUGCUUUGUAAGACUCGGAUGAAUCCUUUCUCACUUGUUUGUCAAAUCUGUAAGAAGUCUUUGAUUUCAUAAUGAAGCUGAGAAACAUCAGUCUGAGCAUAGAGCUCUAGCAUGGUUUAUACAGGCAAAUUCAUGAAAACAAUUAAAUGAGUGUGGUAUGAGAGAGAGUUUUCUUUCAUGUGUUUCUCUGUAUAUCAGGCUAGUUUGAUUUGCCAAUAGUAUCAAAAGUGAAAAGGAAAGAAAAAUGAAAGACUUCAUAAUUAUUUUAUGUACCCUGUUCUUUGGCAGCUCAUAUAACACAGCCAACCUGAUGGAUGAUCUGAAGGGUUUGUACAGGACAGCUGGCCAACAUGGGAAAGGCGUCAGCUUCAUCUUUACAGACAAUGAAAUCAAAGAUGAGUCCUUCCUGGAGUACAUGAAUAACAUCCUGUCAUCUGGAGAGGUGAGGUGGAGACACAUGAGAAAAGAAACACAUGUUGAAUGCAUCCCAUCAGUUUUUUAUUUUUGUCAUUUUAGUCAAAUUUUGGGGUUAUUGUUAUAAAUUUAACUUCUAAUUCAUCCUGUCAGAUGUUUUGAUAAGAGGUUUAUCUUUCUUUGAUAUUAAAUAGUGUUUGAUAGUUGAGUUACUGAGGGGCUCUUACAGCUGAAGAUCUUUAGUCAAGACCGAAAAUGAAUUCUGGCUCACAGAGGACAUCCAAAAUCAUUAAUAGAGGUCAGACAAUGGGCAAAGUAAUCAACAAUAAGCAUCCACCAGACGGUCUACUUUACAUGCAGUUUCACCCAGGGGUGAAAGUAAGCCGGUACGCAGUGGUACGCCGUACCGGGAAGACAUAAACAGCAGUUCACAGCCAGUACGCAAAUUUUGCACCCCUGCAAUGCAUAUAGGCUAUAUUUCCUUACCGUGUUGCCGCAUGUUAGUCUGCACUCUGCAUUGUAACCGUAGUAAUCCAAUAGAAUCAUGCUGCUUGCAAGUGAGUCGUAUUUGCUUUCGCUAACAAACAAACUCCAGAAGUGGGAGUGCAGAAAUAAAUGCAGAAAUAAAACAAAAUGCAGAGAAAAGUUGAUUUUAUGUUCAACAGAAAGAGAGAUGCAGCAUAUGAUGAUACUGUGGCAUCAGAGUCAGCACCUUAUUAAACUUGGGUGUGCUCCUCUUAUACAAAGCCUACAGGUAUACUACCUGCUGGAACCCUAUCCUACUUUCACCCCUGGUUUCACUUACUGUGCAUCUGUAUAUAAAUAAUGAAGGCACCUGAUCCAAGUGAAAAGAUUGAAGAUGACUUUAGUCUCAAAGAGAUGCCGUUGAGUUUGAAUGGGUUUAUGGGGUUAAGCAGUAAAAAAACAAAAUAAGCCCCACUGUAUUCACUGUUAAAAAGAGGUCAUUGAGCAGGUGCUGAUCUAACACAACAAUCAUCAUAUGGUUUAAGUGACCCUCUAUUUUAGGACAAGCUGGACCUUUUGGGCCAUAAAGGCAUGGAAACUCCUGACAUUCUUGUGUUGACUGAAAAGAGAUUCAGACAAAGCACCUUUAUAUUGCCACAGUCACAUUAGGAGAGAAGCAUACUUGUAUUUUUCGGAUACACACAUAUUUACAGAACUUUCUAAACUUUAAUCAUGCUGAUCAGGGUAAUUUACUAAAGAUAUAGAUGAAAACUGCUUCUUUGGCUGAUAGACCAUCAAAAAGUAAAGGUAGGAACGGGCCUUGUAGAAAGCAUAUAAUUUAGAGGUCCUCUCUACUUUUGCAGCCACACUUUUCUCUGGUUUAUUAUACUUUCAUGAAAGCACUGGCACAUCUGUGUUGAUGCAACAAAAGUCAACACACUUUAUUAUGGGGAAUGCCUGCAGUGAGUACACCAAACUGCUGCACCGACACUUGCCUUUAAAUCACCCACUUUGCCUACACAAAAGCUUCAAUCACACAUUUGCCGUGCCCUAUGAAACUGGCAGCUGCCAUCCAACCUUCAGAGAAAACGACAUUCCACGAUGGUGAAACCGAAGCAGCUACAGCACAGAUCCAGAGAGGAGAAAUCUGUGUUGUCUGUAUCCGUGUAAUGAGCAGUGCAGUUUAUCUCAAUUCAAUCAAAUUAAAAAGCAAAUUGAAUUUUCUCCCUCAAUAAGAUUGCAAUUUACAAUUAUUUUUCAGCCAAUCUGUGGCUAAUGAAUUGAAGCUGUAAGUGACAGAAGUAACAGGUUCAGCAUGGCUUAAUGGCUCUCCUCUGUAUUAAUAUUUGAAAACAGCAUUACAGCUCUGGGGUCAAAUGGCACCAUUUGCACUGAUCUCGACUGCAUCCUUAUAGGAAAUACCAAUCCUCUUCUCACCCUCUCUGCUCUGGUUUUCCUCUCGUUCUGUUUCUCCGUUUUACCUUGACAGCAUCUCUCCUUCUCUUGCUUCUCCUAAUCUUCACUGUUAUUCUUCGUGUCCUCCACUUGCUCUCAACCUUUGACACUUAUUCACAUGCCUCUAUUAAGACUUAUCUUCUUUAUCCAUGCUUCUUCUUGAACGUCUCUCCGUUUUGCUUGCUUUUCCUAUCUGUUCUUCUUGGGAAAUAAUUUUCAUUAUCUUCUUUUACUCCCUUUUCCUCUAUCCUCUCUUUAUAUUAUUUAAUGAUUGUAUUAUAUUAGAUUAUAUUAUAAUAUAUUAGAAGGCUGUGGUAUAAAAAAUGUAACUUCCUGACAUAAACACAAAAUAAUCCAGCAAAAUGAAAGUAAAUAGGAUCUGUGGAUGGCAGCCUCUAACUACAACAAAAUCUAUGUAGACUGAAGCAAACCUAAGUACCAUUUUCAUUUUCUACCCAGUGGGAUAUUUUCAGUAGUAUUAAAUAGGUUUCCUGUAUAGUUUUAAGGUACUUCUUCAUAAUGUAAAGUAUUGGCCUUCAAUUUUUUAGCACACAGGCAGCCAAUUCUCAUACCCUGCAUGUGCAAAUGCUUUGAAAUGAUUCAAUUUGAUCUUACGCCCCCCUUUCCACACCCAAUUUUCAUCCAAUUUUCUCUUCUUCCACUAUUUGUUUACAACUUCUUAUUUACCUCUUGUCUAUUUUUUUUCUUCUUGUAUCCUCCAUCUGUUUGCUCCAUUUUUGAAAUCUUGCUUUAUUUUUUUUGUUGCUCUCUCUCACUGUGAAAGCAUUCCUUUUCCUGCUCUCUUCCACCUUUACUCCAUCCCUUAAUAAUAAUUUAAGGAGCGGCUGUUUUACUGACUAUAAAUACAAGUGGGCAUCACGGAGGAGUCUAAAUUCAGCUGUUGUUUUUGUGCGGAUGUGGUGUUUUGUUGGCAUAUGAUGGAGAAAGAGAGAGAAGCUUUGAAAUGAUUGUGAGUGUGACAGACAGUGAGAGAGAUGAGGAAAGAAAAUGAGAAGAAGGCUUUUGGUGUGAGGUUGUUGCUUAUGUGAGAGUAAACCAGCAGAUACUGAAUCCAUGACAAAGUUACCAACAACAACAACAACAACAACCCUUUCUGUGUGUUUUUCUCUGUUUCUCACCUGUAAAGGAUUUAAUCAAAAAGGUAAUUUCAAAGCAGUUAUAAAAGGUGAGUUGACACUUUCCCCUUUGGAUCAGUCUGAAUAAAUUGGAUGUGUCUUUUCAGACCAAACGUUUUAUUGCUUUUACUCCCCAGUGUUAGGUAAGUCUACAUGGGUGGAAAUGAUAAGGUUUUAAGCCAAAUCAACUGGGUCUAUAGAGUCUAAAACAGAUAGUUAGUUGAAACCAUCUUAAAUUAAAAAAAUAAUACUGUACAUAAUAUAAAGCCUUAUUUGAAACAAUUUAAAUUGGAUUGUUGACAGGGUGGUCAUGAAGGUGGCAAUUACUUGUUUUAAACAUAGGCUAAGUAAUGAUAUUGGAAAAAAUCAGAGUAAAUCAAAAAAACAAACAGAAGGUAGAUCCAGAAACUGGUAAGUUGGGCAGGUGAAUAAUUCUGAACAAAAUCAAGAAAAAGUAUCACAUGGAAAUUAAUAAAACAUGUUUUUUUUUUAUUUCAAGUAUGUAUUACUUAGCAUUCACUUAAUCUUGCUUGAUUUCAGGUUAUUACCUGAACAGUAAAUAAUUAAAAGGGUGUUUGGUCAACUGUAUAUCUACACUGACAAAUGCCAUCAUCUUGCACCAACAUGUUGCAAGGAAAGACAUGACAAACUAGUUAACAUGCAUUUUUUGUAUUCACUGAGUGGCUCUGCCAAAAGCACCUGUUGAAAGACAAAGAAUAAAACAGCAGUUGUUGUGCUCACAAGAAUUUGUACUGAGAGGUGUUUUUGGAGCUAGAAAAUGGACACAUUCCAUCACCAACAGCAUGGGUGAGCAGGGGAACAGCAGAAACUAACGUCUUUAAAUAUUCCCAUUCCUCACAGCCUACGUUCGAGCUACAGAGUAUAAGUUCAAUAUUUACUAUGAAAGUGUUUAUAUGAGGCAAAGCUCAGUAAAUCAACAGUUUUUUCAAUGUCUUUUAAUGUAGUGUAUGCACUGGCAGAGCUAAAUCUGUGUAAUUUUGGACUUUUUUAGUCCUAAUCUUUGUCUUUAGUUCAAACCUGCUUUGAAACAACCUUUCUAUGAGUGAAAGAAAUAUUCUAAAAUCAGCUGUAGGGUAUCAAAUGUAUCAUAUUUGAAGACUAUCCAGUUAACCACUGGUACAAAAAUAUGUUGUUGAUAGAGUCUGACAUCAAUGGGUUUGUAUUUCUGUCCUCAGGUGUCCAACCUAUUUGCCCGUGAUGAGAUCGACGAAAUCCUCAGUGAUCUCAUCCCUGUCAUGAAGCGGGAAUUUCCCAGGCGACCACCGACCAAUGAAAACCUUUAUGAGUACUUCAUGUCACGAGUCCGACAUAAUCUUCACGUCGUUCUGUGCUUCUCACCUGUUGGGGAGAAGUUCCGCAACCGAGCAUUAAAGUUUCCAGCUUUGAUAUCUGGUUGCACCAUGGACUGGUUCAGCCGGUGGCCUAAAGAUGCCCUUGUUGCAGGUACCUUUCCCGGAUAAUAAUUAUCACUGAAAUAAUCUACUUGAAGUAUUUAUUUCCCAAAACUGUCUCUAAAGUUUAUCCCGAGUGACAGCUCGUAUGUCAAAUCAGACUAAACUGGGAUUUUAAAUCACUGAUUUAACUUUGUUAGGAUGUUCACAUUGUGUCCCAUAUGCAUUCUGAAUAUUGAACAUGUGAAAAAAAUCUUCUCAAGGUGUCUGAUUUAGAUUGAGUAUUUGCAGAAGAAAAGCUAUUAGCUACAAGAAUCUGUUGGGUAACAACAGAUGUUGCAUUAAACAUUGUUGUAAAUAAAUACACAAAUAUACUUAAAGGGUAAGUAAUUAGAUUUUUAACCUUAAUACAUCUAAAGAAACUGUAGUUAGAUCUUCAAUAUGCGCACAGUUUGAUAUCAGUUUCAUGCUUCUAUGAAUAUCAGAUCAUUUUGUCUAGAGGAACAACAUCUUGCAGAAAAUUGCCAGUUGUAUUUGAAAUUAUCUCCUAUUAUUUUCUCCUGUUAUUUCUUCUGUUUUUGAAUGGGCGUUUUAUUUGGUGUUAAAUUAAAAUAUGUAUCCAAUAAUCUAUUUUCUCCCAUUAAAUUACAAAUUCAGUCCUGCUUGAGAUAAAUUAAUUUCUGUUUCUCUCCGCAGUUACUACUGAGGGCUCUGUUUAAAUAUAUUUUUGCUCACAGUUACCAAUCCGGUCUCUGCCCUCUUGCUUCUAUUCCCUGUUUGAUUUCUCUUAACAUAUUCUGCUCUCUUGUCAUCUCCCUCCUCCACCCUCUUCUGUGUUUCAGUUUCAGAGCACUUCCUGUCAGUUUAUGACAUCGAGUGCUCAGCGCAGGUUAAAAGAGAAGUGGUACAGUGCAUGGGCUCCUUUCAGGAUGGUGUAGCAGAAAAGUGUGUGGAUUACUUCCAGAGGUAAAUUAUUUUAUUAAGCAGACUGUCUCUGUGUGUGUGUAUUAAAGUGGGAUCCAACCCUUGAAUAAAAUCAUCAGUUUAUGCAUUCAUGUUUAAUCAAACAGAUAAAGCUUAAGAGAGAUUGCCUUCCACUAAUGUUCAUGCAUACUGUAGGAUUUGUGCAGAAUUACUACACUUUUAUUUUACAUGGCAAAGCAUAUUUUCAAAAUGGCCUUCAUGCGGCGAGGAUCCAUCAAGGCCAUCAUCAGCUGUGGCUCUUCUCCUAUCAUAAAUUUGGAUGGGACAUUAGAUAGAUUUUUUAAUGAACCUUGAGAAGAUAGAUGGGCCAAGUGUUUCCUUUUAUACAGCAUAAUAUUUUGGCUUAUUUCUUUGUUUAACCUAAAGUGCUGUACUGUUAUUUAUUUUUAGAUACAGACGGCCCACCCACGUCACACCCAAAUCCUACCUGUCCUUCAUUCAGGGCUACAAGAGCAUUUACAAGGAGAAGAGGUCUGAAGUCCAGACCCUUUUUAACAGGUAAACAGACUUUAAGGAUUUAGGUGAGUAGUAGAAUUGCAUGUUGUUGUAAUUCCAGCUUAAUCCUAGCAGUUUUAGUUUUUUAAGGACUUUAAAAUAGUCUUUGUUUCACCUACUUGUACGGCAUAUGUUGUGCCUUUAAACCAUGUUGGUUGUGUGGUGGACUUGUGUGUAAUAAAUGACGGGAGAGGAAGAGCGUAUAAACCUCGAAACCAUUGUUUAGUCUCCCUCUGCUGCAGUAUGGAUGGCCAAUUAUAAACAGGACAUUGAUCACUAAAUGUGAUUAGUGCAUUUUCUAAAACAUAACAGCUGUCCUCAUGGAGAGAUUUUCAAAGAGCAGUGACACAGAAUGAACUCCCUCCAAGUCAAUACUUAUCGACUCCUUAAUGGCACCAUCAGUGAAGGAGGUUCAGGACACAUCUUAAUGACGUAGGCUUGCGUCAAAGGAGCCCAUCCAGACCAUCAGUUCUGAGUCAUUUCUUGACAAUUCAAGAUAAGCUACUUCAUUAAAAUACACGGCGUAUCUUCAAAAACAUCCAAAUCUGUGCUCUGUAGUUCCAUGUUUUGAACUCAUAUCUUCUUAUCAGCUUUUCCCAGAGCCCCUAAAGAUGUAUUGUCUCACCUUUAAAGGAUAUCAUGUCAUUUUAAAUUCUGAUCAGACACAUGCUUCAAACCCACUGUGGAUAAAAAAAAAACUGUUUCCCUGUUAAAUAUGCUCUCACAUUAUCCCCACCUGGUGUCCAUCUGGCAGAAAAUCUGCCAGAAUCAGGUGAUACUGGAGGUUUGUAGUGAUUAACAACAAACAGGACCCUCUGGUGCUGAACAAAAUUGGAGGUGGAAAUGUGCGGACACCUCUCUGAUAGUCUGUCACAGUCUAGCAAGCUGUAAAACAUAUACUUGAACUGCAUGUAGAUGACAGUAAUAUUUCUACUCUUUAGGAUGAAUACUGGCCUCCAGAAGCUGAAAGAGGCAUCAGAGUCUGUAGCAGCACUCAGCAAGGAGCUGGAGGUGAAAGAGAAGGAGCUACAGGUUGCCAAUGAAAAGGCUGAUAUGGUGGGUGCCAAGAAGUAGAGUGCUUUUUUUGUAUGGAUCUAAAAUGUUUCUUAUUCUAGUCAUUCAUAAUGUUUUAGUCUUUUUUUUUUUCUUUGAGGAAGUAGGAAGUUUAUGUAAAUAGAAGUAGCUGUUAAAUUACAAGUGAAGGUCGUUUAUUCAGAGGACUACUUUGGUAUUCAUUCACUUCAGGAGAAUAAUGGCUCAUUAAAGAUCAUUUUGUCUGACAAAGCUCUGUUCUUAAACUCAGGUGCUGAAGGAGGUCACAGUUAAAGCCCAGGCAGCAGAGAGAGUGAAGGUGGAGGUGCAGAAAGUGAAGGACAAAGCUCAGGCCAUCGUAGACAGCAUCUCAGCUGACAAGGCCAUUGCUGAGGAGAAACUUGAGGCCGCACGACCAGCUCUGGAGGAGGCAGAGGCCGCACUACAGGUACAGUUUGGGACAUGGAGACAGAUAUAAUCGAAACAAGUGACUUAAGUUUAAACUGUAGAAUACUAUACCAACAUAAAUACACAAUAUUUAUAGCUUCUCACUUGGGUGUUAUGGUUAUAAUUACUGAUGGGUCUGUAUCUGGACCACAGCUGGUCAGAAAGGAUGCUAAUAACAUUUAUCUAAAUUCAUGAAAAUCUUUCAAGUUUAUGCGAGGGUGGAAUUAAAGAUUAAAUUUUAUUCUCAGUUGUGAACAUUAUAUUUUAAGUCUUAACCCAAAGCAUUUAAAACAAUAGUACAACAACAGAUUGUCUCAAUCUCUCUUCUGAAACAAGUUUAAGGCUGAACACAAUCCAAUACCACGAUCUGUUGAUAUCCCUGAGAAGUGACUUAAAACACACUCUGCCACUGUGGUUUAAAUAUGUGAUAUUCAUGUGAUUUGGUCUUUCACUUUUGUAUAAAACUCUUUGCUCAGUUAAGAUUAAUGUCAACAUAACUAAUUGUGGAGGAAAGGUCUCAAAAUACAAUCUCUCAGGGCCAAAAAACUAUGUCAGUGCUAAAUACAUGACCCUUUGGAUCAGUAAAUAUUCCUCAUUCUUGGUACAUUAUUUAGUUUGCCUUAGCUAAUUCUAGAAAUUACGUUUACUCAUGGCAACAAUAAUUUUGAUUCAUGGUGUAGAUUGAAAUCAAAAGGAGGAUAUUCUCUGAAUUCAUCUGAACUUGCAUAGUUGUCUUUUCAUGUUUCCCCUACCACUGAGGGUCUGUUUUAUACAAGCCUACAAGAUCAUGCAGUGCUUCCCCACAUGAUGCUCUCUGUUUUGCCUGUACAAUGUUAGACCAGGCAUAAGUUUGCCUGAAGAGAUAGCCUGGGGGUCUAAAAAUGGUUACUGAACGGUUUGCAGGACCGGUUUUUAGCUCUUCUCUCCGUAGUCUAAUGUUUCCAUGGCCAAUAUUUUCCUUGCCUCCUCACUUUGUGUUGCUCCAGGCUACCACUUAAAGCACUCUGUGACAUGCUGUGUGUAGCUGCAUGCACAAUUUGCCGACAGCCUUCUCAUCCCGGUGUGUGUAUGUGUGUAACAGCGGGUGUAUCUAAAGUUAGCAUGGUGCUCUGGGGCCUGGAGCUGUGCUGUAAUUAAAGCUGUCCUCCUGGGUACUUGGUUGCAUACAGAUCCCCUAUGGCAGGCCUCUGAUUAGGAGUUUUGAUCAUACACAUUGCCUGAUAUUCUCAAACAGGAAGCCCUUGACUAGUCCUUUAGGCUGGAUGUUCAUGCAUUUUGAUUACAGGGAAUGCAAAUACAGGUGUAUAGUAAAACAAAGGGAAAAGCAAUACAGUAAAUUUAACAUUUUUAAAUAACUUUCUUAAGUGUCUGUCCACAACAAAGCAGUGAGGGGAGGAGAAGUCAGAGGAAGUAGAAGAUAAUCCAGACAGUUCGACUGGCUGACUUUUUUGGUGAGAAAUUCACACUACUCACAGGCCAACAAAACUCAGUGGAAAUGGAGCAGAAAGGAGAAAGCAGAGGAGAGGAAAGUGCAAAGAGGAGAUGAGAUGAGAGGAGAUAAAAUGAGCAGGCAGGGGGCCUUGUGAAGCAUCUGAAUAACUCUCAGUGGGACAUUUCCUGUACUCUACUGUUGCCUCUCUUUUUAAUCAGUCCCUUGAUGUUAUUCUACGUAGCUCUAUUCAGAAACCCUCCCAUUGUGUUGAGUUUAUAUUUACAGUUUUUGUGCUUUCUUUAUAUUCUCUGUUCCUUUCUGUCACUGCUUUUAGUUAUGUCCUCUUCACACUGCAUCUGCUUUUCAAACCCUGGAACUUAAUAUGCUGUCCUGCCACAGACCACAGAGCUGUGUAUUGGUCUUUAGACUUGGAAAUACAGCAACCGCUGACCCCUAUUUACCAUAUUUUCACCUGUUCACCAUUAAACUUCCAGAUAGUCAGAUUUCUCUCCUUUAUUUCUUUUCUUUGUAUUUCCACUCAGACAAUCAAGCCAUCAGACAUCGCAACAGUUCGAACACUCGCUCGUCCCCCUCACCUCAUCAUGCGGAUCAUGGACUGCGUGCUGCUACUUUUCCAGAGGCGGGUCAACACAGUGAAGAUUGACCCAGAGAAGAACUGCAAUACGCCGUCCUGGCAGGAGUCCCUCAAGCUAAUGACAGCUGGAAACUUCCUGGGAAGCCUGCAGGUACACUCUGCUGCCAAUUUAUGCAAUGGAGAAUGAGUCUUUAUUCUGCAGAGAGCUUGCUCACAUAUGUCCCUGAGCCACAUUCUUUAAAAGUCAUUUUCAAAGUUCAGGUCAGUCUGGUCCAAUAUGGGUUAAAAAGUUGCAGCAACAAGGCACCUUUUCUCAUUGAAAGAAAAACACAACUUGUUUUUGAAAGUAGAAACUCAGGUUUAGUCUCAGUUUUUCCCCAGGGACAGCACAUGUUAUUUAAAAAGUAGUGAGUUAUCAAUCAGACAAAUUACAUAUCUGGUCUUUCACUCAUAUCAAUUAUUCUACGCAACUUUUGGAACAAUAUAGAAAACAAAACAAAAACAAGAUAAGCCAGUAUGGGCUCUUGUACUCACACACUGCUUUGGCUUUUUUAAAAGUAGAAAUUAACAGGUUUUCUGGGGCCACUGUGACAUGAUGUACCCGAGAUCAUGUGUGGGUGGACACUAAUAGAGUAGUUAGUGGCUGUUUGUUUUACAUUUGGGAAUUGAAUCUACUACAUUUAAAAAGUUUAUUGAAAUUGCUUCAACUUUUAAUGAUAAGCGAGAAGAACAAUUGUAGAAGAAAAUGAAACAUUUUUCUGUCAGUCCUUCUCACUCGUCUUCUUUUCUGCCUUUUGCCAUCACUUUUCAGCAUCUCUUUUGUAUCCUAACACUACUACCCGCAGUUUUAUUUUGAACAGAAGUAUAAAGUUAGCAAACAAACAGUUCCUUGUUAUGUUACCCGCAUUUCUGCAUCUGUUCUUCCGGCCUGUGUUGUAUUCUGAAAUUUUCUUGUAUUUUUUCUUCUCUUUUCUCUUCGUACAUCAUCCUUGCCCUUGUGUGUUUACUUUUUUCUGAUCUCAUUUCCUCCGUAGUUUUCAGUCACUGCUCUGCUUUGUGACUUUUUUUUCAUCUAUCAUCACAGCUACAUUUUCUUUUGUUUUGUUUUCUAUUAUUUUACAAAGUUUCUUAGAUUCUCAGUCUCCACAUACCAGAGAAACAGUACCUUUUUGUGAAGGUGCUGUAAAUACCAUUAUUUUCUUUCCAGCCUGACAGAGGUGUGCUUUGUCGCUUUUAUUUUUAAUUUUUGAAUAUCUUUUUCCCAUUUUACCAAUCACCUUUACUUUUUUCCACUUCUCUCUUCCUCACAGCAAUUCCCUAAAGACACCAUUAAUGAGGAAAUGGUGGAGCUGCUGCAGCCUUAUUUUGACAUGCUCGACUACAACAUCGAAACAGCCAAGAGGGUUUGUGGCAAUGUGGCUGGCCUUGCAUCCUGGACAAAAGCCAUGGCCUCUUUCUUCUCCAUCAACAAAGAGGUCUUACCCUUGAAGGUAAUACAGAGUGUGGCAUUUAGCACCUGGCGCUAAAAAAGGAAAUGAAACUGCCUGUGGAUACUUUGCGAUAAAAGGGAGAAUAUGAAAUGGGUCAAGGGAAGUGUCAGUGGGAAGUGUGAUGGAGUAGAUUCAUGAGCAGAUUUAUACAAGCUUCUCAGUUUGUAUGUUUCAUGCACAAAGGUUGAGGUACAUCUGUCGUCAACCUCCCAACAAACACGAGUGCAAUAUUCAAAGCUGCUCUCAGACUUACUGGGAAGAGGUCAUGGCCCAACACUUUCCUCGACAAUGAGUAAGGGACACUCAUGUUGGAGAGCGGAAACUAGUUGUUUUUUGUUUUAUUAUCAAUGCAGAAAAGCCCGAGGCUGUAGAAAACAGCACAGACUGUCUCUGAUAUGAAAAGGAUUUAUUCAUAUUCCCACACUUUGGCAGCAACUAUUUGAUGAUUGGUUCAGGCAAGAGAAGUGCUCCAAAAUUUCAAACACACAGAGAGAGUAAUGCAUUUAUUCAAUGAUUAUGAGCCUACAAGAAUGAGGUUAUAAAAAGGGGUGCAUCCAAAGUCGAGUUCCCAGGGCCUUUUAAAUUUAAUUUCACUUUAUUGAAAAGUCCCAAAAGUGGGUCUCCCCAGACUGACCUAAAGACCUAAAGUACCUAUCACUGUUAGACAAGGUCCUGGGUGGAUUAAGGCCAAAUCUUAAAGCACUGCCAAUGCAAUCCAACAUUCAAACAACUCCUAUAGACUCAUAUUGUCCAUCUUUAUCUAAUACCUGUUAUGUGUUUUGAUUGGAACAAAUUUGUGUACUUAAUAACCUUUCUCCUGCUUCAGCAUAAGUGCAAACACUUUAAAUGAAUGAACUUUUAAAGCUCUUCCACCUUCCAACAAGAAUCAAAUAAGAUAGACUAAUUAUAUCCACACUGGAGUCUGUGUUUGAAAUAAUAAGGCAAACACAGCUCUGAUUUUUUUCAUUCCGGCUGAACUAGUUAAUUGCUUCUUUGCAGCAUCACAUCAAUCUUUCACUUUGUAUUUAUUUUUUUGUUUCCUGCAUUAACUCCACACACAGAGGAGAAGUAUGCCGAGCUGAAUACUCUGAGCACAGCUCCUUAAUUAAUAGAGCACCACACUCUAAAACCUCAAUCUUUCUUCCCCUUGUGUUUCAUUCAGCUGAGGCAGUUUGAGAGUUUCUAAAGCUUGUUGAUUAUUGAAGGAGUUGCACAGUGCAGCUGUGAGUUUGGAUUUUGUUCAUAAAUACACGGUCCAUUACUGUGUUGUUCUCUUAUGCCUGAUUUCCCCCUCCCCUUGUUGCCAAUUGUCAUUUCUCCCGUUUUUUGCCCGCUGCCAUGUCUAAUUUUCUCCAUUACCCAUCUCGUUCCCUUCCCACUGACCCAGUUUCUCACUUAUCACCUCUCUCACUCCUUUUCUCCUUCUCAUUCACUUAUUUUCUCCAUUUCUCCCUUUCUUCACUCUUGUUCUGUUUGUCCCGUAUUAUCUACAACCUCUAAGAGACAUCCCUCUGAUAUCUUCUUUGAUCCUGACCUUUUUGCUUUAGCAAGGAGCGCAGCCAGGCAAAAUUGAUUUUCUGGUUUCCAGCUCAGCGGUGGCUUCCCUUAGAGAUUGCCAGGGACUGCUAGGCAAAGGUACAGUUGAGCAGGCAGGCAGGCAGACAGACAGGCAGACAGGCAGACAGGCAGGCAGGCAGGCAGGCAGGCAGACAGGCAGGCAGACAGGCAGGCAGACAGACAGACAGGCAGGCAGGCAGACAGAUAGACAGACAGACGGGCAGACAGGCAGGCAGACGGGCAGACAGACAGGCAGGCAGACGGGCAGACAGACAGACGGGCAGACAGACAGGGAGGAUUGUUCUUCUCAGAUGUCAAUGAAUAUUAAAUGAAUGCCCCAGACUUUUUCCUCCCUAGGCCACCCAAACACAAACACACUAAGACACACUCUGAAUUUUUUCUCUCAAUUUCUGUCCCUAAACCUUUCGCUUUGCUUUUUCCUCAGACCCAGAAAAAUACUUUCUGCUCUUUCUCCGUCAUCCUCAGGCACCUUUUUUUGGUUUUUGGGUCUUUUUUUGUCCUUUACCUGACUCUGUUUAUCUUUAGUUUCUCUCUGACUCCCCAAACUUCUUCCGUAACCUUGUAUUCUUGCAUCUCCAAUUUUACUCUUGAAGCAUUAAGUCCCUGUUGGUGCACCUUUGACAUGUUUUUACAAGUCUAAUAUCAAGCUGAUAAGAUUAACGUCAUACAGAUCCUGACUUAUACUUAGUUAUUUAAUGCCACCUGCCAGAAUAAGGGCAAAAACAUGUCCCUGAGGACUUUUUCUUUGGUCAUAUUUUAUAAUGAGUCCAACACUGAGUUUCUAAUCCCCAAAUAAGGAGAACUGAUCCCAUUCAUUGUCUCGAAACAAGACUCACUUUUGCCUCUUUUCUCUUGUUUUAUGUCAGAUCCUUCCUCUCUCCUCAUCUGCUCUCUCCUCUCUUUAGCCUUUUCCCCCACCCCUCUGUCUUUUUAAGCCCUCUCACUGGAGAACCGACCGUGACCUCUGUGGGCUUGUUAUGUCCAAUCAAUGCAUUACAGAUCCCUCUGUCUCUCUCUUUUUCCUUUUCUAUUUUUUUUCAGGCGAACUUGGCAGUGCAGCAGAAUCGCCUGGCCAUAGCUAAUGUGGACCUUCAGAAGGCCCAGGCUGAGCUGGAUGCCAAGCAGGCGGAGCUGGAUGUGGUUCAAGGAGAGUAUGAGAAAGCUAUGAUGGAGAAACAGGUCAAUAACUUCAUUUGUUAGAACAAAGUUGAAAUUCAGCUAAUGAAAUGAAAAAAGGGCAGCAUGUGAUUGAAAGACCUCAGAAGUAGUCAGGUUGAGGAUGAGUCAACUCCUUCACAUUGUGCUGCUACUCCACAUCUGAAGCUUUAGACUCAAAUAAGAGAAAUACUUUUACAAAGAGCGACCUCGCACAACCUGAUGACUAAGUUUGACACUCUAAUAAUACUCAGUGAUAAGCAAAAGAUCAUGAUGUAUAUCUUUUCCCUUCUUGUUUCCCCGACACCUAAUUAUUAGAAGAAACAGUCUAACUCUAUACUGGUGAUUUUUUUUCUCUUUAGUUAUGUCUGUGAAAUUCAUUCCUUAUUCGACAAAAUUGUGAAUGUUAUGAAAUCUAAAACUCACAAUUUGAUUACCCUUUACAAUAGCAGGACUUGUCCUUGUGUCAUUAUACUGUGUGUAUAAAAGACUUCAAGAUAUAAACAUGCAUAUUAACUGAAGUGUUUGCACACCAUUGUUACCUCAAAGCGCCUUCUAAGCCUUCAGAUUGUGGCUACUUUGGCGUUUCCCCUGGUCCACAGAGGCUUAUCUAGGGGUGGACCAGAGCAGAGGUGGUCAUGGUCCCUCUUGAUCGUUUUCCAAACUUUGAUUGGCAUUUUGUGAUGUUAGAUGGGACAUACAUAUUCAAACAAAUACUUCUGUGCUGGGUUUUAACUUACUUUUUUUUAUCCUUGUAUAAUAGUAUGACACUGUUCUUUGGUUGGUACUUUAAAUUGAAAUUUUAAACAAAUAUCUUCUCUUUGAAACUUAUGAGUCUAAGAUGUUGCAGUUCUUUUGUGUUUUACAAUCCCUAUAAACAAGAAUAUAACAUCUUUUGGAUGCUCUGAUUUAAAUACUUAAAGGAGAGACUAGUUAAAAGUGUGAACACUUGCUUUAUUACACUUAAAAAGUCAGUGCUUAAAUUUGGCCACCCCAAUCAAGCAAACCUGACUCUGCCCUUAGCCCUGCCCAUCUACAAAGAUGGACAAUAAAGCUCUUAUCUGAUUUGGUCAUGUCAGUGCUUACAAGAUGAUUUGUUUGUAAGUCUUAUGUGCACAUUGUGAUAAUUCUUUCGUGCAAAAUAUUUUUUUAAAAACUGUUUCUGCAGCACUCUGUAAUCUGUCUCAUCAGAUAUUCACCGUAUCCUAGCAGAUACAGGCACUACGAGUAACUACAAACAUAGAAACAGUCUUUUCACUGAUUGUUUUUUAUUGUCUUUUGCUCCUGAAGAUCAUGAAGAUGCAUCAGAAUAAAUUUCUGAGUUUUCUGAGUUUUUCAAAUAGUAUAUAUUUUUUUGUAUUUUUAUCAAAAUUAGUGAAUGAGUACAUGUAGUAUAUCACACUUACGUAUCCCGAAGACCUGGAGAACCUGUGUCAGGUUAUCCCUCAGAGCCCGAGUCAUGCCACUUCUUUUAAAUCAGUCUAACACCAAUGAUACACUGUUAAUUGUUUUUGCACCUUUGCUAGUCCAUCUGCUCCCUGUUUUAUUGAACGGUACUGUCUGUUCUGUCAGAAAUAACAGAGUAUAAAUGGAACAAUAUGUGCAACCGCACUCCCUGAUUAUCAAAUCUGGUUGACUCUUUUUAUAAUUUUGUUAUUAAGACCCAGAGCAGUCCAAGAGCGAGAUUUGGGGUUUUGCUGCAGGAGUGUUUGAGGUCCAGACAAUCACUGUUGACUUUGAUGUGCUUCUUAAUUAAGAACGCCUAUAGCAGACAGACGUUAUUGAUGUAUCAGCUUCUGGGCAAAAGUUCUCAUUAUUGCCUGUGAGUAGCACAUAAAUGGUUUUAAGGCGUGGUUGGCCUUUCAGUGUAUUUAUAGAAGAGAAUGUAAUUUUAGUAAUCAACAUGAUUACUUACUGAUGUAAAAAGGGGGGGAAAUAUCCAUCUAUUAGGGGUAGCAGGGGCUGUGCUCAGCACAUUUAGUAAAUGCAGGUGCCUUUGACUAGAUCUGGAUUACUCUGACUGCAUGUCUUUGGACUCUUUUUUUAACCUGUGAUCUUGUAUGUUGAGUCAUGUGGUCGUGAAACAAGAGUACUUUAACUUCCAAAGGGCACGACCUUUUAAAUACAGACAUUAAAAUGCACUCUAUCUUGUAACGAUACUUGAGAUCGGUAUAAACAUGCUCAUACUUCUACAGGAUAAAAGACUGAAAGUGAGUUUUAUGUUAGAACUGAAGUGGAGUCCAUUUGAAUGACAUGACGUAAAGCUGAGCAGACAAAUCACCCUCCUGACCUUUUUGUUUGUCUCCCUUUCCCACUCUUCAGACACUCCUAGAGGAUGCUGAGCGCUGCAGACACAAGAUGCAAACAGCGUCGAGUCUCAUCAGCGGCCUCGCUGGUGAAAAGGAGAGAUGGACGGAACAGAGCAAAGAGUUUGCUGCCCAAACCAAACGCCUUGUUGGUGGGUAUCGUUGCUGGCUUUGAAAUCUCGCUGUUUAUUUUGUGCUCUGUGGUUCUUUUAAAACUGAGACUCUGCAUAAGUUGUGGUGGCUCUUGUCAUUGCUCCUAUAUCCAUCUUUGGGCAGUUGCUAUCAGAUACAGAAACCCUGCUGCUUUUUCAGAUUAUUGUCCACAUUAACUCAGAAAACAGCCAGAAUGAAACACCUCUAAUUAAAAUCUUCAGAAAGAACAUAUACUGAUUCCAUCCUUAGAUCAGAAAUUUCUGAGCAUUUCUUUAUUUUAAAGUCACAAAACAAGGUCAGUUCCCAGUUUUACUUGUAUAAUUCCUCUGGACUUUUCACCAAUCUACCAUGCCAAGUAUUUAAUUGUUACCUGCACUCAUCAUAAAAUUUUUUUCCAGGCGACAUUCUUCUGGCCACAGCGUUCCUCUCUUACUCCGGUCCCUUCAACCAGGAGUUUCGCAAUCUUCUCCUCAAUGACUGGCAACGUGAAUUAAAGCAGCGUCAGAUCCCAUUUGGAAACAACCUCAACCUGAUUGAGCUUCUCAUUGAUGCCCCUACUGUCAGCGAGUGGAACUUACAGGUCAGUGAUCUUUUCUAACAACUCCUCCUCAUCAAAUGAUGCACUUACUCCAUAUUGAUUUAGUAUUCAUAGUAUUAUGUUAUUGAAAUAUAAUCUUAAAUUGUUUAUCCAGGUCCAGUUGGUUGUUGGUUCAUCAACAGGAACUGAGAUCUUAAUGUUUUUUUAUGCUAAAAUAUACGAGCAGAGUAUUGAUAUUGACUUUACAGCAUACAUUUGUAAAAUACUUCUUUCUAAACUAAUUUCCAAAGUUUUGCUGCUUUAGUCUUAUAAAGAGUAAAACAAAUAAUAAGCUGUUCCAAGCUCUUGCAAACAUCAUGCCCGGGUUUCAAAUAUGAACUUGUCUUCUCUCUUGCAGGGGCUCCCUAAUGACGAUCUGUCCAUCCAGAAUGGCAUCAUUGUCACUAAGGCCGCUCGCUUCCCUCUGCUUAUUGACCCUCAGACACAGGGAAAAAUCUGGAUCAAGAACAAAGAGACCAGAAAUGAGCUGCAGGUUUGGAGUUUGUGUCUGAAGCUUUAUUUAUUUAAGUGACAUAUUAAGUAUUGAAUGCAUGUUACACUGACUGUUUUUUGAUAUUGGCUGUUUCUUUCUGUCUACUCCAAAUGUAAUAGAUGAAUCCAAAAUACUCCCUCGAUAGGUGCUAACAUGUUGCAUUGGUGAUAGAAUUCAGAGCUUAGUGCUUUGACAGAAAGCAUUCUUGAGUAACAGCUAUUGAUGUACUGUGAUUUCAUGUUUUUAUUUGUUCCAUCUGUUAUCAGAGAGGACAGGACUUUUGUUUCUUUCUUGCAUGUCAUACUUGUAAGCAUUGAUUGUAAUAAUCACAGGGGAUCCCAGUCAGCUCAGCUCACUUGUUAAUAAAAACUGGCCGAGGAAUUCAGAUGGAAGAUAGACUAUCAACCUCUGCAGAUCCGAUGAACGCUACCAUGUAAUUUAGCUUUAGUACAGUCAGUGUAAGUCUUUGCUUGCUUACUGACUUUGUUGUCAGAGAACCUAUUAAUUUUUGCAUUACUGUGGGUUCAUUGGGUGACACACUUUCUUGUGCCUACAGAUCAGCUGAUCAAGUCUGCACAGGUCUGUUUGAGUUUAGCCCAGCAUACUGCUAUAUUGUCCAUUACAAUAUUUUUACAUCUCAGUUCGACAUUUCUCUAUACGUGAGUGGAUCAUUUAGCAAUUGGGUCAUUUAAAGCAUUUAAUGUUGUUCCUGCACCAUAUGCAACAAGAGCAUUUUUUCCCAGAACUCAUUGCCUGUGCAAACUUAUGUAGUGUAAGAUAUGGUUUUCUAAAGGCUCUGAAACUUCCGGUAGUAAGCCCAGCCGGGGUCACUGACCCUGUUAGUGGUAAUCUCUGAGCAGAGUAAAUGCAAUCUUCAUUUCUAUUAUGGUGUCUGUGAGGACGCAUUUUACCAAGCAGAGUUUAACCCCUAUAUAUGUGACCACAUCAAAACGACUGAAUCUAUUUUUAUAAUCUUUUCUAAAAACAGCUCAACGAAGGAGUGAUACCUUAUUCAUAUGACAAGUCACAUCUUCCAGACACUCAUUGUCCUUUGUAGCUCAGGAGGAAUUAAGGAGAAACCAAAUGUGUGUCAUUCAGUCAUCUGGCUGAAUCAAAACAUGUCGACUGUCUCAUAAAUGUGCUCAUCAGUCUAUUGAAGGUUGUUUUUUAUUCAAUGUAACAAAACUUUUGGGAUCUUAACUUUGAUUCCAGAUCACCUCUCUGAACCACAAAUACUUCAAGAACCAUCUGGAAGACAGUUUGUCUCUUGGACGGCCCCUUCUGAUUGAGGAUGUAGGGGAGGAGUUGGACCCUGCGCUUGACAACAUCCUAGAAAAAAAUUUCAUCAAAACAGGCUCCACUUACAAGGUAACAUAGCAAGAAUACGUUUCCUGAGAACACUCAUACAAGAUUUGUGUUUAACCCUGCUCAGAUGAGUGUGAAACAAGCAGGUGUGUUUUGACGCUGGAAGGAAGCAUGAUGGGACUUGGCCAGAUUCCCUGCCCCAUGCCAACUGUCACACCUGAACAGGCACAGGCUCUUAAGCUCAGACAAGGGAGAACAAGCCCAGUCACCAACUCUGUACAAUGUUCUUUGCUGGCUUGAGGCAGAUAAGUCUCUGCUUCUUUAUUAUACCAGCUGAAGCACUCCAAUCAUUGUUAUUGUCUUGGGAUGGAUAAGAGAGUGCUCAGUGAGGCAUGAUCACACAGGAAGUGCUUUAUUUAGUGCACUUAGUGAUGUAGUGCUUUUGUCCUAAAUCUCUUGGUGUGAAUUAUAAUUGAUAACAGCUUCCUGUUGAGGAAAUUGAGCACCACCAGCUCCUCUGAAACAAAAGAAUAUCAAAAUUUUCUCACAUUUUUUUUAACAUAAUUUAGUCCUCUUGUAUUCAAACAAUUGCCAACAAAAGAUUUGUUACCCGAAACGAGGCUUGAUGUUUUCAGUCUGCUGCUUAUUGUAAAAAACUGCAACUUCUUUUGUCAUCCUAAGUGUGAAAUGAAGUUUCUACACUUGAAAUACCUUCUUUCUAAACUCGCACAAUGAUUUGCUUUUGUCUUGCUCAAUGGGACUUAUUGGGACAGACAUGAAGGCAUUUUUUUACUGCCGAAUAAACCAAACUUUCCAGCGCACAAAGAGUCAGCGAGAAGGUUGGGUUUUGCAGGUUACUUUAUUGAAGAAUGCAGUUAGUAUCUGCGCUUCGUUCAAGAAUGCACGUUGUACUUUUUGAGACUCCCAAGUGUGAAUAGAAAAACAUCAAAAUCAGGCCACAUUAGUGAGGUCAUUCAGUAAUCAUUUAAAGCAGAUUCCAAAGAAGUACAGCAAAAAAAUAAUAAUAAAAAACACUCGAACACUAAUAGGAAUUCUCAUGAAUGUGCUCAUAAUGAAAGUCUAUCCCAUUGAACAAAAAUGGCUGCCUUGUACAGAGGGUUCAGUUCCUUCGAGAAGCUCCAUUCAUGUGAAGAGAGACCCAGUGUUGCGUAACGAGGUAUUGUGAAGCUACCCAGCCAGAUAUCUUUUAUUUUUUCUCUUUUCAUCUUGAGCUUAGCUGUGCAAAAUAGACCUCUCUGUCUAAAAAAGAAAAAAAAUGAUUUCCUGUUAUGCACCAUUGUAGGCAGGUAUUUGUACUUUUGCAAAUUGAAGGAAAGGGUUUCAAUGGUUCUUACUCUCUCUGCAUUUUACUAUACAAAAUGAAAGCCCUCAAUCAAACUUGAGGCGUAAUUUCAAGGUAUUAGAGGAAAUGUAAAAUUGUAUGUGACCAGGAAUAAUGUCGCAGUAGUCUCUCAGCCAGUAAAUUGGUUCAAACUUUUUAAAAGUUGUAAGAUUUCCUUUUGCAGAGCGUACACUUUCAUUUCUAUUUCUUGAGGUACCCACUCCUCUGAAGAAAGUGAAAAUGUAGUUCGGGUGAACAAAUUUCAUCUAGAUAACCUUGAGUUUGACGUCACAACAACAGGUUAUUAUAUUUAUCCUUGCAGUCCUUUUGACACGCACACACACACACACACACACACGUGCACACACAUUUGAAGAGGCAAUUUACUGUAUGUGAGCGGUUGUGUGAAAGAGGCAGAGUAAAAGUCUGCUUCCUUGCUCUCUCUCUCUCUCUCUCUCUCUCUCUCUCUCUCUCUCUCUCUCUCUCUCUCUCUCUCUCUCAUUAUCGCCUCUCAACUCUGGUUGAUGCUGGUUAUUCAGCAGCUGACACUGCAGCUGCCUCCUUCUGUCUCACAUGCGCAUCAAGCAAAACACACAUAGAGUACACGCACUUACACACUGUUGUGAUUGCAAGUAAGCAUGUGCUGUGAGGCAGACAACAAAUCUCUUGGCUACCCUAAUGAGACGCCUGAUUAGGGUGUCUUCGCCAUGUCUCCCUCCUUCCAGCAAAGCUUUCUUUUCUAUUUAUACCUCGAUGUGAUAGGUAAGGGAAGGUGUCUGUGGCCGACAGCUCUAGGGACAAACUGGCAGAUGGGUAAUUAGAAGUUUCACUGCAGUGAGUAAUUAAAUGCUGAUCAGAGAAAAAUGUAAGCACACAUUCAUGCACAUCUUUCUCAGCUUCUGUUACUACAAAGUACUAAGACACCAGGGAAGCUUUUUUGUGAUUGUCAAUAAGCUUGUUUAAUAUGUCCUAUAAAAUGUGUUUCACUUUAUACUCUCACUUACUUGUUUUUUAAGAGGAUGUAGUGUAACGCACCAUGUUUCCCUCCCUUUUUUUACCCCAUAUUUAAGUACAGCGCACAAAGCCAGCAUCACAAAUACCUCUGCUUAUUCGUUUUAAGACUUUUGUUUUCUUCUUUCUGUCUUUUUAUUUUUUUUCAGGUAAAAGUGGGUGACAAGGAGGUGGAUGUAAUGAAGGGCUUUAGACUAUAUGUGACCACCAAGCUGCCAAACCCGGCUUACACCCCUGAGAUCAGUGCUCGCACCUCCAUCAUCGACUUCACAGUCACUAUGAGAGGACUGGAAGACCAGCUGCUGGGUAGAGUCAUCCUCACAGAGAAACAGGUAGACUUUUUCUGCAUAGGACGCAUGUGUGAAUUAUUUAUCACACCGUGUUCCAGGUAGUUUAUUUCGACUUUAGUGUGUUCCCACAGGAAGCAUGUUCAGUAUUUCCAGCUUGAUGCAACUUGCUUGGAGCCUUUUAGUUUCCCAGGAAGCCCUUGACGGCCAUUUAAGUACAUCUCCUCAUAUCAUGUACCUGAUCAUGGCGUAAAGGAUUUAUGCUCGAACAUGAGCUUCCAGUUUUAACAUCUACAUCUAUUACUCCAACGUUCUAGUUGGCUCGGAGGUUUUCUCCCUUCCUUCUUGGAUCUAUCAUGUCUUGUUCGUCUUCGGUAAACUGCCCAUAAAUGUGUUCACAGUAAACAGAUGUCGUCAGCGCUGUGUUCAUCACUCAGUGUUUACUCUGAUUUUUUUGCCACUUUGAUGCUGGUUACUAAGAGGUUCAAUUUUUCCAUGAAUGUAUUAUUGGAAAAUGAGUUUCUCGUACAUUCCCUCUGUUGGUGGGGUGUCAGACCAAUAUUUAGGGCAGUGGCACUGAAUGUAACUGCUUUUUAUAAUCACCCAGUGGCUAAAGAAAUACAUUGUGUUGUCUUUGUUACAUUUUAUUUCAUUUUUUUUAAAUAUUUUUGUGAGUGUUGAGUGGGUUUGGGGGAAUUCAGAGGGAUCGUAUUUGCUAUGCGAUUAGAGAUCAUGUUGUUGUUUUCACAAAAUAGUCAUAGGAACAUUAGGAAGCAGGUUUCAUACAAAAACCAGACACUGUGGCUUUCAUAGUUUGCAAUAAAAUAGUUGGGAAUGCGAUUAAUUUAAAUUAUGUCAGCCUGUUCUCCAUGCAAACGCUUUUAUGCUUUUAUCAUGCAAACAGCGGCAUGUAAAGGUCGAUGGAGUCAGAUGAUCUGUUUAGUGGGAAAAAAGACUUUCUGACGCCAAGACUCCUGGAUAACAAAAUAACUCAUACAUGGACAUCAUUUUCAUUACCUCCCUACUCUCAAGAUAAAUAUCAAGUUCUAUCGUCUCGUGAUUUAAAAGGCAUGUCAUUGGCCGAUCAUACUGAUGCUUCCCAGGGGAGGUUUAAUGGCCUGAUGGCCUUUUCUGUUGCUCUAUCAUUCUUCUCUUUAACCUUUGUAUGUUUGUUUAUGUUUAUGUCUGGGUUUUUAUUGCACUAGGAGCUGGAGAAAGAGAGGACAGAUCUCUUAGAAGACGUAACAUCUAACAAAAGAAAGAUGAAAGAGCUAGAGGACAAUCUCCUCUACCGACUGACCAGCACCCAGGCAAGGAAAUGCAUCAAAGUUGUUAUCUGAAAACAUAGUUUUAAUAACAUAUUUGAACAUGCUUUUAUCCUGAGUGUGUAGCACUGCAUGUUUUCCUCUCAUGGAUAGAAGUUAGUCUCUCAUCUCACUGUCCAAAUGAAUCUUGUAAGGAAUUAGAAUAUUAAUUUUCUCCUGACUCCUGCAAAUUCUGUCUCUUUAAAGGGUUCACUGGUGGAUGAUGAGAGUCUGAUUCUUGUGCUUGGCAACACAAAGCGCACAGCUGAGGAGGUCACCCAAAAACUUCAGAUUGCUGCAGAGACUGAGGUCCAGAUCAACGCUGCAAGAGAGGAGUACCGACCUGGUAGGUCACAGCAAAUGGGCUCAAAGACACUUUUCACACUUUUUUUUUCUUAACUUUUUGGGGAAAUGACUCCUUUUUCGACUCCAAAGAAGAAAUCAGUUAGUUUUUUAACUACUGAAGCAACGACAUACAGGAACAUUCUGUAAGACAAAAUUUGCUCAGACAAGCAUUCAGUUAAAACAGAUUUCUUCAUAAAGUCUCAACAGGUUUCUGAGUGUCAAUCUGUGCAACUUAUUUAAAGUUAUCAAACACAUUCAGCGGCUUCUCUAACAAAAAAAAAGCAUCCAAAUACAUUUCUUUAUUCUUUAAUAAUUGACUAGACUUUGGGCGGGGCACACACAUUUAUGAAUGGAGGCUGUUAAAGUCAGCAAACCCUCCUUUAAACUCAUUUAUACGCAUUUUUGUUUUUUCUGCAUCUCACUGCUUUUGGCUUAGCUGUAGUAAUUCUUAUGUUUGUGUGUUUUCAGUGGCCACGAGGGGUAGUAUCUUGUACUUCCUGAUCACUGAAAUGAGUAUGGUGAACGUUAUGUACCAGACCUCUUUGAGGCAGUUCUUGGGACUUUUUGACCUCUCUCUGGCAAGGUGAGAAUAUCUCCCAAUCCUCUGUCUACCUGUUUCUUUUUAAGUGGAUAUUGCAGUUUGAAUUUUUGCUCCCCUCAGUGUUCCUUUUGUCUUUGCGUUGUUGGAGGUAUCUCUUUAGGGGACUUACUGAAGGACCGCGUCUGAUUGUCUAUCAACCUUUCCUAAAAUACUGAUUUUCAAAAAGGCCAAAACAGUAUUACAAUAUUACCUUUGCUUUAUGUUGUUGAUGAGAAUCUAUUUCUGUGAUAAGCUUUGUUUGUGUUUUUAUUGAUUUUUAUGUGGUGCGUUCAGUUGGUUUGGUAAGGUUUUAUCUUGUGUUGGAUGUAGAAGACCAUUGAGAUUUUAAAUCCAAAAGAUUAUGAGGUUAAUGGAGGUAUAAAUACCCUUGAAAGCUUAAAACAACACAGUCUAGACAAUGAAGUGUGACGCAUUAAAGCCCGACCACACAGACAGCCAGUAAUAUCAUUUCAGAGUUGUAUUAACAAAUAUUGAAUAUAAUAAGCCUGACAAAGGCUUAAUUCAAAUUUAUCAUUUGCUUUAUUUACCUUCUGAAUACGAAUCAGUCAUUUAGUUAAUUAAAUAAGAUAUUACCUUUGAUAAAUGUUUGCUCACUCAUUUCAGUAACUUCUUUCAGUAUUGCUCUGAACAAGCUGAGAGAUUUUUGUUGUUUUCUCACUCUCACCACGUAUGCACCUGAAAAGUAAUCAUAUUUUUAGAAUUUAUGUAAAUCCUGAAAGCUUCUGAGUCAUUGUUGGUAUCGAAGUGGAAUAUCAAUACUUGGAACUGUUUUUCCUUUGCUGUUCACACACUGGGUAAAGUGUUUGGAGUGCCUAAGGCAAAGAUCAAAUGCAGUCACAGUCAAUUUAUCCCAGGCCUACGUAUUGAUUCACCGGCUCAAACCCUUUCUUAUCAAAUCAUACAACUAAUUAUGUCGAUAUUUACAAUGCCCUUAAUGGCUAGACGAAACACACUGUUACUGUGAAAUGUUGACAUCCUAACCCACACAAUCGGUACUGUUCAGAAUGGCCUCUGCUCAUUGGGUGAACGACUCUGACCAUGCUGUGAUCCAUGGGUAAUUUACAAUAUUGAAGUCAAACCAUGUGAAUGCAAAGCUUUAAGAGGCUCAUAUGCCUGAAAUUUUUUGAAACAUAGCAUCUGUUAUGAUUUUCUGUUUUAACAGAUCUUCAAAAAGUCCCAUCACCAGCAAACGCAUUGCCAACAUCAUCGAGUUUAUGACCUUCGAGGUGUAUAAGUAUGCAGCACGGGGCCUUUAUGAAGAGCACAAGUUCCUCUUCACUUUGCUGCUGACACUGAAGAUCGACAUGCAGAGCAACAGGGUCAGACAUGAGGAGUUCCUCACGCUCAUCAAAGGUAAGAGGAGAAUAUCAACAAUGUCAAGCUUUUCUUCAACAUUCAGUUUUCUUUUCUGCCACUAAAAGUAAAUUUAUUGAGUUUUCAUCUGAAGCAUUUACAUGCCUAUGAAUUAUGAUGAACACAGACAUUAUCUGAGUGCUGUUCUUCCACAUUAAAACAAUGGUGCAGGAAACUAUUCACCUUUGUACUGAAAGAAUAAAAAGCAUUUAUUGUUGUUGUGGUUUGUGCUCACAGUGUUCAGAAUUUCUCCUCCUCCACAGCUCAGCUAUAUCAAUAACUGCCUGUUGUAUUUAUGAAGUCAUGGUGUUAUUGAUUUAGAGCCAAUGUAUGAUGCAUUGUCUUGAUUUGUGUCCCUGCAGCCAUGUUAUCCAUCCAAAGACACCGUCUAAAAAUAACACGCUUGGGCAAACUAUGUAACAAGCUGAACUCAGGCUUUGUGUAUGAAUACAGAUCAGCUUCUUCCUAAGCUUCAGAAGCCCUUGACUCCUUUCUUAAGCCACUUUGGGCUCUAUCCAAUACCUAUCUUUCAGGCCCUUAUAGCAACUGUUAUAAUUGUGGUCACCCCUGAUAAAAUUUCUGCUGUUUGUUGAUUUGACCAAAACAGAGUUAAUAAGAAAUUACCGAUUGAUUCUGUCUGAAGUAGAGAUGCAAGCCAGGACAGUAUUUGCAUUAUUACUCUUGCUUUCAGGGUUUGGCUAUCACCCUGGAAUAAAAUGACCCAAAAAUGCUGAUUUGAAUGGUACCUUAAAGGGAUAGUUCACUUUUUUAAAAAUGUGAUUCAGUGCCCGAGAACAUUGCAAGAAAAAAGAAAUGGGCUAUCUGACAGAAAUUAAAGAAGCUACGAUGUUAGUUGUACAUCGAUGGCUCACUAACUCCAGGCCAUUCAAUUACUGGAAGUGCUACACUCAUAAUAACAGGGGCCUUUCAGUAAAGUUAGAAAAUUGUGAAAGUAUUCAAUAUUUUAGCACUUCUCUAUUUUAUAUUCAAUACAGCUAAAAAAAAAGACCCUUAAAAUAGAAGGAUUUAUCUCUUUGAGUUUGAGUACAUGACUUUUCAAACAGGAUGAAUACCGUGUCACCUUGCCUAGUUCAGUACACACAACUGCAAUCAUGGGGAAGACAGCUGACCUGAUAGUUGUCCAAAAGAUGAUGGUCAAAACUCUUCACAAAGAGGGUACGCCAAAGAAGGUCAUCGCUAAAAGGGCUAGCAAUUUAGAGUGCUGUGUCAAAGCAUAUUGACUGGAGGAGAGGAAAUGUGUGUCAGGGAAAGAACACAAGCAACAGAGACAACUGGGGAUCCUCAAGAACAGUCGAUUCAAGUACUUGGGAAAGCUUGACAACAGGUGGACUAAAGCUGGUAUGAGUGCAUCAAGAGUCGCCACUAUAGACUGUAUAUAGAAUGGACGCCGUCUACCUCCUUGCUGGGAGAAGCCACUCCGAGAACAGCGCCCUCUGUUGACGGGCUGCAGUAUAGACUACAGUACAUAGAUAGAGUAUAGAGUGCAGACUCUCGGCGACUCUCCCGCCGAAUGCGAACAACACUACUGCGCAGCGCUGGUUUCAGGAAAUGAAGAAAAAUACCAGAAAUACCGAGAGCUUUUUGGCUUCAAAUCCGUAUACAGGCGGAAGGCGGAACCAAGUUGUCCAUAGUAUAUACAGUCUAUGGUCGCCACACAGACAUUUCAGAAAAGGGACUUCAACUGUCCCAUUUCGAAUACCAAGCCACUCCUGAAACAGCGAUAACUCGAGAAACAUCCUAAACGUGCUUAGUAGCAAAACAAUUAGACUGUUGCUUUGUUGUUCAAAGUCCUCUUUUCGUUUAGAAAUCAAGGUCCCAAAGUCUGGAGGAAAAGUGGCACAGAAUCUAAAGUGUUAAAAAGUCCAGUGUGAGGUUUCUGCAGUCAGUGAUGAUUUAGCGUGCCAUGUCAUCUGCUGGUGUUGGUCCACUUUAUUAAAUCAAACCUGAUGUCAACACACCUGUCUACGAGGAGAUUUUGGAGCACUCAAUGCGUCCAUCUGCUGACAAGCUUUAUAGAGAUGCUGAUUUCCUUUUCCAGUAUGACUUAGUACCUGCCUUCAGUGCCAAAAAUCCUAACAAAUGGUUUGCUGGCCACAAUAGUCCUGUGCUUGAUUGACCAGCCAUCUGGCCUGAUCCAAACCCUGCAGAGAAUCUACGGAGGGAGAAAGUGAAAAUGCAAACAAACUAAAGACAGCUAUCAAAGCAAUCAGAGCUACAGGCUGAUCACUUCCAAGCCAGUCUGACUGCUUUGUGAUAAAGGACCCUCAAUGUAGAUUGAGUCUACUAUGUGUUAGCAUAGCCUACUUAAGUAAAGUUGGACAUUUCUGUAUUGGAAAUCCUUUUUGGAUUAAUCUCGGGGAAUACUGUAAUAUUUUUAGAGACCAGAUUUCUGAUAGUCAUCCUCUCUGGGCGUCACUGCAUUCUCUUACUGUGUUGAGUGUGGGCUCCUCUGAUGGCUGGGAGUUUCUAGCCUUAUAAUCAGCAGUUAGAAUAUCCCAAUUGUGAGAUACCAAGUAAGUGAUUGAAGGAACAUGAGUGAGGUGUUUCACCAGAGAAGAGAUGUUCUUGUUUUGAAUGAUCUGAGGAUUCCCUUCUUUCAAUGUGGUUGUCACAACAGCCAGCCAGAAGGGCUAGCAUACUAGUUAUGGACUUCUUGGGACUUUGUAGAGGUGUAUACCCUGUAGUGAGAUACCUCAUUCAUGUAACCAGAGAGCCAGGGUUACCUUUGUAACCUUCAGUUUAGAAUGUCCCUCUCUGCAGGGAUAAAAGCAAGCUUUGGCUAACGGAAAGGCCAGAACACAGAGUCUGCUCCCUGCAUGCAGCUUGACCAUCUGUCAUCUCCAGCCUGCUGAACAUGAACCCACAGAGAGACUUAAGUGUUUGUUUUUGAAGGUUUGCUUUUGGAGUGUUUAUCCAAAAUGAUCUUCCUCUUUGCUUUUGCUCUCUGUCUUCCAGGUGGCGCGUCUCUGGAUCUGAAGGCCUGUCCUCAGAAACCAGCUAAAUGGAUCCUUGACAUGACCUGGCUCAACCUUGUAGAGCUCAGUAAGCUGUGGCAGUUCUCUGAUAUCCUGGAACAGGUAAAACACCUACAGACAUGCACACAUUGACACGCACAUGCACAGAUUGAUCGAUAUAGGUCGUCUUUGACAGGCGUAUCCAACAUUUCUUUUACCAAGAGAUGUUUUUGACCACUGGGACUUUGAUCUAUUAGGGCUGUAGAUAACAGCACUCAUCUGUCAAUCCCCUCUCUCCCUACGCACACACAGCGUCAUCGUCUACAGGUGCCUAUAAAUAUUUUCACAGCUCUCCCUUGCUCUAGUAAGCAUGUCAGUGUCAGUCUCAUCAUGUUUUGCUUCAUGUCUUUCCUCACACACAUAUUCAGCUCAUCAAGUUAGACUGUAAGUCACACACAAACACACACACACAUUUAGGCGUGACUGGCAGGUUUGCGGCUUUCACAAGAGGAAAAAAAUCAGUGCUCUGUGAAAUGAGCUUAGUUUGGAGGAACUCCCUUUCAAUUACUUUAGAUUGAGUUUGUGUUCAUGUACAAAAAUGUGUAUGUGUGUGUAUACUUGUCCUAUAACACACUGAGAUUUAUUACCAGUGAUUUACUUCAAGAGAUGGAUUAAUGGAUCUUUGUUUAAUGAGAGGUACAAGGGGAAAACAAGAUUAUCAUGUGAGUUAAGAUAGAACACAGAGACAAAACUGUCUUCACAAACACAACUCAGAUGUAACUUUUUUUCACUCGUGAAACUCUCACACAUCAUGUCAAGCAUCAGUCUGAGUUUAGUGGUGAAAGUAGCUCAUUAAAAUCCCCGGACUAGCCCAGAAAUUUGCAUGGAGGACAUCAUUUUGAAACACUCUCCUCUCUCCAUGUUGCUAAUGUGCCCUUCACCAAAGCUCUGAACCUCUUCAACUCUAGAGUGGAGCUGCUCAGUAGCUAAUAGACAAAGAUAAACAGCUCUCAGUGGAGGUGAUUUCCCAACUUCACGGAUGAAGAGCAGGUGGCUGUUGGUCUUUGCAGAAGAAAUACUUUAGUAAUUCCAAAAAACAAACUGAAGUUGUAUGAGAACAACACAGCCAUUUAACCCCACUUAUUCCAGAAAGUCAGGUGGCGAUGUGAAAUCAAAAGCAGAUUUGGCUUUUUGUAGUGGUCCUCUGAUUUCUUGUUUAUAUAUUUGAGUUAGCCUGGUUUUGACAGGGUCAUGUACAGACAUUUAUAUGAAAGAGGCCUCAUGCAGCUAAGUACAGCUGUAAUAUCCAAAGCAUUUUUAGGUCAAAGACUGGUCUCUGUCUAGUUACAGAAAAAAAACACUCAACACUGUCAUCAUACAUCUUACAAACAUCACCAAGUCUCUAAAUCUGAAUACGGCCCACUGCAUGAACCUAACAUUCAGAAGGUUAUUGCAGUGCAUGCACUGUAAACACAACCUCUGUUUCCCUGCCCUAACCUGAUUUCUCACAGCAGCCUGGUUUCCUGUGUGCAUAUCAAUACAGUUAUUAACAGGCUGCGAUGUAAAUUGUUUUAUGAUGUUGUGUUAUUAAGUAUUCAUGUCACUUCUUGAAUUCACACGUUGCUUACUUGGAAUCAAUAAAAUCUGCUGUGUAGACAGUUGGCUUUACACCACAGUACAAGAGUGGAUUAACGAUCCUGUGAGUUACAUUAUUCAUGACAUGAAAUACAUUAGUCUAUGCUGCUGAAAAACAGUUUAGGAGAUCAUUUCUAACCUGUUACAUGUGCUAAUGUCUUGACAUAGAUAGAUUGGUUUUAUUAUGGGGUUACACGUGUAUAGAAGAAUAAGAAGAAGAGGUAAAUAUUGCAAUCACAUGCACUCAACCAGGUUGUGCAGGCACAGAGAGGUGCAGAAAAACAUAUGCUCACCAUGCACAAGAAUAAUACAGAUAUUUUGAUGUUUCAAGGGAACUACUCAGUCAAAACAUUUCAGCAGUAACCUUUUCUACAAACUUUAAUCCAUGCUCCUAUUUUUCUAGUGAUUGAUUUGCAGCAACGUUGGGUUUUUAUACGUGUCGGUUUGCAAAAAUACAUCUUUUCUGUAUCAGUGAAGAAAGUUUGGUAUUUUCCAUCUUUGUGUUUCUGAAUAGGGUCUGUGUGCACAUUUCUUUCAGAUAAGUCGUAAUGAGAAGCAGUGGAAGAUUUGGUUUGAUAAGGAGGCUCCAGAGGAGGAAGUGAUCCCAAACUCCUAUGAUCAGGCUCUGGACUGUUUUAGACGCCUGCUCCUCAUACGAUGCUGGUGUCCGGACAGGACAAUCGCACAGGUAAGGAAAACCAUCUGUGUAUCAUUUCUAACCUUAAAGUUUAAAACCACAGUGUUUAUCCUGGAUCAGAUUUAUGCCUUAAUUUACCCAAUACUUUUGUUUCACUCACACAAUCAGUCCUAUAGUUGUUGAGAGUCAAAUCCCACAGUUGCUAGGUUACAUCGUAUUGCAUUUAUAAAAGUAUGAUGCAGUCUUUCACAUAAAAGCAAAAUCAACGAAAGGGAUAAAUUACCAUAAAAUAGACUAAUUAAGUAGUCUAAAUCAGCAUAUUCUUAAAUAAUGGAAGAGUUCAGGGCUGGAAAAGAGCUGCUGGUUUUCUUUAAAUGUUCAUUUGUAUUAGUGAGGGAAAAUUCAUUGAAAAACGUCUUUAUCUUCAGUAAUAUCUCCCUCUGCUAAGUCUUUCCUUGAAGGGAAAAGUGUAAUACAUUUAGUAAAACGUCUCUAUCACUCUGAAGCUUACUGAGCCUGUAUAUCGACAUUGUGUAAUGGACAUCCACUUCUUAGUGAUGGGUAGUGUUUUAGUCCACAGCAGACAAGCCUGAAGUGGAUUUCAUUUUGCUGCACUCAAAAGUGGUCUAGCACUUCACCUUGUCUGACCUCUGGCAGCUGUGUUUACUAAUUUAAAAGAAAAAAUCUGUGAAAAAAAAAAAAAACACUUUAAACUAUUUGCUCAGAUCCCAGCCUUGAGAAAGUGAAUUUAUCCUAGUUUUUAGUUUUAACUUAGCCCGCAACCCAGAGCAAGCUUUAUGUGUUAUGUGUUUUGUUGCCUCCAACUGUAUGAAGCUGUAAACAAACAUCCACUCUACCGCAUUACUUUCUUUAUUUCUUCCAGGCCCGUAAAUAUAUUAUGGACGCGAUGGGUGAGAAAUACACUGAAGGGGUUAUUCUUGACUUGGAAAAGAUAUGGGAGGAAUCAGACCCACGCACACCCCUCAUCUGCUUCCUGUCAAUGGGCUCUGAUCCAACCGACUCCAUCAUUGCGCUGGGAAAAAGGCUGAAGAUUGAGACUCGUUAUGUUUCCAUGGGACAAGGACAAGAGGUCCAUGCUCGUAAGCUCCUGCAGCAGACCAUGGCUAAUGUGAGUCACUGGUGUCAGGUUGCUGCUAUUUUUUGCAUCAUGUGACGCAGCAGCUGACCAUUAGGGUCGUCAAAGAAAGAAGAGAAAGAGAAAAAAAAUAUGCUUUAACAUUGUUUUCCAAACAAGCUCUCUGUUUGUAAUAAUGACAGACAGUCCUUUAAUACAUCAUUACUCUCAGGUCUGAGUUUUAAAUGGCUGUAUACUUUGUAUUAACCCGAUUACUGCUCCUCAGGGGGGCUGGGCUUUGCUCCAAAACUGCCAUUUAGGUCUGGACUUCAUGGACGAGCUAAUGGACACAGUGACAGAGACAGACUUUGUCCAUGACAGCUUCCGUCUUUGGAUGACCACUGAGGUCCACAGACACUUCCCCAUCACUCUUCUACAGAUGUCAAUCAAGUUCACGAAUGAACCACCACAGGGUCUCAAGGCGGGACUAAAGAGGACCUAUGGAGGUGGGGCGAGUUCACUUAGAGUACAACGAAAAAUUAUCCAUCAAAACUGCAUAAAUCUUAAUCUCUUAUUUUACUGAGCAGAUUGAGAGAGGUGAGGCUAGUCUGGGGUAAAAAUAGACGUCGCUUUUCUUGAACUCAUGCAGUUUUUGGAUACUGGAUCAAAUCAUGACCAAUAGAAUUUCGUCCAGAUUGAAGGGUUUUUGUGUCUGAAAUCACAACCAAAACACACAUGAGGCAGAAAAUAAGUCAAAGACGACCAGUUGAUGAUGAAUUGAUCACUUCAGUGGAACAUUUAUGAAUCAAUCUUGACUUAAAAUAGAAAAAGUAAAAGGAUUAUGAGAAAGCAGAGACGAUCAUUGUAUUGCUCUUGAUGUCCAGGACGGUAAACAACUAAUUAGUGACAGCACACAACCCACAACCACUCACACUUAAACAGCCCAUCAAAAAGUCAGAUAAUCAAUAACUAAUGAGACAAGUGUAUGCUGGGGUAGAGGCUUCAGGGGGAAAACAUGGUGAACAACUGUUUAUUGCUUAAUUCAGUGAUUUUACACUCAAGUACCAAAGCCUAUAAGGUUCAUGAAAUUUUAAACAAGUCAAGGCUCAUAGUUAGGGUUUUUAUUCAAGCCUACCAGAGGGUGGAGGAGAAGAGUAUUUAACAUGCAUAAACCACCUGUCUCUGUCUGUGCUAUUUGAUAAAAGGGUAUGUGAGGUUCCUAAAGGGCAGCUGAGAGUCUGGGUACACACUUAUCUUCAGCUCUUUGAGCUUUGCUGCAAUUAAAUGAAAUCUUUAUUCUUCCUCAACAGAUUGAAAGAAAAACAGGAAAGAGAAAAUCAAUGCUGUCAUUAAUACAUUCAGAAAAUAGAACUUUUUUUUCUCUAGAUGUUUAUAUAAAUUCUUUACCUGCUUGAAAAUGAUUGUUUUUUAACCACUAGUGCAAGGCCGUGUGCCCUUUAUAUUUUAUGGCACCCAAACCUCAAACAUGACAGCAAAUGAGGCAAAUAUCUAAUAUAUAGAUAACCCUUCAGAUUAGGGAUUAACAUGACAGUGGAUACUGUUAUUUUCUAUAAUAACUGUGGAGAUUAAAUGAAGUCGAACACAACACAGCUGGGGUUAUAAGUCCCCACGCUGUCAUCCUCUUUCUCCUCAUGACAUUCCCCAAACUUUAUUAGAGUUCAGGAAAGUUCUUUGAGGAAGUUUUCAGAGAGAGGGAUUUGCUAACAUGUAUUCUGCAAAUCUAAAAAAGCCUUUAAAAAUGGAGUAAUGGCAAACACAAAACUUAAUGUUGUACAAAGUAAUUCAUACAAAUAAAUUGAUUAAAAAAAAAAAUCUUAAAUAGCUUUUUAAAAUCCUCUGUGAAAAGGGUAAAACGGCUCUUGUACUUGGUCCCAGUUUCUUCAAGUCCUCCUAACCUGCUUUUGAAGAAUCAGAAAACCAUCUAGAGCUGGAAGACCUGCUAUCACAGCUCCAAAUCUUGCAGUGAAAUCCUGGUUUACUCAUCACUUCCUGUUGUGGACAUACCUUCUCAUGUAACUUCUCUCCAGGUAUAAACCAGGACCUUCUGGAUGUCAGUAAUAUGGUACAGUGGAAGCCGAUGCUGUACGGUGUGGCAUUUCUCCAUAGCACUGUGCAGGAGAGGAGAAAGUAUGGGCCUCUUGGGUGGAACAUCCCCUAUGAGUUCAACCAAGCUGACUUCAACGCCACUGUCCAGUUUGUCCAGAACCACCUCGAUGAUAUGGACAUCAAAAAGGUAUGAGAAGUAAAUCCUUUCAUUUCUUUCUAUGCCAUCUUGGGUCUUCUCUAUCCUUUAGAAUGUUUCAGUGUAUUUUCAGAGAUUCUGCAGAUCCAGUCUAUGAAAAGUGGGGGCAAUCUGUGGAAGUAAUUCUGGUGCUUUUUUUUCCCCCCAUUGUUUGCCGACUGUGCUAGACAGAGACUGCCAUCUUUGUUUUUGCCUGUAAACUUGUGAUAGACUUUGUGUGAUUGACAAAGAGAACCUGUGGAGGCCAACCCGUGGAGCACUAUAGUCAACUUGGUAACAAAGGAAAUAAAUGGAUGGGAGUCAUAUAUUUUUGCAAAUUCAGCUCAGACAUAGAUGUGCAUUUAGGAGCAACCCCUACUCAACUGAUUUAUUCAGGGUUUAUUCAAGAAAAUAUCAAAGAGAAAAAUAAUUUUUUCCAAGCCAAUAAAAACAAUCACACAUUAUCAUCAACCUCUAGAAGGUACUGUAAUGAAUCAUUUGGAUAUUCCUAGCUAUACAUAUUAUGAAAUGAAUUUCGGGGCAAAUUGAUCAAUAUCCAAUGAAAUAGAUAUUGGAUCAAAUCAUGACCAAUAGAAUUUCAUCCAGAUUGAAGGGUGAACAAUACCUAGCUUAACUUUCUUCAUAGCAAGUUAAAAUAGAGUCAUCAGCUACAAUAACAAAACAAGACAGUGAAACAGUCCUAAAAGCAGAGUUUUAGAGUGAUGAUAGUCUGAAAGGCUGUUUGAUGGGCUUUUACUGGCUGAAUGUACGACAAGUUGUUGCUGUUGUUUAUUUAUCACACAGUUUGUCUAUGAAGUCUUAGUAAACCAAAAAAAAAAAAAAAGUAUGUAUAUAUUCUGUAUAUAAAUAAAAGUUAGAUAGAUGUAUUUAUACAGUGUUCAGAGCAUAUAUUGUCAUACAAAAACAAUCUGGUAACAUUUCCAAAAGCUGAGUUAACAAAAUGACCGUGUUCUUUUUCCUCAUUUUCAAAGAAUAUUACACUCAACGUGAAUAAAUGUGCUAAACAGAGAUAAAUAUGACACUGUUCAAUAUGUUCAUAACACAAGGGUAUGAUCUACCUUUUUUAUACUAUUUCACAUCUUCACAGCUUUAACUGAUCUACAAAACAUUCAACAUUUGACUCUAUAUACUUUUUUGAUCCCAUACUGGGAAAUUCCCAGUUUUGUAGCACUAAAUGCAUUCUGUGGGUAGUCAUCAGACAAUAUCAUAUCUUUUCAGGGUGUGUCGUGGAAUACAGUGCGUUACAUGAUUGGAGAGAUCCAGUACGGCGGCCGCGUGACUGACGACUACGACAAGCGGCUCUUAAACACUUUUGCCAAAGUGUGGUUCAGUGAGGAAAUGUUUGGACCGGCAUUCAACUUCUACAAAGGUUACAGCAUCCCAAAAUGCUCCAAUGUGGACCAAUACCUGAGCUACAUCCAGGUGAGUCCGUAAAAAAUUAAUAAUCUGAACAUGUUUGUGUGACUUUUGUUUAUAAAACAACAGAUUUAAAUGCACUUCUACAACCGGAGAGGUUCCUUGUCACUGUCACUGUCAGUGUCUGACAAGGGCUCCUGUCUUUAUGUUCAUCAUGUCGUGUCAUGUUGCUGUCUGCUUCCAGCUUUCAGUGGAGUCACAAACCAGACGCAGAGCAGUAUUUAAGAUCGAAGGUUUCUGCAGCUGUUACAUCCAACGACAGACUGCCAUGUGUGACUUUAGAUAAAAUGCAAGCAUGCUAAUUUUAUUACAGAUUAUGCAUGAUUUAUUAGUGUGCUGGUGUGCUUAACUGUUGCUUUUUGUCAGUGUGUGUUUGUGUGUGAGUUCCUGUGUGUCUGGGGGGCAGUUCCUGAGUGAGUUUCAUUAAACCUAGUUUCAUUAUGAUGGAUGCUCAGGGCUUCCAGGCUCUGCAAGCUUAUUCCUCUGCACUGCCUCUCAAAUAGAGAAUGACAAACACAGCCCUGGAGAACAAACACGCACUAACACACACAAACACACACGCACACACACAUGCAGAGAUGCACACUCACAGCACCCAAACACACUGAGCUGUUUCUCCGUUAAUACACACAAAUGUUCAUGCUUUAUCUAAAUUUAUAAAACACACAGUAGAGUGCAGUCUGACCCUGCGUUUAUGUGUGUCAGUGUAUUGAAAUGAAAUGCAACAGAGGGAAACACAGCUGAAAUUCCCCAAAUGACCACAGUGGUGGACAAAUCCUUUUUUCUUUCCAGGGCAGUGUGACUCCUCUUCAUCACCUCCCAUUUUUCUUUGUGUUAUCCUGGCUCUCUCCUGAUGUGUGAGUCUUUUUGAAUGCACACUGUGAUCGAUGUUUGAGGGAUAAACGAGGCAAUGACGACAUAAAUCACGCAGUGUCUUUGUUGUUACCCCAGCGCAAACUCUGAGCUGCUCUCCAUCAAUGAAGCAACAAGAAGAGAAGCCUUUUGAUCGAAUUUAAACAAAACAGUCUAUCACAGCCAAGAGAAAAUGAAGCCACGUUUGAGAAAAGAUGGAGACAUGAUGCAAAUAUGAAACCCUGUUUUCUGUUGCGUCCAUAUGCUAAUUGCAGUGAUAAAGGUGAUUUAGGUUACCUUAAAACAAAGCAGAGAGAGCCCUUCCCCCUUUCAUUACAGUUCGUAUCUUCAUUAAGUCUCUGCAGCCAAUUCAGAGCAAGUUUGAAAUUUCAUAUUUUAGGAAGAGUCUGAUUAGAGUCAGCACGGUAACAGAUGGUCUGCCUUCCUGUCAUUAUUGAGAAAAUAAUAACUCCAAGAUGUCUCAGAGCCUUUCAAAGUAGCACCAUUUCAAACCUGUGCACCCUGGGGAAUAUUUUCAGCAUCAUCUCACUUUAAUUAAACCAUCCGUAUUUCUCGUAAGAACAACUUCUGCUCUCAGUUUUAGGUGGAUUAAUACUUAUGUGACAUUCAUAAACCGGCUUAAAGUCCGGCUCAGAUUGUUUUUUUUUACUACUUAAACUGUUCUCAGUGGUCUUUAAAUUGUGAUUAUGACGUUUUUACCAAAAAUCGCGUUACCUGUGUCAUUUUCAAGUUACCUGUGACUUUUCCAGUAGCUCAUUAGCAAUUUGCUUCCGAGUCGUGGGCGGAGACAGCACUGCUCUGCACACUCGUCUUCACACUAGCUUGUAGCCUAACAUUGUCGGUGUAGCAGAAGUGGCAGGUCAUAGGAGCUAUACGGCUCUCGGACACUAAUGUCUUUGGGGACAUGAUGAAAGCUAAUGUCAUAAUUAGCUUUCUUACAAGUACUAGUGAUGGGAAGAACAGUUCUUUUGACUGUACUGAAUAUUUAGAGUCCGUUUAUUAAAACGAUUCGUUCAAAAGAUUCGUUCGCUGAAUCAGUCAGUGCUUGGGUACACAAGUGAGUGACACAGCUGCGAGUUCAUUCAUUGAACGAGCCCCUCCCCUCCCCUAACCUCCCCCUGAAGUCACAGCAUCGUUCACUGGGUGACACAUGUCAUUCAUUGGCCAAGUCCUGAAGAAAGAAUCACUCCCCUGUCCUGAAAAACUCACCUCUCCGUGUGUCGCUGUCGGUGAAAACAACACAGCAGCAAGCAGCACACCCUCUAAACAAGAGCGAGUUGUCAUUCAUUUAUAUCGCUGAAAAGUUGAGAGAUUAAAAAUUAAUAAAUAUCGCAGCUGUAGCAGGGAUUCUGCUAAGUUGAAAGAUAUCAAAUAGCGUAUUGCUCUAAAUCGGCUGAAAUUAAAUCCUUCUUGCAGGAAAGUUUAUAUACAUGUAUUAAUGUAAAGGCACUAUAAUGCACUGUUUUAUCUUAGCCUCAGUAAAUAAACCAGUGUUCAGCAGGAAGUAAACAACGCUACAACCCCUCCCUCCUCUACCUGCAUCAAAUCAUUUGGAAGUUGCUUGUUUCAGUCACAAUGUCGUUCACAAACUGAAUCAGUCCGUUCACAUACUGACACAUGUCGUUCACAGACGUUUCGUUCACUGACUGAUACAGGUAGUUCAUUCGCUGUGAGUGAAUCACGAGACUCCGUCCGCCCGCUCCCUGGCUGGCUGGCUGUGUGUCAUUCGCCAAAGAGUCAAAGGCGGCAGUUCCGCUCCCGACUAGCAUGCCUGGCUUGUGGCUGAGCUCAACUGAACUGAAAAAGGAACGAAUCCGGUCUUGGAGUGAUUCAGUUCACAUCGUUCACUCAGCAGUUCCGUACUUUUGAAUGAAACGUUCAUGAACGACACAACACUAACAAGCACUGCAAUCCACUUACGCACACGCUCCACGAUCGUCCUCUGUAUUUCGGGGGCGGAGCUUGGAUUGGUUAUGUAUGAAAUCUCACAGUUUCUGAUCCUGCCGUUUGGGUCAAUCAGAGAUUUAUAGCGAUUUGAAUGAAGAAAUACUCAGAAAAGCAAUUUUGCAUUUAGUUUUCUCAUGACAUGUCCUGUAGCAUCAGAAAAAUGCCAUAUGAACAUAUAAAAAACAAGAAAAACAUGAUUUUCAUCAGAGUAGGGUUUGGGUGCAGGUUAUUCUAUGAUUUGUUCUCCCUAAGACAUCUCUCUCUGCAAAUUUGUGUCGACUUCCACAGAGAGCAGAAAUCUGUGCCCACUGGUGAAAAAGGUAGAUAGUUGUUUGUUACCAUGGAGAGAUGACUUUAAAUGAGGCACAGAGAGAGAUAUAGACGAAGGUUCCCACGUCAGCAACUAAGCAGUUACAUUCAUGUCUGCACUGUCAUGACGGUGAAAUUCACACAAACACAAACUUUCUUCUUGGAGCACAGGUUUCUUGUCUCACUGCUGUCUCUGGGCUCCAGUCCUAGCAGCGGGUCCUUUUUGCUCGGUUUUGUUACCGCUGAGCCCAGUUGGCAGUGUUUUGGGGUGUUAAGCUCGGGGGUGAUCAAAUCCCCCAUGCACAAGCAGUUCAUACUGUACCAGUCUGUCAGAUGCAUGCGUGCAUUGGAGUGGGAGGGAUAGCGUGAAACCUCCACGUGUUACACCCUCACAGUGACGCUCUAUGCCGGAGGGUGAGAUGGAAGCAGCUGGUGAUGCUGUGUGGAUCAGAGGGGACACAUGGCUGUCCUGUCUUUAUCCAACAGUAGCUCAGCAGAGACAAAAACAACAGCACAGAAAAAUUUUAUAUUUUGAUACUUGUGUGAAAAGCAGCAUUCAAAUUUCACAUGACUUUUGACAGUGGGAUCUGUCAGGGCUCAGAGUGAGAAUUUAGGCUCCUCUUAAUUCGCCUCGCCUUUGUCCUUCCAAAAAAACAUUUAACACCAUUUCCAGAGCUGACCACACACUUUUAGCUGCACCUGUUUUUCUUUGACAGGGUCUGCCAGCCUAUGACACUCCUGAAGUGUUUGGCCUCCACCCAAAUGCAGACAUUACCUAUCAGAGUAAGCUGGCCAAGGACGUACUGGACACCAUUCUCAGUAUACAGCCUAAAGACAGCUCAUCAGGAGGAGGAGAAACCAGAGAGGCUGUGGUGUCCAGGCUGGCUGAUGACAUGCUGGAGAAACUGCCUCCUGACUACGUACCUUUUGAAGUAAGUGUGCGUCGACGUGUCAAGAGUUUGCAGCAUUAAUAGCCUAAGGUGUGUGUUCAAGCACGACGUGCUGUGUGGUGGAGACAAAGAUGUGGGGUGUGUGUGUGAGCGAGGUGAUGAAAGGUUGUGUGUGUUUAACGGAGAGAAAAGAGGACUAAGAAUAAAAAGACAGGGUGUAAAUGGAGCUGGAUCCAGCCGGCUUGUCUUGUCUUUUUUUUUAGGCUUUUCACGUCUUUUUUUUUUUUUCACAGGUAAAAAGGUGAGAGGCAAAUUUGACUUUAUGAGGAAAAAGUAUAAAACUUGCUUUAGUCUCUGUACCUUGCUCCCUCUGUUCCUCUCACACAUCCUUCAGUCUGUGUUCGUUUGCUUGAACAAUAAAUAACAGCAGUCUUUUAGAGUGCAAUUAUAGACUGAAAGCAAGAGAAAAGGACUGAAGAUGCCCAAUCCAAAAAAAAAAAAAAAAAAAAAUCCUUGUAAAUACAUUUAAGAUAAAAACAAAUCCUGACAGGCAGUUGAAAAUAGAUGGCACAGAUUUAACCUCUUGUUCUUUUCUGUUUCUUGCUUGUUACGGUAACUAUAGAAACCUUGCAUCUUGUGCUCAGUUUGUACCUGAAACAUGUUACAAACACGUACGUGCGAAUUAUCCAAAGGGUGAUAAUAAGGCUCAGACAACAGCUCCAAAGUUUCAAAAGAAUAUAUAUACAACAUCAAUUAUAUGCUGGAAAGAAGUCAAGAUGAAGAUAAACAGUGAUUUUAUCUAUGCUUUUUGGAUUCUUAGGGAGAUAGAUUCAAUUCUUUUCUCCUUAUUCAAUGUUUUUUAACUGAACCAGGUGAAAGAGCGUCUCCAGAAGAUGGGUCCCUUCCAGCCCAUGAACAUCUUUCUGCGUCAGGAGAUCGAUCGGAUGCAGAGGGUCAUAAUUCUGGUCCGAAAUACCUUGACUGAUCUGAAGUUGGCAAUCGAUGGAACCAUCAUCAUGAGUGAGAACCUGCGAGAUGCCCUGGACUGCAUGUAUGAUGCACGCAUACCAGCACGCUGGAAGAAGGUUGGUUGAGGCGAUUACUUCAGUUUUGCAUCAGUCAAAGAAAUCACUCUAUUUUGAGGGUCGUAUUUACAAUUUGAUCAUAUAUUUUGAGUUUUUUGGCUUCUUGUUGGUGUCUGGUACAGGUUAUUUUAGCAUUUGGUUAGCUUUGACAUCAAACAUUUUAAUAAUUUCCAAAAAAAUAGAAUGCCUAAAUGAAAUCACUCAUGUUAUUUUUUUGUUUAACAGUACUAACACUUUUGGUGAGCUGAUUUUAUCUCGAACAAAAAUUCAGGAUGAGUCAUGAGUUAGUAUCUGUUUACAUAUUUUAAUUACUGUGCAGGCUUUAAUCCAAAAUGAGAUUUUAUUUUCAUCAGAUUUCCCCCAGGCGUUUUUUUGGUAUUAGAAAACUCAUCAUCUUUAGUUAGCCUUUAGCUUUUUUGUCUAGCUUACUUCUUAUUUUUUAUUUUCAUAACUCAAAAAUUUCAUCCAAAAAUACACAAAUCUGCUCCGGCGAUGGAUGAAACUUGAAGGAUUAAUGAUACUGACAGAAGGGGCGUAAGAUUAAAAGAUAUAUCCUUUUUGGCAUUCAAGCCCUGCUCUCACAAACAUUACAUCAUGAGAAUAAUUUAGAUUUGAAUGAUUUCCUGGAUGUGAUUCAGAUUUAAUUCUGCUGUUCUGAAUUGUUUCUUUUUCUCUCACAGCACAAUGACUCACAAUCUGUUUUUUAUUUGCCUCUCUGUUGUCUCCUCUGAUCCAUCCAGAUGACAGCUCUCUGUGCUUUGCUCUGAUGUUUUCCUCAUGUUGUUGUUUGCCUUUGUUUUCUAGGCGUCAUGGGCCUCUAGCACCCUGGGGUUCUGGUUCACAGAGCUGCUGGAGCGGAACCGGCAGUUCCAGGCUUGGAUCUUUGAAGGGCGGCCCAACUGCUUCUGGAUGACAGGCUUCUUCAACCCGCAGGGCUUCCUAACAGCCAUGAGACAGGUACAAACAAUAUCAAACUACCUGAAUACUUACCCAGCACCAGGGAGGAGAGCAGAUGGUGCACAGAGGGAGAAGCAGGAACACUCCCACAGUCACACAAAAGCGCACAUACAGAGAGAGGGAGAGAGAGAUGGAGAUAGAGAUUGGCAGACAGCUACACACAUUUCUCUUCUUUUUCCAGUCUCCAUUCAUAUUAAUGAGGAGGGGUUGAAUACUACACAGGGAUGUAGCCUGGCUGUUUAACCCUGUGAGAUCCAGAAAUAAAGUCUAACCCUUAUUGUAGGAGAUCAUUAGUCCUUUUGUGUUGAUCUUCAUGUUAAAUCCCAUAAACACCUUACAACUUAAAUAAACCUUAAACAGAAGUGAAAACUACAUGACACAAAUAUGCGUUUAGAGCAGGUCCUCUACUGUUAACAAUUAGUGUAACAAUAUAUUUAUACAGUUUUACCCUUUAACUUGCUACACAGCGGGUGCAGAUGAGUCAAACCCUUCACUUCUGUCAUGAUCCACUCCAUGCAUGUUUAUUUCAAACACAAAACUAUUGUUAUAAUAAUAAUAAUAACUUUAUUUAUAAGGCACCUUUAAAAACAGAUGUUUACAAAGUGCUUUAACAGAAGACGCAAACAAAGGCAGGAACAGACAAAGAAAAAUUGACAGUAAAAAAAGCACAGUUAAAAAAGGAUGGUGAAAGAUUGGCAGUUGGUGGACAGCAUCACAUCAGGAUGGUGAAAAGGGAGAUGGAUAGAGGACAGAUUAAAGAGGAAGAUAAAUAAAUACAUAGAUAAUAAAAAAGGUUAAGGUAAAAGGGUAAUAAUGAAAAGGGAGGGAGUAUAUUAAAUUAUGAGAAAAUGUUAAAAACAGGACUAAAAAUAAUAUUAAUAAUAACUGACAAGGUUAAAAAAGAGGUAGCAGGCAAUAAAAUAAAUAACUAAAUUAUGCAUCAUGUAAAAGUAUCAUGUAAAAGCUAGUCUAAAAAGUGAGUGCCCAAGCACACUUUGGUAUUUUGGUGAACGGCGCAGCAGAGUAAGUCGUAUAGAGGGAGGGGAUAAGGCGUGGAGUGGGUUUGACACAGCCGAGUCCUGUUUUCACCAAUCACAUCAGCUCAUCUCCUCACCUUUAAAUCCGCCACCGACGAGGCGUAUUACUAUUUUCAUGAAGUAGUCGGAGAGAUCAGAGAGAGACAGAGAGAGACACAGAGAGAGAGAGAGAGAGAGAGAGAGAGAGAGAGAGAGAAUAAUGCCACACGAUGGCGACAGAAGGCAGCCCCUCAACAAGUGUCGCUGUAAGCACUACAGAGGGCGUUUUCCACACUCUCUCAUAUAAGCACAGAUGGAUUUGGUGUGUGUAAGGUUGGACCCACUGGUAAGGCAAACACCCUUUUCCACAAAUAAAGACACUCACAUUAGGUUGCAUAUAUUUAAACCUCACGUGACAAAGGAAACCUGCCGGUGAGGCAUCAGUGACAUAUGUGCACUAUGUCGCUGGUCUACCAAAAUACCACUAGACCGGCUGCGCUCCACCUGCGCUGAAAGCUGACCAGGUUUGAAUCGGCAAGCUUUCAGCGCACUUUCUACGCCGCUGGCGAACACGAAAAUGUCACUGCGCCCGCUGAUUCUGUCGACACCUCCCCCUACCAUGCCACCACGCCCAGCUUGGCGGACCUCGGAGAGCCUCAGUCUACGAAAAUACCAAACUGGCUGUGUGCUGGACUCUGCCAGACGAAAAUACCACUGCGCAGGGUGCGCCACCGUCCACCGCGCCGCUGGCGGGCACAAAAAUGGUGCCCAGAGACCUUCCGGUGGAUGCUGAUAGGGCCGAAACGAUUCAGGGAGUACUGCUAAUGGGCAGUUUUUGUGCUCAAGAAGACUGUAGUCAUACAUAUUGUGCCACCAUGUUACCACAGUAGCACAGAAUGGACAAACAAAAGCAUGGACUGUAGUUGAAGAGGAAGAAGGAGGGAGUGGUUGUUGUUAUGCCGGUUUUGAAAAAAUGAAGGAUUAGUCUUAUCACGCAUCACAGGAGCUCCUUGUCCUCGAGGGCCACUGUCUCCUCACCGGUAAGAAGAGUCAGCAGGGGGGACGUUUCAAUCUAAAAUCUGACUGCCUGAUUACCACAAAUAAUCCUUAAUAUCAGUAACUUCAGUUUGAUGUGAUUGAACAGACCUUAUAAAUUUCUGUAUUUGCACCUCCAGUCAUUUUCACUUCAGUAAGUUCACACUCCUUCUCAACACCACUGCCUAGCUCUUGUCGUGGCACCUUCAGUAUCAGAAUAUAUGGGUCUAUAAUUUCAGUAGUUGCAGUUGAAAUAAUCAUCUACAUCAGCCUCUAACAGGGUUGUUUUUACUGUAUUCAUUCUUUGCCAGCAGACAUUUCCAUAAUUAUCGGAGGCCUUGGUUUAUUGAAUCUCUUUAACAGAAUCUAUCAGAGAUGCAGACCUGAUGUCUGCUUAUCUUUUUCAGUCACUAUGAAAAUGAUAGAGACCUGAGGACUUGUAUUCACACAGACAGAAAAUCCCUCGACUUCGCACUCAUAGUGGAUGUAGAAAAGGAAAUAAUUCAGCAGUGAAUUCCUGUCAGGUUGUUUCGGCAGGACUGAAGAAUCCUACCCAGAAAAUAUUGUCUACCAAGCAGGGGUUUGUGGGAUUUCUGUGUUCAGUCUCCAAUACAGUUGUUUUCUCUGCCUGAGGUUGUACCCCACCGCUUUGUUCAGAUUCAGUGUAUCAUUUGUGACUGGUUUGUUUUUCUUACACUUGCUCUGUGUGGCUGUCCUUGCCAACCCUUAUCUGUUUUGUAUUGUCCAACACGACUUUUGUCUGUUUUUUUUCCUCUCCAAAGCAGGUUGAAAUGAGAGAGCAGAUGAUACACUCUUGUUUCAUUUAUUUAUUCUGCACUUUGCUUUCAGUCUUUGCUCUUUCUGAGGCGUGUUAGAUUUAUUGUCUUCUUCUCUGCACUGCAUCUCUCAAAACAGUGCCUCAAUGGAGUGUACUUCUCUGUCCUGCACUGUGCUUUUUUAUCCUCCCUCUAUUACAGCCCUGUUAUCAGUAUUGAUUUUUUUUUUUAGAGGAGAAACUUUGCAAAAUGUCAGCUCUGUCACUUCUGAGGACUGCUGGGUCAAACUGCCCACUUCACUGCCGUCACCUGUGAAUAUUUUUCUAAAUUUGCAGGAGAUCACUCGGGCCAACAAAGGGUGGGCUCUGGACCGAAUGGUGCUCUGCAAUGACGUGACCCGGUGGAUGAAGGAUGACAUCACUCAGCCCCCCGCAGAGGGAGUGUAUGUUUACGGCCUCUACCUGGAAGGGGCCGGAUGGGACCGCCGCAACUGCAAACUCAUUGACUCAAAACCAAAAGUGCUUUUUGAGAUGAUGCCUGUGAUCAGGAUGUACGCAGAGAAUAACGGUGAGAUUUCCUCAUUGGAAAGUUGUGCUAUCUUGAAAGUGAAUUAUGAUGAUGUGAAUACUUUGAUCUGCCGUUCAGAUGUUCUCAUCCCGUCUUCUUCGAUUAGGAUCAAUCUGUCAAAUCUUUGCCCAUUCACUCUCUCCUCUCUCUUCCUCAACAUUUAUAUCCCACACAAUCACUCACAAUAGAUGGGUGUAACAUUUAAAUGUCAAGCACACAAAGUGCUAUUUAUUUUGCCUGGAAGUAGAUUACCAGCAGUAUGUGGUGCAGUGUUUGCUCUGAAUCAGACCAGACUACAUUCAGACAGGAAGCAGAGAGACAUACCCCAGUGGAUGCCUUCAAGCGAGGCUGCCUGGAAAAUAAAUUAACAAUCCAGUGAUGUGUGUAACACAGUGUGAUUGAGCCAGAUCCCUGCCAGCUUUACUCACCAAAAAAAAGCUGCUGCCUGCUGUGAUGGAAAAUAUGCACCAUACAUAUGUUAAGAAAGAUGUGAGUCUAACUGUGACUCCCUUUAGAGAGUAUAGUUUUCUCCCUGCGUGUAGCAUCUCUGUGAUUGGACCAUUACGGGGUUCUUGCUCGUUUAGACGAUUGCUGUUUUUUGCUCCUGAAAAACUCUCCAGUAACAGUGGAGCUCACUGAGCACAUGUACUUGGACCUGAGUAUACCUGGCUUUGAGUCUUAUCUCAGUUGUGGUCAUAUUCUGGAUGUAGUGUUUACAUUUACAUAUGAACGUGGAUAUUCAUAUCUACUAAAGAGGUUUAGGGCCACAAGAUGAGAAAAAAUAAUAAUAACAGGAGGGAGAUUUUUUUAAAUUUCCAUUUCCAGCUUUAAGUCGAAAUUUCUCCAUUAAAGCCGAAAUUUUAAAGUCAAAAUUUCGGCUUUAUUCAUGUUGACUUUAAUCUUGAAAUAUCGGCUUUAAUGUCAAAUUUCAACAUUAUUUACAUAAUUUAGAUUUUUUUAAUCUCCUUCCUGUAAUUGUUUAUUUUUUUCAUGUGGCCCAAAUCCUCUUUUGUACGUAUCCCUGUAUACAUGAUAAAUACUUAUAUCCCAGUUUUAAAUGCUGCAUUUUAUUUCUCUGAUGCUUUCGUUUUACAACACAAACUGCAACACUUUUGAAAUCUGAGAAAAAUGAGACCACUGUGUCGUAUUGUGGGCUUAACACCAGCAUCAAAUUGCAAAUAUAACCUUAAUAUAUACCUCAUUUCCUGCCAGACAGACUGAGAGACAAAAUCCAGUUUCCUAGUAGUGACAGACAUAAGAUAAGUAAGGAAAGGGUUUAUUCCUCUUUCUGGACAAAGGAUAUGAUCAUAUGAUUUUUAUGAUUUUAUGCACAAAUACAUAAAACAGGAUGCCCAAGUCCAUGUAGAUGCACUGACCGCCAAACAAGCUGCCUGCUGUAAGUUAGAGCCAAAUGAGUCCCCUGUAUCCAAAUGUUCUGCUAAUCUGAGUUAGUGAUUUGUCACUCAGUCCAUCCUGCUCUGUUUAUUCCUUAAAUGUUAAAAUAGCAUCACUAUUUUAGUCAAAAGAAGUAGUUAGAUUCUAAUUUUGUGGGAAACACUGGAGGAUUUUUGUGCAUACACAUGAGACUUUAACACUGGUCCUCCUCAGCUGUGUGUGUGCGUAAGAUGACACUUCUUGCUUUUACAGGUUCAAAGGACCCCCGCCUCUACUCCUGCCCCAUCUACAAGAAACCAGUAAGAACUGACGUGAAUUACAUCGCAGCUGUGGACCUGAAGACGUCACUCUCUCCAGAGUACUGGAUCCUGCGGGGUGUGGCUCUCCUCUGUGACGUCAAAUGAACGCUCGAUUGAGAGUAGCACUGACAUAAAUCUAUUUCAGGUUUGCCAUUAUCCAAUUUGCUGUCAGCCACAUGAACAAAGUCCUAAAGUAAACAGGACACUCUGCUGUUUCUGCAGCUGAGGCACUUUGUUUGGAGAGGAGGAGUAGUGAGGUCAUGGGCAUGGGGACAAAGCCUUUGUAAACAUCAUCGCUGUUUGUCUGUCAUUUCCAAAUCUGAUGGGAUCAUGCAGAAGGACAAAAGAGAUUAACAGUCACAGCUACAGUAAAAUCCAGAUUAGAGUUAGAGGUAGAUAUUUUUCAUAGCAGGGACUGUUAGAGAGGUAAACAGGAGUUACUAAAUUUGCUCCUUAUGUCGGAAUUUGACUAGCAUCUUUAAUAGUUUGGUUUGAUCUUUAUCUUACUGUAAAUUUGAAAUCUAUAAACCGUCUUAUCAUAGCAAGAAUAAGCUUUGGAGAUCAGGAUGACAAAACAAACCAUGGAUUUUAUUAUUUUCUAUUAAUAUUCAGGUACUUUGGUCAGUUCUUAUUUGUCAGCUGUUGAUUUUGACACUCAGAGUUAAUUGGCAUUUUAGCUUCUCAAAAUGGAAACAGGCUUGUUAAGCAGACAGGACACAAACUGUGCUGCCUCAUUAAAUGAUUUAAGUGGGCCCUGAUGAGUCCAAAUAUGUCCAGACUGAUGAGUCCAGACAUAUUUGCUCUGCCUACCAGGUGCAUCAUCAUGUCAAGUGUGUACUACAUGUAAAAGGAAAGCUUUUUUUUCCACCUAUGAUGACUAAUUUUAGUCUGGAGUAGAUCCACUUAUAAUAAAACAACCUCAUUCAGAUGUGUGUCAGCCAACAGAGAGGUUCAAUAUAGUGUGAAAGAAACUCUUUAACACACUCUCAGAAGAUUUAAACACUCAGAAGACCUGAAAUACAUAGAAAUUUUAAUGAAGUUUUUACAAAAAAUGAUGGCAUCAAAACAUCAAAACACUUUUUUGGUUGUAUUUUCUUUUGUUACAAAACCACUAUAUCAUACGCACUCUAAAGCUACCCUGUACACAGAUCAGGCCCAGGCUUCCCAAAUAAAAUCUUCACCUUAAA